AUGAGCAUAACCAGUGACGAAGUGAAUUUCCUGGUGUAUCGCUAUCUUCAGGAGUCAGGUAAGAUCUUGUUAAUCUGUUAUCUAUAUUUAAAAUGCUUUUAAGAAACACUGUAGGCACCAUAACCAGUUGAAAUGAUUACUCACCAUUUAGUAGAGAUUCUUAGUUUCAAGUAGUCUGAAGCUUUAUGGUGGAUAUAUGGCUUUGCUUGGCUUCACACCAUAGCGGGGUAGCAGGCAGCGAUUGGCUAAGAGCAUCGGCUGAUGGGAACAAUUUUCACAGUUUUGCCUAUUAUAAUUUGUAGACAAGUAGUGCAGCUAAAGAAAUAGAUUUGCAAGUUUGUCCAGAUUUUGAGAAUGCCCCGUAUACCUAGGACUGUCUCCGUUAUUGUCAGUUAUAAGUCGUAUAUCAAAAGGAACGCAUUCUUUUUUUUCCAAAGCUAAAACUAUUCAUAUUUUGAUAAGCGGGUUUCAAAGCAGCCAAUGAACUCAAAUUUUCUUAGCAACUUUAUACAUUUUUAACAGUAAAUUCUAUGAAGGUAUUUACCAUUGUCUUUUUUUCAUGGUUAAUGCUGACAUUUAAUUACUAAUAUUUGCUAAAUUUUCAGGUAAACCUUUUUUUGUUGUUGACAUUUUAAAUUUUUGUGUGCAGUUUGAAACAAAAUUAUGCAUAGACAUUUUGACCGAUAUAAAUGUAGCAAUAUAAGGACAUGGAUACAAUAGAAAAUAUCCAUAAGACUGCACUUUUUAUAUUGUAAAAUACAUGAGGAAAGUGAAGGUACGAGACCGAACAGGUUAAACUUAGCUUGUUAACUGACUACACUUGUGGUUGUACACGAGGCUAAAGAGACAAACUAGGUCACUUUGUUGAAACAAAUGAGAAGGUAACCAUUUUUUACCAGAUAAAAAAAAUAAAAUGUAUCCUUUGAAUUUCAUAAACCUUUUUUAUUUAGUUGCGGUAGUAUAACUAAUUUGUGUUCUGCUGCAUCCCCUCAGUAUAAAUAUGCACCUUAUUUUUACCUUUUAUUAUUUAUGGUGAAAUUACAGGGACAGUUUUAGGACCUGAUCAUCUUAUUUUUGAAAUCUGGAAUUUUGCAUACUUGUCUAUUUCUAAGCAGGUCAUCAAUUUAUUUUAUUAUCAUAUAGGGGUGGCUAACUUUUUUUAGUUUUUUUGUUUGGCUUGAGGGCAUGGUCCACGUUUACUUCUAAUUAAACCUCUUUCUCACUAACAAAUGCUGUGAGAACUUUGAAGAUAACCAUACAUGUUUGUUCUUUUGUAUCUUUGUAAAAAUCCAUUCAAAAGCAAUGUUGAUUGUUGGUGUAUUACACAUUUUUUUGUUUUCUUUUCAACUGUUUACAUGUCUACCUACUGCCUAAGACAAAAUAAAGAAUGCAAAAAAAAAAAAUCAAUUCAAAGCACUUCAAAUUGAAAUAAAUAAAUACAAAGGAAAAAAUUUAGUCACGGUAGUUGAAGUUGUUAAUAUACCAAAAAUUAGUUGCCCAAGGCUCCCUGGCCUUCUCCUCCCUAAAUCCCGGGUACUAUUAGUUAAAAUGGUAACAAAACCCUUUUAAUUAGUUAUAAAAAAAUAAAAUAAACUGUCACCAAAUUCUUCGGCUCAAAUUCUGUGCCUACACCCUAUAAUGAAUAAUCAAGGAGUGUCAAGUUCUCUGAUCACACGUGCUUUCACUCCAUUUUGUCAUUUUUCUUAUAUUUAUUUUAGGAGACAGGAUAUCCAAUGCCUUAGUCUUAAUUGCCAGUCCCUUCCACAAAGAAGUGGCAUUAGCCAUCCAUGCUCCACACAUUUAAAAUAAAAUGUCCAUACCUAUUGUCUCUUGUAAUAAAGGUUGUCCUUAAUCUUUAAUUACAAUAUACAAAAUAUAGAAACUUGUAACACUCCUUCAUACUUACAUUUUUCAGAGUUUUAUUUUCUGCCCAGAGAAAACACUAAAAAGCUUACAAAACGGCAAACAAUCCAACGUGCCUUCAAAAUAAUCCAAGGCAAGGGAUUUGUAGGAUCAAUAAAGGUUUGGAAAUCUAGAGACCAUUUUGGCUACUAUGUAACAGGAUAGGUCAUUCACUCCAAUGUAAUUCAAAAUUCACCUUGAAUUCUCACUUUAGCGUUUAACCCUGCUAGAGUACUUCAGCUUGAAAAAGUUAUUUAGGGGUUAACAAAGUGUCCAGUUUUUGUGGUAUUAAACACAUGCCAAUUUUACAAGAGAAUCUAUAGAGACAAAGUAGCACCCUCUCAGCUGCCAGUCAGAUGCCAAAUAAGUAGCUUUUCCCAUUUGCUGUGAGCCCCUAUGUCCCAAUGCUUCUUUAAGCACUGGAAGACCAUCAGUACUGAUCAUUUUUCUUUGAGUGGAGUCUGGCAAGGAUUCCUCCUGCUGCUACAUUAGCGCUAAGUUAUUUAUAGACAUUGUGGGAGGGAGAGGGCCCUAGUAGCCAUUCACAUACAAUCCAUGCCACUCAUUGAAAUUUACUUGGCAAACUCCAAAUAAAAACACUUUCAGUUUGUUUGCUUUGGUUUCCACUAAUAUGAAAGUGUGGUGCUGAAUCCAUUGGUGGAAUUCGUCGUUAUCGCAUGCCAACUUCUGUGCAUCUGCAGCUUCAUUAACCAAGUGCAAUGAGCAAGUCAAAAAUGCUUUAUUUUAGUUAACAAAAAAGUAAUGAUGGUCCAGGCACUCAAGUUCAAUCCAGUGGGCAGAUUUAUUGGAGAAAAAUUGAAACAACUUUUCGGCCCAUAACAGGGCCUUUGUUAAGCUUGACAAAGGCCCUGUUGUGGGCCGAAAAGUUAUUUCGAUUUUGCUUCAAUAAAUCUGCCCACUGGAUUGAACUGGAAUGCCUGGACCAUUAUUAUCUUUUUGCAAAUCACAUUGUGAGGAUUGACCAACCUCAUGCUCGGUUGCACCCUGGGAUCGAGGAGAAUGCAGUAACCAUAUUGGUAAUUAUUUUAGUUAACAACUUAAAUAAGUAGUCGGUGUUUAGUUACACACUAAAUGUUGAUCUGUUUCUUUUGAUUAAUGUAAGUUGUUUUAGGUGCUGGUGUAGAUGAACGAUUUCAAGUCUGUGAUUAGCUAGAUUUAUUGUUUUGGUUCUGGCAUUUUAGUCUUGAAAGGCUUACAUGGAUACAUCUUUUUUUUUUCUUGUUUUUUAAAAAAUGUAUUUCUACCAAAUAUUCUGACUACAAAUUUCAUUAAAAAACUGCUUUCAGCACACACUUGUGUGAAAUAACAUACACGUUAUUCAAAUUUGUUUAACCUAUUGAGUGAGUCCACAGAAAAGGGCAAAAGCAAACAUAAAUAAAUAAACUAAAUUAGCAGUUUUAAUUGAAUUUUAAGAACGCAACGGUUUAUAGAAGGACAAGCACAGGAGGACCAGAGUGUGAACAAAGGAACAUUUCUGGAACAUUACAAAUGGGCCCAGCUGUGAAACAGUGGGGUGUUUGAGAAAUGAGAAGAAUUCAAAUGUUGUUGUUGCUGUGCUACUCAGUUUGAACUCAGUACAGAAAGUACAGAAAGCAUUGUUAUGGUGCAAAAGUGUAUUUCUUUUAUAGUACGCCCAUGAUGAACCACGCCAAAGGUCAAAAUACCACUUCCAGGACCUCAUUUAUUUUUCAUUUUGAAGUUGCUGGUCUUUGCUAAAACAAUCAAGUAGUUUUUAAAAUAUAAUUUGGAAAAAAAUGUGAAAACAACAGUUAUUUGAGGGAGCCUGUUAUUGUUAUUGUUAUUGCUAUUAACUUUACUGUGCCAUUCGUUGAAAAGCAUAAAAUUUUAGAAUAGACGUGGCCGUCUCACUUCCUAAGACAAGCCUGAUUGCUCACUGAUUUGAGAGGACCUGGAGUGAUCAUUAGACAUAUUAAAUACACUAUCCGUAUUAUAUUUUUACAAUAUUAGGAAACGCUUUUAAGGGAGAUGAGCAUAGAAAAUAAGUCUAGCAGGAAGCGGCACUUUGAUUACUUACAUUGUGGGUGCACUAGGGCACUCCUGACACCAUAACAAUUACAGUGUGCUAUAGUAGUUAAAUGUAGUCAAAAGAAAUGUUUCAAUGUUUGCAUUUCUGCACACAUUGCAGGUUGCACACCUUUCAGUAGAAAAAUGAGUGAUAUUAAAUAUUUUUUAAACUCGAUGCUGUGCAAUGGUAUAUUAGAUUAAAUAUUUCUGUGCAGUAAUACUCCAAACAAACCAAGAUUCCAAAAUGAGCAGAUCAGAGAUGUGACGAGUAUUUUAUCACAAUGUUAGAAUAGAUUUCAGUUAAGAAGUUGUGUAAUUCUGAACCCCCUGACAAAUCGUUACCCCUGAUUUAGAUUGGAUUUAAAAUCUGAAGAAUUUAUGUAGAUCUUGGUGGGGGGUAGAGGGUGGAGCAAAAACCUCUAGUCAAAGUUAUCUCCAAGAUUGUAAACUCUUUAAUCAUCUCUUCUUUAAUCAUCUAUUGUCUCUUCACUGUAUGUUGUCUGUUAAUUGUUUGCGAUUGUGUAUCCACAUUGUAUAAUUGUAAACCGUAGCAGAUUAGGUUUGGGCUAUAUUAUAAUUGAUAAUAAUAUGCGAACACACAAAGAAAUUGUAAAAGCAAUCUUACCUUCGGUUGGGCAAUACCAUUGCAUGCACAUUUUUACAUAAAAUAAAGUUUCCAUAUACUCAGAAGGAACUUAAGUUAUCCAAGCUGGAAUUAAUUGAACUCAAAGUCGUUAAAUGAACACUCCAAGCAUGAUAACCACUACAGCAUUAUAUAGUGGUUAUGGUGAUCUGAGUGCACCGGUGUCCCUCCAAUGUAAGUAAUCUAAAUACUGCAAUGCAUACCUAGUUCAUUAACUGGGAGUGUCAGCUGAUCACAUUGAGGCAAUGAGCUAAACUCAACAAUGCCGGGCUUAGUUCAAGUAACAGAGCUUUCAGGAGAGGAUGUGAGGAGCAGUGUCCGUAGCAGUAGUUACUGAACAGUUUGAAUACUUACAUUGGAGGGCAUUCCAGGUACUAUAACCACCAUAUCACGCUGUAGUGAUUAUGGUGUUAAGUGUUGCAUUAAACAUUUAACAUUUGGUGGUUUUAAAUUGAAUACGUGAUACAUGAAGAUCAGAUGAACUGUUUUGGAGAUCGAGAUAAAAGAUACAAAUGUAUAAAUGUGGAGAUCCGGUGACUGAUAGGUAGAUAUAAGGGUACAUAGAUUGAUGUGCAAGUAGACAGAUUGGUACAUAGCAGAGUGUGAUCUUUUACAGAGUUGGAAUAUUUCCUUUUAUUUUUAAGUUGAAAAAAUAGUAAUCGUAAAUAGUAAUAGUCAUGUCAGCAAAGCUACAAGAAAGAAACUUCAGCUGACAUAUUCUAGAAGUCCCAGGUUUUCUUUAUGUAUACAUUUCAAGAACUGACACAUUGGUGUUCGUGUUAGAUUAAUGACUUUUUAUUUUACGUUCUAUUUCUGGCUUUUCUCCUCCCUCUUAAAUAGAAGUUCCAAAAAUCAGAUGUCAAGAUGUGGAGAAUAUAUUUCUAGCAGUAGCAUCUGGCUUAUUUGGCAUUGUCUACAUUGCAUAUUGACAUGUCUGGAAUUACCCUAGCUUGUCACAUGUUUGUUCUGCAGGUGGGUUGUGUAGGCUGUCUUAGUCUGAACGCUGCUCUUUUCCAGCUCAUUUGUAAUAAUAAAGAUUGAUUUGCAUGGAAUAUACAGAUAUGUCUAGAUACAUGCCAUUAGAACUUGUGAAUGUCUAAAUAUCACUUUAAAAAAUGUAUUAAUGUAUGCAUGUGUGUUUGAGUCGUUAGUUAAGUAUACAUGUCUGAGUGUGUUUCUAACUAUUUAAUAAGUUUUCCAAAGGAUUCAAUACUGUUAGAAAAACCUUCCAAAUUAUUUAGCUACAAAUAUCUCCAUAGACUUUAACGGUAACUUUUGGAAAGAUCUCUAACCAUAUGGAAUCAUUUGGAAUACUUAUUAAAUAGAGUCCUAGGUGUGUGAAAACUCAGUAGACUUUUAAUGUCUUGGGCAAGGGUAGGCAACUUUCAGCACUCCAGAUGACAUCUUUCUCAAUGCUCAUAUACAGCCAUAAUGCUGGCAAAGCAUCAGGGGAGAUGUAGUCCAUGAUAUCUGAAUGUCACAUAGUGGCAUUUACUGUCCUGACAGGAAAAGUUGUGCCGAGCAACAUUACCAUGCUGGCAGGAAAAGUUGUGCCGAGCUGCAAUCAUGCACAUGGAAACCUGGUAAUUAUUUUUGGGGUCAAAGGCCGGUCAUGGCCAAUCAAAUCCACAGGAGGGUUUAUGCUGAGCAGCAAUCAUACACAUGGAAACCCGGUAAUUGCCUUUGCGGUCAAAGGUCGGUUAAAGCCAAUCGGAUCCACAGGAGGGGUAUUUAAACCCAAUUCUCUUCUUGCUCAUUGCCCUGUCAUGGUUUCAAGCCUAUGGUUAUCUGAGAGUACGUUCCUGAUCUUGAUUUUCUGGUAUUUGACUUUGGCUUUGAUUUGACUUCCCUGAUACCUGGUAUCUUUGACUUUUGGCUUUCCCUCAUCUUUGUGUCUGAUUCUGUGUCCCUGACCUCGGCAAGUAUUUUGAAUAUUCUUGGAGACUUUAAUUCGGCUAUUCUAAGGUCCGGUUAUACGAUAUCCUUAGUCCUAGGUGUGACACAGUACUGAGUGCUGGAUCAAGUUGUAAUCCUGACACUGAAUUGCCGAAGGAUGUUAUCACCCACUAGCGAUGCUUGGGCUGAUAAAUGCUGUGCAAUCACUUGUACACUUGGCCAUGUCUUCCAAUAUGGCAUACAGGCAUAUGCAGCUUUGUGGAGCUUACAUACAUACACUAUGCGUUUAAUUAUUUUAGUCUAUAUGGUCUGGAUGUGCAUAACAGUCAGGCAUACAAUGUAACUCAAAAAUUGGAGAGAGCGUUUCAGAUGGAAUUUGCGUUGUCUGGGCUUCAUAGCCUUCUCCAGCAGAUCUCUCCUGAAUUCAUGAAAACAAUCAUUUCUCAAUUAGCCAUUUCUCUAUUAUUUUCUUUUGAGGAAACCCAAGGACCAUCACAAAGUAUACUGGCCUUCAAUAACUUGUUUUCUCUCCUAUAAUGUUACUUCUAUGCAUAUUUAACAUGAUUUACUGUUCAGAUAUUUUUCUCCAGUCAACAGGCCACAUUAAUAUCUAAGGAAAACGUUAUGUAUGCUUCAUCUGUAUAAUAGCCAUUCUUCUUCAGAGGAUGACUUAGUUGAUACAAAAGUUGAAUUAAUAGAUGAUUCAACAUCGGAUCCAUUUCAUUUAGACAUCUUUUUGAUUUGCAAGAAUUAUGAUUCUUUUUUUUUAUUCUUUCUGAAAUUCAUUUGAAAGGUACUUUAUCAUAUGUCAUGCAUGAUUCAUUGAACCACUAUGGAGUAGUCCUAAUGCUUUAUAAAAAUGAAAGGAUAUGUGCUUUAUGGAUUAGCUGGUGUCAACAAUGUGUGCCAAGAAUGUUCUGGUGCAAAGAACUUGAGUCUAAGUUUUAUUUUUAGUCUAUAAAUUUGAUAAUGUACUUUCUGUUUUAGAGAUGCAUCAUCAAAAUUAACUUCAAGUUCAUAAUUCCAGCCCAUUGUAUUCUUAUAAUUAUAGAGUUUUUGAUUUGUUUGCAUACAACUCUGAAAUUUAAUUUUCAAAAACAAGCAGUAUGCUAUGUUCACACACAACCAUUUUACUUGCCUCAGAUUCAUAUUCUUUAAAUUCAGAGUAAUUUACUAUACACUAGAUUUUGUCCAUCUGGAAAAUGUCAGAAUUCCGACCAGAAUGGCUAUUCUCUUAAACUCAUUCCAGAUGGAAUUUGGCCAACCUGGCCAAAUCUCCACCAAUCGGCCGGAUGCAUUUGGUAUCUGGAUUAAAAUCAGUGCUUUUCACAUUUAAACCUCAUACAAAGUAUAGGAAUCAGAAUAUUUAUAAAGCACUGAUUUUGUUUUAGUUUAAUUUAAUUUUUUUAAUUCACAUCCUCUAGCAGGAUGCCUGUUUUACGAGUUAUUGUUUACUAGCAUUUUACAGACACGUGUUAAUUUAAAAUACUAUUUGCCCACUGCAGUACUAGCAGUCAGCAGGCAAAUUGUUAAACAACCCUUGACAAUGCAAGGAUUAACCACAUGGAGGCAAACCAUAUAAGUCAGGGGGGUCAGAAUGACCACAAUAUUAGUAUAAUGGAGUUUUAAAAUCUCCCUUUUGCCCCACUUACCUAGGGGGCAUAUCUGCUAAACAGUGAGCAGCCAGUUGCUGUCUAGUUGCUAUAAAGGCCCCAUCCCAUGGACGUUGUGUGGGGAACUUUAACUUAAAUAAUAGUGGGUGGAGAUAUCAUGUGGAAAAAAUAUGUACUUACUAUGUGAUGUCUUCUUUCUUCUAAAGCCUUCUUUUCCUCAGUCUCAAAAUAGACCAAAAAAGAAAAAAAGCCAUUACAUCCCAAGGUUUCUUAAUAACAUGAAAAAAAACGAUUUCCAAAAUCCCUGGUGGAAACAAUGGUUUUAAACAUUACUUUUACAUUUAAACAUGUCUUUCCAGGGCACCCAAAAUACUUGGAUUCUGGUAGUGAUUUAUUUUUGUAGACAGUUUGGUAGUGGUGGGGUAAUUCAUCUAUGGUUUCUAAAUCUGAACUAGAUGCAAGAUUUGGCCGUCCAGACUCAGGGCCGGCGCUUCCUAUAGGCGACUCUAUAGAGAGCCUCAGGCGACUGCAGCACUACCCGGGCCGGCGCGUCCAUGAGGUCGCACUGGCCCGGAGGCACAAGAUAUGAGGUAUCAGCAGGAGGGAAGUACACGGCGCUCCCUCCUGCCAGUCUCUCAGUGUAGUGUGGCAUGAGUGACCACUUGGGGGAGGAGGUAGGGAGGAGAGAGAGGGAAGAAGAGACCACUUGGGGGAGGGGGGAGAGGGAGAGAGAGAAGGAGAGACCACCUGGGGGCGAAGGGUAAGGGAGAAAGAGAGGGAAGGAGAGAACCAAGGGAUGGGUGGGAGUGAAAGCGAUUAUUAAGGGACAGGGAAGUGGAAGACACACAAAGAGGCUGAGGAAGGGGGGAGAGAGAAGCACAAAAGUGCUGGUAGGGGAGAAAGAGACACACAAGGGGCUGGGGGAGUAAGACACACAAAGAAGUUGGGAGGAUAUAGAGAACACACAAAGAGACAAACAAGGGGCUUGCAAGAGGUACACUAAGAUAGACACAAAACAAAAACAAAGAAUUAUAUUUUUUCUGCUCCCCUCUCAGCCCAUAUCCUACCCCACAAACUCUCUUUCACAAUACACACACACACAAUGCAUCCCUACACACAUGCAGAAAUACACCAUGCUUCACUUACACACAGAGAAACACACAAUGCAUCCAUUACACACACAAUGCAUCCCUUACACACAGAAACACACAAUGCAUCCCUUACACACACACAUACACACACACACUGCUUCUUAUGCACACACUCAAUUCACCCCUUAGAGACAAUCAAUGCAGCUCUUACAGACACACACACUGCAUCCCUUACAUACACAUAAACAUACCUUGCAUCCGUUACACAUACACACACAGAUUUGCACAAUGCAUCCUUUACACACACAAUACAUCCCUUACACACAAACACACACUGCUUUCUAACCUUUACACAAAAACACACUGCAUCACCUACACAAACUGCUAUCCCUAUACUCUACAUUCCAUAAGCACCCACAUUAGAUCCUCUAUGGGUGGGCCUUAUGAGCAUACUCACUGUCAGACCAUGUGUAAAGGGCCCCAAAAGAUUGAGCUGCUUCCCGUUCCACCAGAACAUUGAUUUUUGUGACCACAGUUACAAACAGCCUCCAGAGAGCCUGUUCUACACCAGACUAGUGGAGCCCGACUGCAGCCAGAGCCCAUCAUCAUCCUCAUCUGGUUGUAAGUAGGAAAUCUAGAAUAAUUAGUGACAUUAAUUUCUAAUUUACCUCACAUUAAAGGGACACUAUUGUCCCCAGAACCACUGCAGCUUAAUGUAGUGGUUCUGGUGUCUUUAGCCUAUCCCUGCAGGCUUUUUAAUGUAAACACACACUGUGUGCAGCACUGGCGUUGGUUCAUAUGAUAGAUGUCACAUGGUGGGCAGCGCAUAUGGGGUGUGGGGGAGGCAAAUUUUUCUUUUGCCUCGGGCGGCAAAAAUCCUGCGUCCACUCUUACAAUAUAUACAGUUGUGCUCAAAAGUUUGUAUACCCUGAAAUUGUGGCAUUGAUUUUGAAAUUAUGACUGAUCAUGCAAAAUAUUUUUUUAUUGAAGGAUAGUGAUCCUAUGAAGCCAUUUAUUAUCACAUAGUUGUUUGGAUCCUUUUUAAACCAUAAUGAUAACAGAAUAACCCAAUUGGCCCUGAUCAAAAGUUUACAUACCCUUGAAUGUUUGGUCUUGUAACAGACAGUGACACACACAGGUUAAAAUUGCAAUUAAAGGUUCAUUUCCAACACAUGUGACUUUUUAAAUUGCAAUUAGUGUAUGUGUAUAAAUAGUCAAUGAGUUUGUUAGCUCUCACAUGGAUGCACUGAGCAGGCUAGAUACUGACUCAUGGGGAGCAGAAAAGAACUGUCAAAAGACCUGCCUAACAAGGUAAUAGAACUUUAGAAAGAUGGAAAAGGAUACAAAAAGAAUUCCUUAACCUUGAAAAUGCCAGUCAGUACUGUAAAUCACUUAUUAAGAAGUGGAAAAUUUGGCGAUCUCUUGAUACCAAGCAAAGGUUUUUCUGGAUACAAAGAAAAACCCACAGGUAGCCUCAGGAGAAAUACAGGCUGAUCUGGAAAAAGACAGUGUGGUGGUUUCAAGGAACACAAUACGAUGAUAUUUGAUCAAAUAUGCUGCAUGGUCGAGUUGCCAGAAAGAAGCCGUUACAGCUCCAAUGCCACAAAAAAGCCCCGUUACAAUAUGCCUGACAACACCUUGACACACCUCACAGCUUUUGGCACCCUGUAAUUUCGAGUGACAAGACCAAAAUAGAGCUUUAUGAUCACAACCAUAAGUGCUAUUUUGGGGUCAACAAGGCCUAUAGGGAAAAAUACCAUCCCCACUGUGAAGCAUGGUGGUGGCUCAAUUAUGUUUUGGGGGGGAUGUGGGGAGCUCUAAAAGCCCAGGAAAUCUUGUGAAAACUGAUGGCAAGAUGAAUGCAGCUAGGAAAAAGUGGCAGACAAUUUGCAUUUAUUUGCACAAAGGCUGCACGUGGAACGCUCUUGGACUUUCCAGCAUGACAAUGACCCUCCAGUGGUUACAACAGAAAAAGGUGAAGGUUCUGGAUUUGCCAUCAAAGUCUCCUGACAUUAAUAUCAUCAGGCCACUCUGGGGAGAUCUUAAAUGUGCUGUUCAUGCAAGACGACCAAAGACUUUGCAUGACCUUGAAGGUAUUUUUCCACGACAAAUGGGCAGCCAUAACAUCUGCAAGAAUUAGGGGCCUCAUAGACAACUAUUACAAAAGACUGCACACUGUCAUUGAUGCUAAAGGGGGCAAUACACAGUAUUAAGAACUAUAUAGAGUAUACAGACUUUUGAAAAUGGGGCAUUUCAUUUUUUUCUUUGUUGCCAUGUUUUAUUUAAUGAUUGCCCCAUCCUGUUAUAACCUACAGUUGAAUAUGAAUCGCAUAAGAAAUAAAAUAAAUGUAUUUGCCUGCUUACUCAUAUUUUCUUUAAAAAUGGUAUAUAUAUUACCAAUUCUCCAAGGGUGUGCAAACUUUUGAGCACAACUGUAACUAGCCUUUAUUAGUCAGAGUUUGACCUUUGUUCUGUUGGUUACUAGCAUUUUUUGGUAUUUGGGUCACACAAGGAAUUUUGUAUUCUUAUUAAGGUGCUGAUAUGAGCGCUACCUCUCAAAGGCCGAGAGAGGCUCAGACCUUAUCCAGUUUUAUCUUUUAAGAAUUCUGAUAUAAUAAAAGAACACUAAAGAAUUAGGAAUACAAAGCUGAUUCCCACUAUUAUAGUGUUUAUUUGCCUCCGUGGCCCUCCCUAAAAUCCCUUUUUCACUUUCCUUACAUUGCGUUUUAUAUUUCAGGAUUAAGGGUACUGGGACAUCAAUGAAAUGAAGUGAUCUGGGUCCCUUUAAAAUUAAAAAGGUACAGCUUUCUUUCUAUCCUUUGUCUUAGGCUUCCACAGACAGGCCACGUUAGAAUUGAGCAUUGCGGAAAAAUGUGUUGCAGCCGAAUUACUUCGUACAAAUAUAAAAAAUAUUACAGAUUUGGGAACACUGAUUUUUGGCAGUUUAGCUUAUCUGAAUUUCAUUAACAAAAAAAUUCUCUCCCUUCUCCCUUGAUCUGUAAAGCCAAUGACUGGAAAAUGGUCCUAUCAUUGUACUGGACUAUAAUAAUAAUUAUGUAUGUAUAUUCUGCAGUACUAGGAUUGGCUACAUUUUGCGCCCGUUUAAAUUUCAUUAAUGAAGUAGACAAACCAAUCUUUGAAUAAAAGCAACAUUUAGUGACUGUCCCCUAGCCAAGAAUUGUCUCUUGUUUUUUAGUGCCACUGGUAGAAUUCAUAAUCACAAAUCAAACUUAGCAUGCUCAUCCAUUUCAUGUUUCGUUUGGUCCGUAAUUUCUGCUCAGAGUUCUGAAAUUAGUACGAUCACUCGACUGGACAAAUUUAGACGUAUUGCAGUUUGUAACUAAACUAAUCUCUAAGUCUAUUUCAUAUCUCUUCAGUAAUAUUGUUAGUGUUCCCCUAUCAUUGUCUGAGAGCAUCAACUUACACUGAGUGUAGGCCAAUCAAUGUAAAGGGAAUCUAUAGACACCCAGUCUAUUUGAUCUUUGCGAAGUGGUCUGAGAGUUGUAAGCAGAUCCCCCGGUAUUUUAGGUAAACACACCUCUAGUGGCUGAAUACGGCGAUAGUGUUCCUGUAAGUCCACAUAGGGACAACAUUAGCAUAUCUAUUGCAGAUAUAUUAUACUGAUAUAUAUAUAUAUAGGCUAUAUUAGAGCAGGGAAAUCCCAACUGGUUUCAUACAUUUCAAAAACAGUUUGACUCAUAACUGGAAUCAGUACCAGGGGAUUCUUACCACCCAUAACAGGGUGCUGUAGUGGUUAUCGUACCUAGAGUGCUCACUCAAGUUAGCUAGGGCGUACAGAAGUUAUUUCAUUGACUCCGUACUGCUGGCAGUACUUUUCAGCUCAGAACUUAUCACAAACUGCAAUUCUUCCAGUGCUCUAGUUGUUUAUAUAGUUAGAAAAACGUUUAAUAACCUCCAUAAUUGGAAAGCCAAAUGACCCACGUGGUACCAUGGGAGUGUCAAUUGGAGUAAUUGUCUCCCUUGAUACUAAAAUAUUAUAUUGGGUCACUCCUGCAUGCCAUAGGGAUAGCUGAAUGAAAUCGAAUUUACAUUGAUCAGUGCUAUUAACACCCCCUCGUUGAGUGGUAAGGGUGACUCAUCAAUGUAGUGAAAAUCUGUUGGAAAUCUUUAAAGGCUUCCUGGCAUGAUACAUUAUAGCAUAUCACUGAGCUCAUCAUUUUACAUUACCAUCAUUUGUAAUAUGCACAUUCCAUAUUUUUCGAUGUGUUUUUUUAAUUAUAAUUAGAAUAUUCUUGAGAAGAUUAUUAGCAAAUGCAUAGUUAAAUAAAAUAUAUUGUCAGGUUCAAUAGAAUCUAUUCACUGGCUGAGCUACUGAUAUCUUUAUCCUAGUGCAGAGGAAGGUCUGUUGUGCUAUUUCAGUUGCUUAUAAUUCUUAUAGAAAAUAUUCAUCAUGCUGUUAGAAAAAUAAGAUUAAAGGACCACUCUAGGCACCCAGACCACUUCAGCUUAAUGAAGUGGUCUGGGUGCCAGGUCCAGCUAGGGUUAACCCAUUUUUUCAUAAACAGGCAGUUUCAGAGAAACUGCUAUGUUUAUUGGGUUAAGCUAGUGGCUGUCUCAUUCUAGAGGCGCUUGCGUGCUUCUCACUUCACAGUGAGAGCAAGCGUCCAUAGGAAAGCAUUGUAAAUGCUUUCCUAUGCGACGGGCUGAAUGCGCGCGCAGCUCUUGCCGCGCGUGCGCAUUCAGUCCAGGAGGAGGAGAAGAGGAGGAGAGGAAGCAGAGAGCUCCCCGCCCAGUGCUGGAAAAAGGUAAGUUUUUAACCCUUUCCCCCUUCCAGAGCCGGGCGGGAGGGGGACCCUGAGGGUGGGGGCACCCUCAGGGCACUAUAGUGCCAGGAAAACGAAUAUGUUUUCCUGGCACUAUAGUGGUCUUUUAAAUGUGCUAUAUAACUGCUCUUAAAGCGCUCUUUUCAAAAAAGUUUGAUUAAUUUAAAAAAAAAAAAAAAACGUGGUUAAACCAACUAGAGAAAUGCCAGCCGGCUCCAGGAAAAGUAUCUGAGUGUUGCCACGGUAACCAGCGGCAAUGCUAUGAUGAAAUAUAUCAGAGUCAUCGAGUAGGGUCUCUACUCCAGCCAAGAAGAUCUCACUAUUGGCUUGGGCCCACUGGUGGAGAAUGUGCUGGCCAGAGAGGGAGAUCUUUGAUCUCCCCACUGGAAUUGUCCACCCUCUCCUGCCUGCCUCCCUGAGGCCAUGAUCUUGGUGGCCUUAUGGCAAAGCUGGUCCUGCCUAGACAGUAUUCUAUUUUAAGGCCUGGUUGCUUGCAUUGGACUAAUAAUUUUAAGCUCUGUAGUUUUAUGUGGAUUGUAUCCAUUAAACCAAUAAAACAAGAUUUUUUUUAACUUCUUCACUGAGCAUGAUGCUGACCAAUAAUUUUGUUAUCGUGCCCUACAACCAGUAACAUAAAAUUGACCUUGAUAGUCCUUCUUGACUGGUAGUAAUUUUGUGCAAGCAGAAGAUAAGACAAUGGAAACCCUGAUAUAACAAACAAACUAAAACAGUAAUGCUUGCAAUGUAAAACUGUAAUUCAGGCAAGACCUUUAUUUGUGAGCUGGAGAGAAAAAAAAACAACAAAUGGGACAGACUUUGGAUUUUGCAAUUUGUAGCUAGCACUACAGACACAGCUGGAUAUGAUAGGACAUUGCAGCAUCCAUUUGUGUUUUAUAAAUGGAAAUAUUUUAAAAGCAGAAAACACAGUGUACAAGUAAUGUGCAAACCCAUAUCUCACGUAAAUGUCAAGAUGAACUGUUUUUUCACACUUCACAGCAGCAGAAAUAAAUUAGAGCUGGGAUUUGAUAUUAUGUGAUCAGCAGUGAGGGGCUGUGAUGGGCUCCAUAGUGAGACCCUGGGAACGUGACAUUUCAGAUUAUAAAUAAGUCUAUAGAACAUCUAAUAAAGAUACCUUUCUUGGAAAAACUAUCUCUGUAUAAUAAAAUUUUUUUUUUAAAACAGGUAUAUUUUCCCUUCUUAAAAACCAUAUUAAAAUUUUUAAGCUAGUGGUUUUUACUGGGCAGGAGUAUCCAAAAGGCAGAUCCCAGCUGUCAUAGAUUUGUAGUCAUACGACACUGGUGAUCUCACUUUUGGCCACCCAUGCUAUUGUAAUCAGAGGCAUAUUCUAUUUCAUUGGGGACGAUAGAUGGGCACUUUUGUAGGUCCCCAGAUUUUAGUCUCCUUAUGCCCAUUAUAGGUGCAGGAGCCCUGGUCGGUCUCUUUUGCCCCUUCCAUAGCAACCUUUGGCGGCAAAUUUCAAUUUAGUUUUAGUUAUAGUCUUUUGACUAAAAUGCCAUUUUUGUUUUUGUCGUAAUUUAGUCAUGUAAAUUGUUUUGGUUUUAGUCUAGUUUUAAUCGACUAAAUCUAAAAUAUUUUAGUCAACUAAAAUUUGACUAAAAUUGUUAGUCAACAAAAUUAACACUGCUACCAGCUAAGCUUUCCACCCAGUGCAAUCAAUUGCCAAGUUCUCACUGACCGAUGUUAAAUAAAUAGCCAAAGCUGACAAAUGGACAAGGAUUCUGGAAAGUAUAAGCACAAUAUCUGAAGGUCCAAGACUUGAACCCUUCUUGUCUCAAGGCCUUCAGACUUCAGAAAAGAAAAUGUUAGACUUCAAAAUGCAGUGGUUUAGAAGCAAUGUCUAAAGACAACUGACUGUGUGUCAUAACAAGGUUACCUAACUGUGUGUAACAGAAUAACAAACACUGGAACGGUCAACCAUUUUUGAAGGAUCAGAGAAUCUCUUUAAGUGAGUUGUAAAACAUAUAUGAAUUACUAGUGGUGUUUUAUUGUAUCCUAUGUUUGAGAAGAAAUAAAAGAUUAAGCCAUUCUUUUAAAUGACCAGGAGUAGGGUAGAGUUAGGGUUAGCUGUAAGGUUAAGGUCAGUCUAGGGUUAUGUUGAGGGUAAGUUAAAUGUUAAUGCUGGGUUUGGGUUAAUUCUGGUUAAAGGUGUUGGGUUAGUGUAGGGUUAAGGAUAAAGUUAGGGUAGGCACAUGGCUAGUGUAAUCAUAGGGCAAGGCAUAUGGUUGGUAUACUGAUGGGGGGUUUGUGUUGGGUUAGCGUUAACUGCUAUAAAUUUAUUUAGACCCUAAACAUAUUAGGAAAUUAACAAUUAUGACUGAUAUGUGAUUCUAUUUUGAAUUCUUUUUAAUAUGCAGUGCCAUGGUGUGCUUUAAAUACUGUAUUUUCCAAGUGCAUUCAAUUAUUAUGAGGACAAGGAAUAUUAAGAAAAUUAGCAUAAACAAAAUAUCCUGUGCCUUACUGAUUGUACAUGCUUAGUGACUUCUUUGAUCACUUUGAAAAAUUUGCAUGCAGAGUAUCAAAGACACUGCACAAUAAAAUGGUUAGUGCCUAUUAGUAAACAAAGAACUUACAGGCUUAACAUAGAAAAAUAGAAUGUGACGGCAGAUAAGAACCAUUCGGCCCAUCUAGUCUGCCCAAUUUUUGAAAUACUUUUAAUUAGUCGGGACUUAUCUUAAGUAUAGGAUAGCCUUAUGCCUAUCCCACACGUGCUUAAACUCCCUCUCUGUGUUAACCUCUACCACUUCAGCUGGAAGGCAAUUUCAUGCAUCCACUACCCUCUCAGUAAAGAAAUAUUUUCUGAUAUUAUUUUUAAACCUUUUCCUGUCUAAUUUAAGACAAUGUCCUCUUGUUUUGGUAGUUUUUCUUCUUUUAAAUAUAGUCUCCUCCUUUACUGUGUUGAUUCUCUUUAUGUAUUUAAAUUCUAUCAUAUCCCCCCGUAUCAAAUAUUCUAUACUCUGCCCUUGGGUUUUUACGCCCAAGAUGCAUUAUCUUGCACUUAUCCACAUUAAAUGUCAGUGGCCACAGCUCUGACCAUUUUUCUAAUUUACCUAAAUCAUUUGCCAUUUGACUUUUCCCUCCUGGAACAUCAACCCUUUUGCAAAUUUUAGUAUCAUCACCAAAAAGACAUACCUUACCAUCAAGUCCUUCUGCAAUAUCACUAAUAAAAACAUCAAAGAGAAUGGGUCUAAGUACAGAUCCCUGAGGUAUCCUACUGGUAGCUAGACCUUGCUUCGAAUGUGCUCCGUUGGCUACAACCAGUGCCGGACUGGGAACUAAAAGGAGCCCCGGAAAAAAAUUAUUUACCAGCCCAAUAAUGUGUCCCGCCAGCAUAGUGUGCUGAUACAUUACAAAAGAUAACUUCAAAUUAAAAAUUAUUACUUCCAAUUUGAAAAAAAAGCACUCAUAGGCUUCAAAAUAAACAAAAGUGCAGAUUUAUUUUAAGCAGACGUGCCUUUGCAUGUAAUCAAUGUUUCAGUCCAACUACCUUGAUAUAUUAAGGAAAGUUUGGUAAUGUACAAAAUACAAGAUAAAAAUAGUGAGAUGACCGAAAACACUGAGUGCAGGCAAGCCACUACAAAUGGGACACACUCCCUAUAUCCCUUCAAAGACAAGUGCAACAAAAACUGUACAACAACAAAGUGCAAAUACAGUGUAGGGCACCACUAUCACAAACACAGUGAUGUGUAUAAUUACCAGCAGGAUGAUGAGCUUCUAGAACUCACAUAAAAAUAAAUAUCACAGUGCAAAACAGCUUUAAUUUACUAUAGAUAAUGACAGGAUAAAAAUGGAACUCUCACAAUUAAAAUGGCACAAUUGACAUAAAUCAAUAUGUGCAGAAGCGCAUUUUAACCUGUAAUAGGCUGUUACCCCAGAUGCAGCAGUCUUUAUCCCCUUAAGGACACAUGACGGAAAUAUUGCGUCAUGAUUCCAUGUUAUUCCAGAAGUUGUGUCCUUAAGGGGUUAAGGAGGUUUCAACGAUUCAGUCUCAUUGAUUCUGAUAACUCUAGCUGCCGUAGACAUUCCUGGGCUGUAUUCAGACUGUAGAGGUAAUAGGACUGAAAUGGUGAAUGUAUAUAGUGCACAACUGUAAAAAAUGACGUUAUCUUGUUUAUUUUGAAGUCCUGUGGGUGCGCUCUUCACUUUAAAUAUGUUAUUGUGCUGGAGUAUGCACCUAACAACAAGACUGGGCCAAUAUAUGCUGAUUACAUAUGUUACAUAUUAAUGACAUUUCUCUGUGUAUUAUGCAUAUAUAAAUGUACAUUAAUAUAUGUAUAAAUAUUAUCGGCAUAAUUAUAUAUAUAACUAAUACACACAUUAAUAUACAUGUGUUAUAUAGACCCUAUAUUCUACCUCCAGAUCCUUUGUGUUCCUCUUUGUCUCCCCCCAGUACCUCUGUAUGUUUCUUUCUCCCCCUCACUGCUCCUCUGUGUCCAUGUCUCCCCUCUCCUUCCCAGUCUCUCUCUUCCCCCACUGUCUCUUUUUCCCCUCCCCCUGUGUCUCUCUCUUCCCCCUGUUUCUUUCUCCCACCUCCCCUGUGUGUCUCUCACAUUUCUCCCCCUCUCCUUGUGUGUCUCUCCCUCUGUGUCUUUGGCUGUGCUGGGAAUUGUGGGAACCGUGAGAAAGCAUGAUAGAGAGACAGCUCACUGCUGUCAGCAUUAGUGAGUGUGCCUCCGGACCGGCUAGGCGUUCCUAUGAGAGCCACGACCCACCAGGAAAUUUCCUCAUAUCCCAUUAGGCAGUCCGGCCCUGACUACAACCCUCUGUUGCCUGUCAUUUAGCCACUGCCUAACCCAUUCAACAAUAUUGGAAUCCAAACUUAAAGAUUGCAAUUUAUUGAUAAGCCUUCUAUGUGGAACAGUGUCAAAAGCCUUACUGAAAUCUAGGUAAGCAAUGUCUACUGCACCACCUUGAUCUAUUAUUUUAGUUACCCAACCCAAAAAAUCAAUAAGAUUAGUUUGGCAUUAUCUCCCUGAAGUAAACCCAUGUUGUCUCUGAUCUUGAAAUCCAUGUGAUUUUAGAUGUUCAACAAUUCUUUCCUUUAACAUGGUUUCCAUCACUUUCCCCACUAAUGAAGUAAGGCUUACUGGCCUAUAGUUGUCCGACUCCUCCCUACUACCUUUUUUUGAAUGGGUACAACAUUCGCUAAUUUCCAAUUUUCUGGGUCUACUCCUGUUAACAAUGAUUGGCUAAACAAAUUUGUUAAGGGUUUUGCUAGUACACCACUAAGCUCUUUUAAUAACUUUUGGUUUAUCGCAUCAGGUCCAUCGACUUAUUUGUCUUUACUUUGGACAGUUGGAAUAGAACAUCUUCCUCUUUAAAUUCACAUGUAACACAUUACCCAUUUGUUCUUUUUCUUAACUGAAGUCCUUCUCCUUCAUUUUCAUCUGUAAAUACAGAACAAAAAUAUUAAUUGAGGCAGUCAGCUAGACCUUUAUCCUCUUCUACAUACCUUCCUUCUUUUGUUUUUAAUCUAACUAAUCCUUGUUUUACUUUUCCUUGUCUCAUUUAUGUAUCUAAAAAAAAAUUUUUCCCUUUUUUUACUGACUGUGCUAUUUUCUCUGAUGUGUGUGCUUUGGAGGCUCUUAUAUCUUGCUCAACCUCUUUCUGCCUAAUCUUAUAGAUCUGUCUGUCUUCCUCACUUUGAUUUUUUUUAUAAUUACUAAAAAAAAAAAAAUCAGAAUGAGGAAGAAAGACAGAUCUACCAAAUUUACCAUUAUUCACUGUGGAAUAAAUAAAAUUUACUUGAAAUGAGAAAAUCUCUAAUAGGGAAAUAUUUCAAACGCUUUAAAGUGCUUUCUUGAAACCUUUAAUAUGAGGAUAAUUACAUAAUGUCUGCUUAACAUAGAUAGUUUCAGUCUCUGGUUAUGCGAUAUGUUAAAUUGAAUUACUGGUUGUCUGAGCAUUUGUUUUUUACUUUAUUGAAUAAAAUUGAAGUUAUGGCAUUUAAAAUAUAUUGGAGAGGUAUAAUCAUUUAGAUUUACAUAAUGUAUGCAAAUUAAUGGCUACCAUGUAAGCAAUAAACGUUCAUAUCAGAGCAAUUAAUUAAAGUGAAAAUUCAAAGUGAAUUUCAAAUGUAAAACCAGAGUAGCCAAACUGAAAGCAUAGCCGUCCUACAGAAUGCAAUAAUUUCAGCUACUUUGACCUUUAAUUUUACAUUUAUUCUGAGUUCUCACUCUAGUGAAUAACACUGUAUGUGUGAAUUUUGUGAGAGAUUUACUGCGUUAUUCACCAAGUGGGAAUUCAAAGUGAAUUUCAAAUUUAAGGUCAAAAUAUUUGAACUAGAAAAAUUCUCUGAUUUAGCUAUGGUUUCAGUUAAAACUCACUUUAGAUUCACUUUGAUGUCCCACUUUACUAUAUAUCGUAUUAGACUUUAUAUACCUUCCUAAUCACUUGAUUUAGGACUGUCCAAGUGUUUUUCGUUAGUCUUGCUUUCCUGGCACUUAAGAGAAAACAAGUGUGGUCAAUUUUACUUGUGAACUUGUGUCAAUAUCAUGGGUCUCUUCCCCAUUUGGUUCCAAUGCUUCCAGAUGUUAAUGGUAUUAUGUUUUCAUUAUUAUGUUUGUUCUUCUGUAUUAAUUUCAACCAUGUGAUUAUCUAUCAUCUAAUAGUUUGUACAUAGUUUAUGUAGUUACUUUAUUGCUAGAGGUAGAGAUAGGCCUACCUGAAAUCUAUAGGAUUUUAUGAGCUCGUGGCUCAUAAAAACCUAAAGCUACUCAUGAGUUUACAUCCAUGUUGCACUUUAAAUGCAUGCCAGAAUGGCUAGUUCUUUGUGUGUAGCAAAUAUUGGCUUAUAUUACAAUCCAAGGUUUGAAAAGUAUCGCCACAUUGUUGCUGAAGAGCUGUUAGAUACAGUCAGGUCCAUAAAUAUUGGGACAUCGACACAAUUCUAAUCUUUUUUGGCUCUAUACACCAACACAAUGGGUUUGAAAUGAAACAAACAAGAUGUGCUUUAACUGCAGACUUUCAGCUUUAAUUUGAGGGUAUUUACAUCCAAAUCAGGUGAACGGUGUAGGAAUUACAACAGUUUGAAUAUGUGCCUCCCACUUUUUAAGGGACCAAAAGUAAUAGGACAGACUAACAGUCAUAAAUCAAACUUUCACUUUUUAAUACAUGGUUGCAAAUCAUUUGCAGUCAAUUACAGCCUGAAGUCUGGAACGCAUAGACAUCACCAGACGCUGGGUUUUAUCCCUGGUGAUGCUCUGCCAGGCCUCUACUGCAACUGUCUUCAGUUCCUGCUUGUUCUUGGGGCAUUUUCCCUUCAGUUUUGUCUUCAUCAAGUGAAAUGCAUGCUCAAUCGGAUUCAGGUCAGGUGAUUGACAUGGCAAUUGCAUAACAUUCCACUUCUUUCCCUUAAAACACUCUUUGGUUGCUUUUGCAGUAUGCUUCGGGUCAUUGUCCAUCUGCACUGUGAAGCGUCGUCCAAUGAGUUCUGAAGCAUUUGGCUGAAUAUGAGCAGAUAAUAUUGCCCGAAACACUUCAGAAUUCAUCAUGGUGCUUUUGUCAGCAGUCACAUCAUCAAUAAAUACAAGAGAACCAGUUCCAUUGGCAGCCAUACAUGCCCACGCCUUGACACUACCAUCACCAUGCUUCACUGAUGAGGUGGUAUGCUUUGGAUCAUGAGCAGUUCCUUUCCUUCUCCGAACUCUUCUCUUCCCAUCACUCUGGUACAAGUUGAUCUUGGUCUCAUCUGUCCAUAGGAUGUUGUUCCACAACUGUGAAGGCUUUUUUAGAUGUUGUUUGGCAAACUCUAAUCUGGCCUUCCUGUUUUUGAGGCUCACCAAUAGUUAAGAUCUUGUGGUGAACCCUCUGUAUUCACUCUGGUGAAGUCUUCUCUUGAUUGUUGACUUUGACACACAUACACCUACCUCCUGGAGUGUGUUCUUGAUCUGACCAACUGUUGUGAAGGGAAAGAAUUCUUCGGUCAUCCACCACAGUUGUUUUCCGUGGUCUUCCAGGUCUUUUGGUGUUGCUGAGCUCACCGGUGCGUUCUUUCUUUUUAAGGAUGUUCCAAACAGUUGAUUUGGCCACACCUAAUGUUUUUGCUAUCUCUCUGAUGGGUUUGUUUUGUUUUUUCAGCCUAAUGAUGGCUUGCUUCACUGAUAGUGACAGCUCUUUGGAUCUCAUAUUGAGAGUUGACAGCAACAGAUUCCAAAUGCAAAUAGCACACUGUAACGGACCGUUUCUCUCAAACGGGGAUAAAUCCGUUUAGGCGAUAAUCCCCUUUCAAUAGACCAGCAGCUACUGCAAUCACCAACCUCCCGAACUCCAAACUGUACGAAUACCCAACUCACGAACAAGAAAUACACGAACUCUGGAAGCAGCCGAACAGGAAAAGCAAUACGAACAGCUUACACUCCUGGCAGUCAGCUCACAAUCCAAUUCCCCCAAUAACACGACGACACUUCGUUUUGAGGGUUAAGCAGAAUCUACAGAUUUAUUCACACAGCCUCCUUUUAAGACAUUCUCCCAUGCAAGGGAGGGAUCCACAACAAUUAGUACCCCAGCCAAUAAUGUACCAGUUACCUCCCACACAUCUCCUCCCCUUAGUGUGACACAUAAUCCCAUUAGUACAGACACAAAUUCCCUGGGAUACUGGAUGUACCCCUACACAUAGGAAUACCCCUUUAAAUGUUACAUCCCCUGGUAACCCUGAUCUGGGUGAGACCCAUAUCCAAAAAUCACCCAGAUCGGACCAGGGGUUCAGGAAUUAUAAAGAGUUAAAGUUUUGACCGACUGCAUGGCAAAAGUAUCCGAAAAUAGUUCCAUGUACUUUGGCCCUGCAGUCGGUCACAGAAAAGGGAAUGAAUCACACGAAUUGCCUGGGUUAUGGAGCUUGGGGAGGAUUCGUAUGAAUCCCCCUGUUCGUGGGAUCCUUUCUACCGAACGGCGGGCCGUUCGGUAGUUUCUGCACGAAUUGCUGGAAGUCUGGAGGUCUCAGCGGUGUUUGCUUAGUCGAGUGUCCGAUUUUAGUUCCAGACACUCGACGGCAAAACACCGCUGUUCGGGAGUUUAAGAUGGCCGCCGCCACGUGUUCGUUUCCCGAAUGGCGGCCACCCAGAGGACACAACACAAUUACACAUAUUGCCAAUUACCCGUUUGCAACAUUGUUGCAAACGGUAAUUGGAGGCACACUUACUCCCGGGUGGUCUGGUUGUUCGGUAGUUUCACCCAAUAUAAUGAAUGAAGUGAUUCUACCGAACAAUCAGGGGAAUGCUGCAUUCACAUAACACUUUAUACCGAACACAUAAUAUUAAAUACCGCCUGAAUGCAAUUUGCUACACAAUCUUAAAAAGGCAUUAUUCCUAACAGGCAGAAUAUGUUCACGGAUGGCCCUUAAAGGGCCAGUAGCAGCAAUAUAAGAAGGUCACAUGCCCAAAUAUUGCAUACAAAAGUACGAAUUCACAAGGGGGCCAUAGUCAGAUGGCAGGAGGCUGGCAACCAGGCUUCUCCAGUGCAUAGUGGCGAGGUUGGUUUCGCCACACACACUUGAAAUGAACUCUGGACCUUUUAUCUGCUCCUUGUAAAUGGGAAAAUGAGGGAAUAACACACACCUCACUAUGGAACAGCUGAGCAGCCAAUUGUCCCAUUACUUUUGGUCCCUUGAAAAGUAGCAGGCACAUAUGCAAACUGUUGUAAUUCCUACACCGUUCACCUGAUUUGGAUGUAAAUACCCUCAAAUUAAAGCUGAAAGUCUGCAGUUAAAGCACAUCUUGUUCAUUUCAUUUCAAAUCCAUUGUGGUGGUGUAUAGAGCCAAAAAGAUUAGAAUUGUGUCGAUGUCCUAUAUUUAUGGACCUGACUGUAUGUUGACACAAUCACAAUAUUUUGUUCUGAUUGGUUUCAAGAGUGCUUUCACUACGAUCGGUUAGCGAGCUAUAGGCUCCCUACCUUUAAUUACAUGGUCAAGCUUAGAAGGUUAAUCCAACCAUCGUAACCACCUCUGCUUUUAGAAGUGGUCGUGGUGGUAGAAAUCUGUAUGUGAAACAUGUUUGCUUGAAGCACUGAACAUACAGAGAUAUUUGCACUUUUAUGCCGAGGGCUAGUUACAUUCUGUUCUGGGCUGCAUAAAGUAAAUUUUGUGCAACAAUUACAUCUGUCAUCAUGGCACACUGUACACUGGUAAUAUAUAUUCUCUGCUUCUCUCCUUGCAGGCAGGGCUGGGAGCACACCUGAAAGGGGAAAUCUACAUCUCCCCUCUCUCUCUGUACUUCGUCCCUGCCUCCCUCAAGUGACAGUCAUUUUUUUUUAUAUGAUUUACUUCUUCCUGUCCACCCUCACUUCCUCCCCUCACAUCCUCUGAGUCGAUGAAAUGGUCCAAUCACCUGCUUCUCCAAUUAUAGAGAAUCAUCUGAUUGGACAGCACCAUGGAGGCAGUCGUCUUGACGGAGGUAGGGAAUCCAGUGUAGUGUGCUUCACCCGGCAAUGGAUUUCAAGUAAGUUUUAUUUUAGCUUUUUAACUUCGUAAUGUGGGGGUCUAAUUAGCAAUGCCUACUAGGGCAUGCUGAAUUAAAAUAAAGUAUUCACUAAAAAGGAUGGAGUAACCCUUUAAGUGAUCACAAUCCGUCUAAAGGAUUAUAGACACUUCAACACAACCAUCUAACUCCAUUUUCAGAAAGUGCAUGAUAAACCGUACAAGGAAACAUAUUCCUAGCAAGAAACUAAUACACUAUUGUCUGUUUUUAGCAUAAGCAGGUCAAGCACCACAAACACCUACAAUGAGCUGAUGACAUUUACAAAUAACGUCACCACACUUAAACUAAUGAUAGCUGAUCUGUAAUAUAAAGCAAAUAAUGGACGAAUAAGCAUUGUUACAACAACAAGAUAACAGCAAUGCUGUGUUUGAACAUGAUGAAAGAAGCAUACACUUAUAUCAAUGUCAAGUUGCAACAAUGAUAUUAGACCUAUUAUCACCGCUGCUCUAUAAAAGCAAUCAAACAGGCAAGUCAGAUCUUUUCAAUUGGACCCAUUUCAAAGUAGUUAACUUUGUUAUCUAAGAGUACUGACCUCAAGAUCAUGUGAUUACUGAUGUCUUAUAUUAAACCUGGUUGUAGGUCAAUAAUCAUGUUUAACAGUGGGUGGUGUGACUGACAAAAAAAUAUUGUAAAAUUUUUGUUAACACUUUUGCAAUCUCAAUUGAAAGUCAGAUAACACCGACCAACUGAAUACCAACAGUGAUUUGUAAUUCAUUCUACAACUAGGACCUUUUUUGGGUGUUUUUUGUUUUGUUUUUAUAAACAAUUUAACAUCAAACGUUUUCUUUUAACAUCAUUAAAUUAUGCAUAUUUGUUUAUUUAAAUCUUUAUUUUUGCUAAGUAUUUUAUUCAGCCAGUUGUAAUACCAUAUUCAGCCAGAUGUAAUCAAUUUAUUUUCCAGUAUUUUAUCAUGGUCCUUUUGUUGUAAAGCAAUCAUAUUAUUCUUUUUUUUUCUUUUUUUGUGAACAAAGAGAUUUAAACUCCAGAACUUCCUGUUCUUAACCCUACCCUGGCGAGCUGCUAUAAAGCUCUUCAUUUUAGAUUGAUGAUCUUAAGACAAUGUGCUGAUAAAUAGGUUUGGACAAUAUUAUCUGCAUCCUGUUAAACUCACCACAUGCAAUGCUAGACAUAUGAUGACUAUUACAGUUGUGACAGUCUGACAGCAAGUUACUUUUAUUACCUAUAUUGGCUGUCCAUAUUUCCCCCUGUUACUUCGUCUAUUUUUCCCCGGUUAUUUCGUGUGGUUCUUCUUUGGCCGUUCGGGAGACUUCAUGCCCGUGCCCCAUUAGAACGUUAACACCAACCACUUAAGUGCGAACCCGCAAGGGAAACAAUUAAUGAGUGCUUCUCUAGGGUGGCCGCCAUUUCAUAUAACUGAACACGUGGCUGAGAGAACGGCGGCCAUCUUGUCUCCCAAACGAGGGCAGUGGUACUUGGUCGUCGAGUGCCUGGAACUAUUUUCUGCUAGGCACUCGCACGAACACCGGUAAACUGUCGACCUCUGCCCGUUUCUGUUCCUGACCACCUACAUGAGUGGCGUUCGGGAGAUAUAAAUUACCGAACAGGGGAAGCAUUCGUACCCUGAAAGUGAGAGAUUCCCUUGUCUGGUUUUCGCAUGGGAGCCCCACGAACGGAGACCAGCCAAGACACAUAGUUUCCUGGAACUAUUUUGGCCUAGCGUCUCAUGUCUGGCCGGUCAAAACUUCCACACGAUUGCAUCUACAGAACCAAUCUGAGUGAUUCUUGGAUAUGUUGGUCACUCAGAUUGGUGCUAUCAGGGAAUGUGCUUUUUGUGGGGUUCCCAGGUAUGGUUGGGGGACUUUUGAGGUAUAGGAUAUUUUGUGGAUCUUUUGUGUCUGAGAGAAAAUUAAAUUGGAGGAGUUUACUCAGGCAAUUAUCUCUCAGGCACAAGGGAUCUUGGGAUUGAAACCCCUGCAUUUUCUGAAUGUGAAACCCCUUGCAUGGGACUGGACAUAAAAGCUGUGUAUGUGUCAAUAAAAUUCAGUUAUACCCCCAGAGCUGAGUGUCGUCCAGUUGCUGGGGACUUUGUUGGGAUUACUUGUUCCUGAGUGUAUUUUGGAGUAACCAGCGGAGAAGAGUCCCUGCUAGGACUACGGCUCCGCUACAAACAUUUUCAGUUAUGUCACGCAUAUUGUUCUCUAGCCGGACCUGCCUGGAGAUAUAACUGAUAAAUGUCAAGCUUGGAGGACAUUCACCUAUAAUAGCAAGCUAUAAUAAAAAGAGACCUCGUCACUUAAUUUCUCUUACUGUCUGUCGCACAGCAGGGCGUCUGUCGUUUGAGCAGUUUUAGAUUAUAUGCAAGCCUGGAAAUACAAGUGACAAAUAAAAGAACAUAUUUCUGGUGGCAGAAAGACUUAAUAAGAAAAUCAGACAUAUCAUUAUUUCUAAUAACAGGAAUGACUCUGAAAGAAUGUUAUUUUAAGAAGAUUAGUUUUCCUCCACAGACCCGCAGUAUAUAUUUGGUAAAUCACAUUGAAACUGGAACUGCGUACAAUGGCUCACAGCAUGCAUUUUGAAAAUUAUUUGGCAUUUUCAUGCGGUAAUUACUGGUAGCUAGCAACAUGUGCCACCACUCUGAUAAUGUUAUGCGUUUUGUGACAGAGUUCCAUUCUUAUCUAUAAAUAAUUUAAAGGGUCUUUCUAAGCAAAAAAACUAAUUGAGCUUAAUAAAGCAGUGUUGGUAUAUUAUGCUCCUGCAGUCUCACUGCUCAAUUAUGUUCCAUUUGUUUAUGUUCAUGCAGUCCUAGGUACAUCUUCCCUGUCUGUGACUCACACUGCAUCCCUACACACUUCCUGAAAAAGCUCUGUUAGUUGCCCGCUAGAGUCUACAGCAUUAUUUUAUGUGUGAAAAAGGUUUAUUGAACAGAACAGAGGAUAAGAACUUCUAGUAAACAUACUUUGCUGUAAGAAUUAAACCUUUUUUUUUAUUGAGGCUUUGCUUGUCAUUACCAGGGGAGAUGCAGUUAGACAAAACAAACAAACAAACACCUUCAACUCAGUGCUCUAAUCAAAUAAAUUACUUAGCUUCAAUCAAUCUGCAGCCUCCCAGAAUCGUUAUCCACAACAAACGAUCUUUACAUAUGCAUAGAACCACAAACAGAAAUGGGAUACGGCUGUACAAUCUAUAGAGGGAACAUAUAAAGGAAAAAAAACACACAAUAGUGUAAUACAAUAAAUACAGUGAAUAGUGCGCUUAAAUGGAUGCACUCACAAGAUGAUGAAAAUAGAAGAGCAUUCAUGAGGUGCCUCCCCAGAUAGCAUAGGGGGCUAGUGGUUCCCCUUUCCGGUGUAAAACGACCAAUGGAACACGGGACUCCAGGUAAGUAAUAGUAAAAAAGCAAUUAUUUUAUUUUCUUAAAAGGUGAACAAACACCAUAAGAAUAAAGGUUAAAAAGUGCAGCAAUAGGUCCAACGCGUUUCGUUCACAACUAGAACUUCAUCAGGGACCGCACAGUAAAAAAUCACAGACAAUAUCAUAGAUUGUAAAAUAACAUCCUACUUUCCCCUUAACAGAAUCUCUAUAAAUAGGGCUAGUCCCAAAGUCCCAUUGGUCCAUGGAGUGGGAGUGUCCAGUAGCCAGCCAUUCAUUUGUCCAGGGGUAUUAACCUCCAGCUGAUGGUGUUUAGAUAGUUUAAAUUGGGCGCGUUCAAUGGGAAAGCCGAAACCGGAAGUGGACGUCUGCCUUCACUUCCGCGUUCCAUUUGCGUUCCACAUGCGUUCCAGAUAUGUUCCAAAUGCGUUCCAAGUACAUUCACUGCUCUUUCUUGACUAAAACAGCGAGGAGCCAUCAAUAUAAGUAGUCAUCAAAACGGAAAAAGCCCUAAAGUGUUAAAUAAACUGAAUAUAAUUGAUCUCUAAAAGAAAAAAAUGAAUUAGUGUAUAAAAUAUACAACAACCAUAUUAAGGUGGUUCAUAUGGAACUUCCCCAUGUAUUGUAUAUGUAACAGUAUCAUACACCAUUAAAUAGUGCCAUAUAUGUCUAUUUAAAGUGGCAGACAUCUCCUUAUUCAAUAUAAAAUAAAAAACAAAUAAUAUAUUCCUAAAAAAGUUCCCUCAAUAUAAAUAAUUAUUAUUUUAAACCAUAUAACCUACUUAGUACACAUAACUGUAUAAUAUAGAGUUUUUUUGUUUUUUUUUAUAUAAAUUAUGAAUUGUAUUGAUUAUAGACACUUCUUUUUCCAUAUAUUCAUACUGCCAGAACUACUCAUAUUCCCAAAGAUACAUAUGGAAUAGUUUACAUAGACAGGGAAAAAAACCAAAAAAUCAGUCCAAGAAACACACCAGAUCAAUCCCAAUAUUUAGACCCCUAGGUUCAAGGGUCUUUAAUUUAUGUAUCCAAAAGGUUUCCCUUUGGGAUAACUUUUUGACCCUAUCCCCUCCCCGCCAAUAGGGAAGGACAUGUUCGAUACCCAUACACUUAAAUUCUCUAAAAGAGAAAGAAGGACAAUUACUGCAAUGAGCAGAGACUGAAUGGGUAACCAGUCCCUUACGUAUAUUAUUUAAAUGUUCCAAGAUUCUGACCUUCAAGAUACGCUUCGUGCGUCCCACAUACUGUUUGCCACACGGACACUGCAGUAAAUAUACUACAUAGUCCGUGUGGCAACCUAUUAAUGAUUUAAUCCUAAAGGUUUCUCCCGUGAUAUGACUAAUAAAUUCCUUAGUUCUCCCCAUAAGGGCAGUAGUGCAAGCUUUGCAAACAUUACAUCCCCUAAAACAACCCGAUUCGGGAGAUACGUUAGAUCUAUUUAUUUUAAUGGCAUAGCUAGGGGCUAGCAUAUUUUUAAAGUUCUUAUUUUUCUUAAAUAUCACCAUCGGACGUUCAGACAAAGAAUUACCCAAAAUGGGAUCUUGUUGUAAAAUGGGCCAAAAAUCACUUAGGCUCCUUUUAAUCUUAAAAUGAUCCGUAUUAUAUUGGGUGACAAAGGCUGAUUUAAAAUUCAUAUUCCCAACAAUAUUGGGAGGUUUGUCCUCCAAAAGUUUGCUCCGUUCAAGAAGACCAAUUGAUCGAAUUUCUUUUUCUAGCGUAUUCUUAUUAUAGCCCCUUGCACAUAAUUUAUUUUUUAUAUGGGAGGAUUGGAUCUGAAAAUCUUGAGGGCGAGAACAAUUACGUCUCAAUCUGGUAAAUUGGCUUCGUGCUAUACCCCUGAGCCAAGGCUUAUGGUGACAGCUUUGUUGGUGAACAAAGCCAUUACCAUCUGUUGGUUUAAAAAAGCAUUUAGUUUGAAUUUGACCCCGAUCACAAAAAAUAUCAAGAUCCAAAAAAUGGAUCUCGUGUUUGUUCCACUCCGGGGUGAAAACAAGAUUAUAUAAAUUAGAAUUUAAAUAUUGGACAUAAUCAAAAAAACUAUUGGAGGACCCCUUCCAAAUGAUGAUCACAUCAUCGAUAUAACGCCGCCAGAGCACCAGGCUCUCCCUCCAGUCAUGCCGCGACCACACAAAUAAUUCCUCCCAUCUACGCAUGUAGGUGUUGGCAUAACUGGGGGCGAACCUGGUGCCCAUGGCGCUCCCUGUGAUCUGUAAGUAAUACUGAUCAUUAAAAAAUAAAAAAUUAUGUUCCAAAAUAAAUUUUACUGAGGUCAAUAUAAAUUCCUUUUGGCCUUGAGACAGGUCCUGAUCUUGGGACAUAUAGUGAUCAAGAGACUCCAAUCCUAAACGAUGACUGAUUACCGUAUACAGAGAGGUCACGUCUAGCGUGGCCCAACUGUAUUCAGGGUCCCACUCUAUGCUGUCUAAUUCUUGUAGAAAAGACUUAGUGUCCCGUAUAAAGGAGGGUGCCCCUUGAGCAUACUUUUGAAGGAAAGAGUCCACAUACGCAGACAAAUUAGCAGUGAGCGAGUUAACUCCACUGAUAAUAGGGCGACCUGGUGGAUCAGGGAGGCGUUUGUGAGUUUUAGGGAGGAAAUAGAGAAUUGGAAUCACUGGAUUUUUUUGGAAUAAAAAAUCAAAGUUUUUUGAGGAUAUGAUUCCAUUAUCUCUAGCCGUAAUCAAAAUUUCCUUAAGUUCUAAAUUAUACAACGGCAUAGGAUUAUUCUGCAGAGUAAUAUAAGUUUUUUUUAUCCCCUAAAAUAUUAAGGGAUUCCUUCAAAUAGUAAGACAAAGUCAUCAACACUAUACCUCCUCCCUUAUCAGCCUCCCUGAUCACCAGGUCCUCUCUUUCCAUAAGAUGUUGUAAAAUCGCUCCUUCCCUUUUUGUUAAAUUAAAGGGGCAUGAUCCACUUUUUCUUUUUUUAACAAUAGAUUGGAAGGCCUGAUCAACCAUAUGUUCAAACGUUUCUAAGAAAGGGCCCUUGCUUUGAACUGGAAAAAAAUGAGAUUUUGGUUGAAACCUAUAGUCUUCCCUUUCAGAUACAAUAUUUACUUCCCUCUCAGUUGUAGAUGGAUGUAAGAGGAAAUGUCUUUUUAUAGUUAAAGAGCGUAUAAACUUUUUAAGAUCUAUAUAAAGAUCAAAGUCAUUCGCCUUUUUAUUAGGGGCAAAUUUCAUCUCUUUCGAAAGUAGGUCUAUCUCCUCAGAUGUAAGUGGAAUUCCAGUUAAAUUAAAAAUACCUCUACCCCUUUCCUCCUCAUUAAAAGGGGGGCAGGACUGAGACUCUGAUCUAGUCCUCUGUUCUCACCCUCUUGUGUGGUGAAUCUUGAUAUAGAGGGGUAAACCUGUUGGGAUGCUCCCAAGUUUCGGUUCUUGGACGAAAAUAAUUGGUUAUGAAUUUUUUUUUUGGGCCCCUGUGUCUCCCUUGAAAAUUUAUCUCCUGUUCAUUAAAUUGUGUAGGAGCCCUAAACGUAUCCGUUUGAUUGUAUGUGGUCUGAGUACGGGAUCUUACAUUCCCCUCCCUAUCUGGCGUGGGUCUCCUAGGGGAGGCGGGUCUCUGUCUGUUCCAAGUUCUGGGAUGAUUAAUAGAUCUGCCAUCCUUAGGUGCAAAAUUCGCUCUAUAAUUAGUUCUAGAUCUUGAGUUACUCCUUGUUCUAUUAGGUGUUCUUGGAAUCAUUUUUUUAAAAGGAACAUAGCGUGAUUUUUUUCUUAUUAAUUUAUUAUGAGUAGAAAAACUAUUAGUUAAUUUAUCCUCUUUAUCCCUGCUAUACUUCCUAUUUUUUGUUUCAGCAAUAUUCUCAUCAAGUUUUUUAAUAUUCGUUUGCAAGAUUUCAUCCCUCUCCUUAAAAUCCCUUCCUUCUGUAUUAAUGGGAGGAUUGGAAUCAAGUUCAAUUAAUUCAGCUUCCAAUUUACUCUGUAUUUCUUUAGAGUGUCUAAUUAUGAGUUGUAUUAGCUGAAAAGAACAAUUAGUGAGGAUUUCAUCCCAUUCUUGUAGGAAGAGAUCAUCCUCCAAUCCAAAUGCCGGUGUUUUAUAUAUUCUAAGACCACGUGGGAUUAAGCCUUCCUUAAGAUAAUUCUCCAAAUAGGCUAUCUCCCACCAUUUUUUUGUUUCGGCAGUUAAUAACCUCUCUUUUUUCUUAAAAAACUCAUCUAGCCCUUUAAGAGGGCUAGAUGAGUUUUUUAAGAAAAAAAUGUAAACUAUCUAAACACCAUCAGCUGGAGGUUAAUACCCCUGGACAAAUGAAUGGCUGGCUACUGGACACUCCCACACCAUGGACCAAUGGGACUUUGGGACUAGCCCUAUUUAUAGAGAUUCUGUUAAGGGGAAAGUAGGAUGUUAUUUUACAAUCUAUGAUAUUGUCUGUGAUUUUUUUACUGUGCGGUCCCUGAUGAAGUUCUAGUUGUGAACGAAACGCGUUGGACCUAUUGCUGCACUUUUUAACCUUUAUUCUUAUGGUGUUUGUUCACCUUUUAAGAAAAUAAAAUAAUUGCUUUUUUACUACUACUUAUCUGGAGUCCCGUGUUCCAUUGGUCGUUUUACACCGGAAAGGGGAACCACUAGCCCCCUAUGCUAUCUGGGGAGGCACCUCAUGAAUGCUCUUCUAUUUUCAUCAUCUUGUGAGUGCAUCCAUUUAAGCGCACUAUUCACUGUAUUUAUUGUAUUACACUAUUGUGUGUUUUUUUUCCUUUAUAUGUUCCCUCUAUAGAUUGUACAGCCGUAUCCCAUUUCUGUUUGCGAGAUGCAGUUAGGGCUGCAUAAACAGUGAUUUAAUCUGAAGUGGUAGAGGAUUGAGAAGUGAGACUGCAUAGGCAUCAUCUAUAUACAAAAAACUGCUUUAUUAAGUUUUUUUAGUGCUUAGAGUAUGCCUUUAACCCUACGUUCAUGCCGUCCUUCACAGAGUGGACUAAUGAUUUUAAGACAGUAUGGAACGUCCAGCAAUUUUGCUGUGAGCAGGGUGAGCAAUGCCCCUAUUUCUCUGUCUCCCAAUGUUCCCUGUCUCAGUGUCCCCAUGUCUCUCAGUGUUCCUAGUGUCCUAGUGAUAUGGGGGUCCCUGGGAGACAUGGGGACACAGACACUAGGGGACACUAGGAGAUAUGGGGACAUAGACACUAGGGGACACUGAGAGACAUGGGAAUACUUGGGGACACAGGGAGACAUGGGGACAAUGAUCGACAUGGAGAUGCAAGAGGACACUGGGAGACAUGGGACAUUGAGACAUUGUGAUACAUAGGGACACUGUAAUAGAAAGGGGCACUGGGAGACCUAGGGUCACGACACUACGUGACACUGGGAGACUGAGGACACUGUGAGACCUGGGGUAAUCAACACAUGGGGACACUGAGUCAUGAGGGCACAGGGAGACAUGGGGGCACUACGAGACUAGGGGACACUAAGACACUGGGCGACAUGGGGACACUGAUACAUAAGGAAACACUGAGGCCGUGGGAGGCUUGAGACACUGGGGGACAGGGAGAUACUGGGAGCAAUCCAUCUGCACAGCAGAAUCAAACUGUAAGUAGUUUUUUGGUGAUUUUACAGCAUUUUCUCUUUGUCACUCCUUGUGAUUUACAUCAUGUGAUGUCACCCAUACAUAAUUAAUUAUGCAAAUUAAUAAGGUGGUAUGUUUUUCCAAGAAAGGUGGCAACACUAACUACUUUUCACAUACUCUUGCUUAAGUAUGGAAACUUAAGAGGGAUGUAUGGAAACAAAACUUGUGUGGACUGGCUGACAAUGAAUAUAGUUAAGGUAAUGCUGACUUUGGUCUCUCUAACACUGUGACAUGUUCCCUUUCUUCUACACUCACUACAUACAGCAUCUCUCUGUCCCAGACCAUAUACCAGGAGCUUCUGCCUGCUAGUAAGAAGGCAAGGUGACAAGUGGGCCAACGAGUGCUAGGGGACAGUCCUUAGAAAGCAUUGAGCCAGCGCAUCAUUAGAUGCAUGUAUGUCAAGCUCAGGGUGCUGUCUGCAUAGUAUGCCCUUAGUUUGCCAGCUUGCAUGAUUGGCAGGCAGCCUGACAUGCAUUCAUGCCAGGCUGGCCUUCUAAUUCUUUGGGCAGACACGCCCCCUUUUUGUGCUACUGGCAGGUUACGUGAUUCGCGCCAUUGGCACACCCUUUUACUGUGCCCAUUGACUUCCUGCUUGACUGGACACUGCUGUUAGGGGUUAUGGAUUUACUUGAAAGAUGAAAACAUAUAUGAUGGAGAGAUUAGCAUAGGGUGAGUGUUUUCUUAUAGCUGCUGUUUUCCCUCCAGCACCAUCUCCAUCAGAUUGGGAGUGUUUAAGUGUUUCUGGUUGAUACGAUUCUGUUAUUGGGCCCAUCAUAAUUGUCAGCACCAGGCCCACUGGGCUCUGAAUCUGGCCCUGGUUAUUACUACAAUGAAGCUGGGUUGAUGGAUGUAUCACUGCUAUUUUCUCCUUGUUUCUAGGUUUCUCUCACUCAGCGUUCACAUUUGGAAUUGAAAGUCACAUCAGCCAGUCAAACAUCAAUGGGACGCUAGUGCCCCCUGCUGCCCUCAUCUCUAUCUUGCAGAAAGGUUUGCAGUAUGUGGAAGCAGAAAUCAGCAUUAAUGAAGUAAGCAUGUAUUCAUUCAUUCAUUCAUAUAUGUAUUCACAGAAACCGCAAAAUUGUGAGAGACUGCUUUAAAGGGGAGCUAUCACUUCUUCAAUUUCUACCACUGAAUAUCGCCUACAAUUAGACAUUUGCAAUAGCUGCAUUCAUCCAAAAACUGAUCAGUUUGGUUACUAAUCGAUUCAGCUGAAACAAAACCGGUUAGAUUCAGUUUUUGGCAAAUAGAUUAAUAUGUGCAGAUUGCUGGAAAUUCGAAAUUUGAAUCAAAAAGCAUGCGGAAACGUUUCAUCCGUUAAAAGUUAAUUCAAAUGUCUGUAUUUCUGACAAUUCGCUUAAUGUCAAACAGAUUAGUUAAUGGACAGUUGCAACAAAUGCACAUACAUGUCUGGCUGUCAAUUGUCACAAUAAAUUGUAAAUGAUUUUGGCCACUUAUGCAGCAUCUAAAACUCCUACAGACUGAAUUUAUUGGCAAAGACCAAACACCUAGGAUAACUUUGCCCCAACCACAAGAGGUUGACUGCAAAGGAAACUGUACAAAAUCAGUCAAAUUGGUUAUUCGUGACCUGUGACAAGGCUUUUUAUCUUAUGACAUUCCGAUCCAUUACCUUGCCCAUUCAGGUAACCUUUGAAUGUAUUAGAGGGAACCACCGGGAACACAAGUUCUCUGUUCAUUUCAUUUCUCUUUACCUAUGUCUUUGCUUAUUUAGUUUUCUUAAAUUUAUGGGAUUUAAUCUGUGUAUUAAUAUGUAACAUGACUUGUUCUGUAUGAUGCUGUAUUGCUUCCUGCCUCGAAAAUAAAGGAUUAAAAAAAUAAAAUAAAAAAAAAAUAAUAAAAAAAACUAGGUGUAGCACAGAAAUAUCAAACCAAACCCAACUAAAGGGUAUUUAUUACUCCUCCAUAAAGUACAUUAGACUGCAAAAAGGCACUCCCAAAUAAAUAAAAUGAUGUCACCACAUGCAGUCCAUCAAAGGUAUCUCAGAAUGAGUAUGUUUUAGUAAAUUUCAGCAUAGUAUUUGGAUAAAUGAGAAAGGAACAAUUCAUUACUAUGAUUGUUUCUUGCUAAGGACUUAAAGGACCACUAUAGGCACCCAGACCACUUUAGCUUAAUGAAGUGGUCUGGGUGCCAGGUCCAGCUAGGUUUAACCUUUUUUCUAUAAACAUAGCAGUUUCAGAGAAACUGCUAUGUUUAUAAAUGGGUUACUCCAGCCUCUAGUGACUGUCUCAUUGACAGCCGCUAGAGGGCUUCCGCGCUUCUCACUGUGAUUUUCACAAUGAGAAGAUGCCAGCGUCCAUAGGAAAGCAUUGAUAAUGCUUUCCUAUGAGACUGGCUGAAUGCGCGCACAGCUCUUGCUGCGCAUGCGCAUUCAGCCGAAGAGGAGGAGAGGAGGCGGAGAGGAGGAGGAGAGCUCCCCGCCGGCGCUGGAGAAAGUGGUAAGUUUAACCCCUUCCUCACCCUAGAGCCCAGCGUGAGUGGGACCCUGAGGGUGGGGGCACCCUCAGGGCGCUAUAGUGCCAGGAAAACGAGUAUGUUUUCCUGGCACUAUAGUGGUCCUUUAACGGAACCCUUGGGAGACUGUAGUAAUAAUUGCUAGUGCCUAAUGUGAAUGUGUUGAAGGACUAACAUUUAACAUAGUCCUCUAUAGUUUCCAUGGCACAUCAGACUCUGUAUGUUACCUUCUCACCUUGCCUUAUAUUCUCUCUCUCUCUCUCUCUCUCUCCCUCUCUCUCAUUAAAUCAGUCUGUUUCUGUUUAAUCACCCCACUGACUUAGGAUUUAUAACAUAUUUUAAAUAUUACAUAUUUAAUUCACCAUGGACAUAUUUCAUGUUUUAUUACUCAUCCAGGUUUUUACUAAAGUGAGAAAUCAGUGAAUUUAAAGUAAAUUUAAAAUGUAAGGUCAAGGCAGCCUAACUGGAAGCAUAGCUGACUUAGAAAAUGUUUCCAGUUUGGCUAUUUUACCUUAAACUUGAAAUCUAAUUCUCAUUAAUUCUCAUAUUAGUGAAUAACCCUGAUAUUGUUUAAAUAUUCUAAAAUACUGACCAAAAUCUGAUUUGAUGACUACGUGUCUCCUGAUUCCCCUAAACUUUGUUACGCACCUUCUCAAACCUCUGUCCAGGGACGUAUUAGCCGCGAGGCGAACAAGGCAUUUGCCUUAGGCGGCAUUUUUCAGGGGGAGGCAAAAAACGCCGCCCCCAAAUUCCCAGCGCAAAUGCCUAGUUAGCCUUGCGGCUAACAGACAUGCUGGGUGCUGGGCGGCGCUGGCUGAUGGUCCCAAAGGUAAGGAGGCUGGGGGGGGGUAAAUUAAAAAAAAAAAGUGUUAAUGUGAGUGAUUGUGUGUGUGUGUGUCUGACUGACUGUGUGUGUCUGACUGACUGUGUGUGUCUGACUGUGUGUGUGUGUGUCUGACUGUGUGUGUGACUGUGUGUGUGUGACUGUGUGUGUCUGACUGUGUGUGUGUGUGUGUUUGUGUCUGUGUGUGUGUUUGACUGUGUGUUUGUGUCUGACUGUGUGUGUGUAUUUAGAAGGUGGGGCGGGGGGAAAGGGUUGGGUGGGGGUGGUGCGGGGGGGAAGGUGGGUGCCUGAGUUUUGUCCUGCCUAGGGCAGCACAAAACCAGGAUACACCACUGCCUCUGUCCCCUUCUUCUGCCAUUGUUAUCCUCCAGUCCUAACUUUGGUCAACCAGCUACCCAUAACAUGAGUUCCCACCUGCUUUUAUAUUCAUUUUAUUCAUGAAAGUGUUUAAAUGGGCAUAAGCCUGAAAGUAAUGUUGCGUAUCUAAAAGAUGGGUAGCAUAUGUGUAUUGAAAUGAAUUGGCUAAUUUAUCUAUGUCCACAGGGAACACCAAUGAAUUUUGAGUGAGAUAUAGUAUGUUUCCUGUAAACUAAUUUUACUUAUCAAUGUUAUUCACUAAACUGAGAAUUAUUUGGAAUUCAAAGUAGCUGAAUUGGAAGCAUAUACUAUUUGGCUUUAAAUCAUCAGUUUUAAUUUUCAAUUUAGCUAAAUGCAUGUAGCUAUGUACACACUUGAAAUGAAUAAUCUUGGAAAAAUCAUAAACAAUGGUUAAAGUAUACAGGUAUAUACUACAGUGGAUUUAGGUCCAUCAAUUUAUCAAAAUGGAAUAAAACCUUUUGCCUAGAUAGUUAUGUUAUUAAAUAGGGAACUGUUUAAUUAUCUUCAUGUCAAAUUUUUUUUCCUGAACCAUUUUACUCAAAUCUAAUGCGCACCUUUAUUGGCAAAUUAAAGUUUCCAAAAAUGUCAAUGCACAUUAGAUUUGAUGGUGCAUUAGAUUUGAGUACGAUCAGGGACAUUUGAAAUUCCCAGAAGUGAAAUUUGUAUUUCCCCGUUUGUACUAGAAUCUAAUGGGUCAAAAUCUGCUGCAUUUCAUAAUUUUUCAAUUCCAUAAUCUAUGCCAACAGAGUGAGGAUAAAACUUUAAUUACUCUGUACAUUUCUGAAAAGACAGCACGACAGAAUGUGUACCCAAUGCCACAUCAAAGCAGGUAAACAAUAGGAAGCUGAAUAUUGCACACUGUGAAAUACAUUUACUGAAGGCCAUGCUUAUGGGUACCCAUAAGUCUCCAGUAAAUAUUUAGUAAAAUAAGGCCAAGUCUGAAAACAUUGCUAGCUGAUCUCUGCAGGAUUCCAUCUAAGAAUUUGUAGUAAUCGCUGUAGUGGUCACACUUUAAAAUUAUUACUGAACAUCUGCAGGCUAUGGUAUUAUAAUACUGUACAUGAUCUUUUUUUUGUAAAAUACGGGUAUUUCUACAGCGGAGUGAAAUUUUAAUUGUUGCGACAGGGAUGCAAGACUUUCUUCUGUGUACAUUAUCCUCUUUACAAAUGUGCAUUACACUCACCAGUGAUAAAAAAAAAAUCACAGCUUCCAGGUUAAAACAAAUGAAGUGCGCAUUAGAUUAAAUUCGAGUACAUACGGUAAUUAAAAAACAUAUCAGAGAUAGUUAUAAAAACCUUUGCCUUUGUUUAAUUUUAGGUAGUCAAAGUUAUCUCAAAGGGCAUAGAAAUUCUCAGAAUUAUGGAUAAAAUGCAGAGUCUACCCAUCUGUCAGGCCUGGUGAAAAGAACUCCAGAUAGACAUCAAUUUGUUGGAGAUGUAAUAAAUAUACCAGCACCUACCUGCACGUCUGGUGGGGUUGUGAUCUGAUUAGAAACUUUUGAGCUAAAGUUAUCUUGUUUUUGAAAAUGUAACCAACAUUCAUAUAACGAUAACUCCAGAGUCUAUUAUAUUGUAUCUCAAAUGGCCCCAAAUGAGUAAUAAGGAAAGAAUAUACAUAUCCACUGUUUGAUGGUCUGCAAAGCCCGAAGUUGGAAAUCAAUGGUAGGUCUUGGAACCAUUUAAAAAUCAGCUAACAUUUCACCUCAACAUAGAAUAAAUGCUGGGUUGUGCUCAGGGAUUUCACUCAAAAAAGUGUCUUUGCACACCACUCAAGGCUGCUAGAGCCAAAUCAGGAGUCCCAGUGAAAUUUCAGAAAUCUGCGAAUACGAAAAGUUGAUGAAGGACAUUCCUUAAUUUAUGCAUUUCAGCACAUAGAGGAAGUGUUCUCUGAUCACUUCAUUCCAGCACUUAUGAAUGGGAGUCCACACUGUAGUAGAACAGCCCGCAGCUGCUGUUGCAGCUCCUAUCCUUGACCUGUACCUGGCCAGCAUGGUCCACGCUGGAACACCGGGAAGCCACCCACACUGCUAGAUAUACACAGAGCUGCAGAAUAACCCUUCCCUCAUACAAACAAUAUGAACAGCCCACACAUAAACGUACACAUAAUCCGCACAAACGCAACACCACUAACAAUCCACAUACAUGCACACAACUCCACAUGCAGGCUCUUGCAUACAAUACCCCAAACAGCCCCACACAUACACACAUUACCAAACACACAAUGUAACAUUUCCAUCCACACACACAAUUCCACAAGCAGCCCCCAUACACAGCCCACAUUCGUAGGUAUCAUACACGAUACCACAAACUACUCAUGAACAGAUACAAUAUAAUAGCGCAUAUACGCACAAAUACAACAAUACAAAGCAACCGCACUAUAAAUAACACAAGCAGAAUACAGCAACAUACACACCUCAAUUUUAAAAAAAUAGGACCGGCACGCUACGGGACAUCACAAUCUUAUUUCGGCACAGUGCUCCUAAAAGGUUGCCUACACCUGCUCUAGUGAGCUAUCUUUUGAUUUGAUUUAUGGCUAGUUCUAUUUUCUGUAACUGGAUUUACUCAUUAAGACAAAUUGCAUCCUUUUUCUCCCAUCAUUGCAAUCUGGUCUCUAAUAUGACCAAUUAAACAAUUAUAACUCUUAAAGGGUUACUCCAAGCACCAUGACAACUGUAAGUGCAGCGUUUCGCUUUGAAAUGCUAUGGUUCUAUGGUUAAACCAAGAGUGUAAUGCACACACUAAAAAAGGGGGAAUACUUCCUGCAGGAUGCUCCAGAAAUGGAAAGCCAAUUCCUGGAGACAUCAGAUGGAAGAAAAGCAAUAUCCAGGUACACCUGAUAUUUCUUUUCUUCCAUUUGGUAUAAUAACAAUCAUCUGGUAAUUAGCAAGUCCUAAAAUAAGGUAAAUAUAACCCCAGAUGAAGAACAACACAUGACAUAUUACACUAUGUCAGGAUUUAUGUAACAGAAAUAAAAGCAAAAUGGAGAAGCCAUGUGUGACAAACUAAGUCCGCCUUAUGAUUCAGUUGCUUAUAGAACCACCUUUAGCAGCAAUAACUUGAUAAUCAUAUUUUGUAUGACUUUAUUAGUCUCUCACAUUGUUGUGGAGGAAUUUUGGCCCACACUUGCAAAACAACGUAUAACAGUAUUACAUAAUUUAUACAUACUGAUGUCUAAUCACGUGUUGUAGUUUAAAAACACUUUACUUUGAGUAUUGUUGCUGUGGAGUUCUGUUAAAUGCUCAGAAACAUCAACAAUAUGGCGCUCCUAAAAAAGACCGACAGAGGAGCUUAGUUUAAACAUAUGGGCUAUCCUUCCUAAAUAGGGAGGCUUGCGAGGUAUGUGGUAUUGUAGAGUAGCGAAAUGGACCACAACUUCUGAAAUAGAAGAGCUUAUCUUCUCUACAGCUUCAUACCCCAGACUGACUUUUAAACUCUUGCCUCAUUAAACAUUUGUAGCAUGUUUAAAUACAAUAUUUGUUGUUUUCUGCAGGAUGGCACAGUUUUUGAUGGUCGUCCAAUAGAAUCGUUGUCUUUGAUUGAUGCUGUAAUGCCAGAUGUUGUACAAACGCGACAACAAGCCUUCAAAGAGAAGUUAGCCCAACAAUCUGCUGCUGCAGGAGCUACAUCAAAUGUAGCAACUGUCACAACCUCCUCAACAACUUCUGCGUCACAACAGAAUACACCAAAGAAUGGAGCAGCCACUGUGAAUGGUGAAGAAAAUGGGGCACAUGCAAUAAGUAAGAACAUGAUUUAUAUUACUUUUAUGUAGCACGGUGUUAGGUAGGCUGUAUAAUCUACCCAUAGUAAAUGUAUAUAAAUUUAAUUUGUUUUGUACAAAUUGUGGGAUCCGGUUCUACAACUGAUUAUAUGAUGGAGCAAUAUGUUAGUUUGGGUCCUUCGAAGGGAGAUUUAUACUGUAUUUGUACAAGAGAUACAUUUUGGAAAAUAUAAGAGCAACUCUUGGGGACACUCGGGUAUGAGGCGCUGGCUGGUACCACAUACGGGUAGGAACACACACCUGCUUACGCCCAGUGGAACAACAUGUGCGAAUGAUAGUGCAAUGGCAAAAUAGUGGAGACACUGACCAGAUUGUUGAUUCGUUCUCCUUACACAUAGUUUAAUGGUACUCCCUGAGGACAAGAAGGCAUUACAAGCAUUAAAAGAGGCCCUAAUCAGAGAUGUAUCAUGAGUUUAACCUCGACAGGGCAGCCUAGCUCUAUAACUUGAUAUCAUUUACGUGACUCAUAUGCUAUAUUUGUUAUACAGUUUAACUCCAAAAGUAAAACAUAGUGUGAAAAUAUGCAAUGACUCCCUUUUUUUUAGUGCCUCAAGCCUGAAGCACCUUGCUAUUAUUGCAUUGUGUAAAACUUAUGUUGGCAGUGUUCGUGUGAGAUCCUGUAAAGUUUGAAAAUUUGUAUAUCUGUCUUUUUACUUCUGUACAUCUAAUUACACUUGAAAGAAAAAACACUAAUAAACAAAAUAAUUCUUCGUGCAAAGGAAAAAGCAUGAUAAUGCGUACAAUAAAACAGUUAUAAUACAGUUAAGAGAAAUACAUUUUUUGUAUAUAUAUGUGUGUGUGUGUGUAUAAGCAUUGACAGGUGGAGAGCUAACGGAAUAAUUUACCACUUUAAACUGUAUUGAUAUUUAAGUUUAGUAUCCUUCUUCCUUUUGAGGGUUAUAGAAAUUCCCUCAUAAUUUGACAUUGUGCAUAUUUGUUCACAAUUUUACCAUAGAGUAGAUUAUUGCUCAUUCAAAUGUGAAUGAUUACCUUAGAGCAAUCAAGUAUUAGUUUUUAACAGAAUAUCAUUAUGGUUUUUAUGAUUUCUUGCAUAUAUAUCUAUAUCCAUCCUAUUAUGAUCCAGCAAUAUGGCCACUCAUGGGUCUUCAUGCAAAAAUAUCACACUUGUGUAUUCCAUAUUCAGUUCAUAUAUAAGCUGAUAUAUUCAAUGUGGCAACUUUGCACUGAAUAUGGAAUAAACUUUUGUGAUAUUUUUGUGUGAAGACCCAAAAGUGCACAUAUUUCUGCAUCUGUGUUGAAAGUCCUAUAAAGUUUCCUAUAGAUGAAGUGCUGUCACAUCGCUGGUUGUUAUACAACUAUAAAUAUGUAGAUGUAUGCAAUUAAACUGUGUGUGUAUAUAUAUAUAUAAAUAUAUAUCCAUGCCAUUUAAUUGCAUACAUCUGCAUAUUUUAGAAGAAGUGGGACAGUGAAUCACACCUGUAUAAACUAAGGUGAUAAUUAUAGUAUGAGUCUGAGAAUUAUCUAGUCUUGGAUCAACUCUCAGGUCACUAAGAAUAACUAUACAUCUUAAUUGGAUUUGAUGUCUUACACGCUAAGCUUGCAAACGCCAUAUGUUUCACUCCUUGAAAUCUUAACACUAUCCAGUUUGUUUCUCUCAUUGUUCUUAACUAAUCGCAAUAUUUUCAGCAUCUCCAGCAAUUUCCAUUUUUCUUUUUCUUUUCAUAUUUACGAUAGGUGAAGAGGGCCCUGACCUCUUACAUAAGAACAUGCCCUACAUAGUUGAACAAAAUCCAAUUUUAGUAUAAAGUAGGAAAGAACACAUACAUGUGGGGGGGAAGAAUGAUGGAGGAUAAGCCAUGGGUCGAAAAAAUUCGAUGUAGUGUUGCUGCCCUUUAGGAGAGGGGAAGGGGAGGAGAGCGGUUAGGGAGACAUAUUGUAUUUGAGAAAUAUAUGAUUUUUGAAAGAUAGAUCUAUUACCCCUUGAAAAGAGGGUGACCUAUAUUUCUCAGUGAGACCAAAUGAAGAUGGGUAAAUUAUUAUUAUUAUUAUCGACAUUUAUAUAGCGCCAACAGAUUCCGUAGCGCUUUACAAUAUUAUUAGAGGGGGGAUUUAUGUAUAAAUAGGACAAUGACAAGAAAACAAAUCAGUGAUUCACAUUUGUUGAUGUUGGAUCUCUCCAUCCUCUAAGCUGGACACCAGCUGUUUGAGGGUAAACUGCCUGUAGACUGUUUUGUGCAUGUAUCAUUGUUCCACAAAGGAGAGUAACUCUGUGUAAGUAGAAAUGUGCAGCUUUUCCAGUGAUGGGAAAUCAAUGUCUUCACUGUGCUUAGCAUUCAAAGUCAUUUUAUUUAUUAUAAUUAUUAUUAUUUAUAACCCAUUGCAUAUACUGUCAUUGAAAAGAUCCAAUUUCUCUGAUUUAUCGCUACCGACAUAUUGUCCUUCCUUUUAUCUUUACUACUGCAUAUUUAUCGUUAUUUCAUUUCUUUUCUAUUUAUGCCAUUUACCUAUUUAUCCACCUUCAUAUUUAUUUCAUCUUUCAUUUUAUUUUCUCUUUCUCAUCCUCACCCUAUUCACUUAUGGCACUGCUCCUUCGUUUUACCUAAUCUUUCCUCUCCAUCAUCAUGUUUUCUUCUACCUUAUUCUUAUUUGUGUUCUCUUCUUUCUAUUAUCUCCACCUUCUUUUAUCUUUCAAUUUUCAUCCCUUCAUUUGAUGCAUUGUAUUCUACUCUGUUCUCCAAUGUAAUUGAGGGGUAAUUGAGGGGUGUUGCUAGGUUCCAGAAUAACCUUGUACUUCAGUUCAGGGGAAGCUUGAUGACCCCUACACUGGCAGAGAGAUGGAGAUAUGUCAUGAUGUAUCACUUCCUCUCUACCCAUGAUCAGAGGAUUGCUGGAUGCUCUUUAGGUAUUGAAAGCAAGUACAUGCUGUACAUCCAGGUAUUCAGUGUAAUCCCACCAUAUUGCCUAACUGAGGGGUGCGCGGUAAAGUUCUGUUCUCCAGCAUUCCCUUCUAUCAGCCUCCCUAAGUAGCCUUGCACUAUAUUACAUAUCUUUAUUUUUAUAAUAGGUUUCUGCUGUGAAAAAUAGCUGCCUGUUGUAAAAUUAAAAUAAAAAAGUUAUAAUAUCCUUUUGCCCUGCCGAGACAGUGGGGAGAGUGUGGAAGUGAAAGGGUUAAUGACACCAGACCCCUGGUUACCUGUUGCUAGUCCCAGCAAUCACUAAAUUAACCCCUGCAGUACCUUCUACAACAUCUUAGUGCACACUUUACUGCCACCACCAAGACUUUAAAUCCGGGCAUUUUAUGUUACCCCACACACAGUAGAAUUAUAGUAUGACAACCUUACUUUACUGAUCAGACAUAUAUAAUCAACCCUUUUGGUAACGUGUUUACCUGAGCUUUCUCAGGAUAGUGAGCUCAUAGAGAAAAAAGACACAAGCUGAUUAAGUAAACAUUUAAUCUGACAAAAUUUACAGUGCUGUGUACAACAAUACAGAAAUAAAUGACAUACAGAAAUACGGAUAACAAAUUGUAAAACAGUUCAUAAAAUAAAAUAGGAGAAAACACAAGAAAACCUUAAAUAUAUUUACCGCUUAUGUAUAAUUCUUAUGGGAGAUUCCGUUGGUAAAGUUCUCCAAGUAGUUGGUAAAAAGAAAAAUCUCUCUGGAUACUCCAACAUCCUCAAUAUAUCUCUUAAAACUAGUUGUUUCUCAGUGGGCAGACCCAUGGUUGGUCAGAGGGGUUUGGCCUGGCAGUUUAUUGCCCACUCCAUAUUUUCUUAAAUUAGAUUGUAAUUUGAAAAACCCAAAGUCAGAGGAUUCGCACCAAUACCUUUUACGAUGCCUUAUGUCCAGCUCUGGUGAUGGUUAUCUUGGGACAUUUAUGGCUUAGGCCUGGUGUAAGUCCACCAACCAUCCACUACUCCAUCCAUCUGGACCAUCCAGGAUUGCACAGCACUCAUCAGUGAACAGGACUGUUUGAAAAUUAGUCUUCAUGUAUUUUUCUGCCCAAUGCAGCCGUUUCUACUUGUGAGCAUUGGUUAGUGGUGGCCGAAUAGAAGGUUUAUACACAGUUGCAAGACUCUGGAGGACUCUACACCUUGAUGUCCGUGGGACUCCAGAGGCACCAGCAGCUUCAAAUAUCUGUUUGCUGCUAUGUAAUGGUAUUUUAGCAGCUGCUCUCUUGAUCCGAUGCAUGGAUCUGGCAGAAAUCUUCCUCAAUGUGCCUUUAUCUGCACAAACCCGUCUGUGCUCUGAAUCAGUCACAAAUUUCUUAAUAGUGCGAUGAUCACGCUUAAGUUUUCGUGAAAUAUUUAAUGUUUUCAUAACUCGUCCAACCCAUUGAACUAUUUCACUUUUUUCGGCAGCAGAGAGAUCCUUUUUCUUCCCCAUAUUGCAUGAAAAUGGUGCUCUGCUUAAUAAUGUGGAAGACCCUCCUUUAGUAGUUUUUCCUUACAUUGGGCUCACCUGGCAAUAUAAUUAUCACAGGUGUCCGAGAUUGUUUUCGGUGAUCAAAAGAGCCCUGAGACACAAUGCCAUCCAUGAGUUAAACUGAAAAACAAAAUAUUAAUUCUUUGUGACACUAGAAUUUUCAUAAUCAUUUGGAACAGGGUGUACUAUUGAAGGACUUGGUUAGGUGGGUUUUGCAGCACUGAUAAACAUAAAACCCACUUCUGCAGCAGCUACUGUCCAGAGCACCUGCAAAGAAAUUACGCUGUCAGUCAUUUCUUUAAAGGACCACUAUAGUGCCAGGAAAACAUACUUGUUUUCCUGGCACUAUAGUGCCCUGAGGGUGCCCCCACCCUCAGGGACCCCCUCCCUCCGGGCUGGAUGGCGAGGAAAGGGGUUAAACUUACCUUUAUUCUAGCGCCGGGCGGGGAGCUCUCCUCCUCCUCUCCGCCUCCGAUCCUCCUCUUCGGCUGAAAGCGCAUGCAUGGCAGGAGCUGCGCGCACAUUCAGCCAGUCUCAUAGGAAAGCAUUUGCAAUGCUAUCCUAUGGACGCUUGCGUGUUCUCACUGUGAUUUUCACAGUGAGAAGCACGCAAGCGCCUCUAGCGGCUGUCAAUGAGACAGCCACUGGAGGAUUUGGAGGCUGGAUUAACCCAUUUAUAAACAUAGCAGUUUCUCUGAAACUGCUAUGUUUAUAAAAAAAAAAGGGUUAAUCCUAGAGGGACUUGGCACCCAGACCACUUCAUUAAGCUGAAGUGGUCUGGGUGCCUAGAGUGGUCCUUUAAUAUUGCUGUACAUGCACAUGCACCGUAAUGAGGCUUAAAUUAAUAUGCCAGAAAUUCUCUGGUUAAGCCAAUUCAGGCUUACAAUGUAACUGUGUAAAAGUUUUGUAUGGUACUGAUAGAUCUGCUUUCUUUUUUUUCUAUUCAUAACCUUAUAUCUUUUUCAUAUUACCCUACCCCAUUUAUAUUUCCAUCACUUUACUUCUGUAUCCUUUUUCUCUCAUUCUAAUAAUUUACACGUUUUUCUAAAGUAUAUCUCUUGUUUUAAUGCUCUAUGAUAAGCCUAAUGUUCGUUUUAGAAGGAUCUGAUUCUUUAAAAACUUCCAUGCUGCUUUUAUUAGCAAGCUUGCCCAGUAAAGCAUUUGAUGCAAUGUAUCAAAGUCUUGGAGAACCAAAUUUUAUUGUGUGAUGUGACAGUUGCUGGUGCACUUAAUUUAACAUAUGUUACAUUACAUGUAACUGAUCUACUAGACGGACACAUUCCGUGGCUUAUAUAAAAGAAUAAUACGCACUAGAUCUGUACGUAUCUUAAAGAUAUGCAUUCUAUGUCUUUUCAAACAAAGAAUCUAUAGACAAGAUCAAUACAGACUUAAACAUUUGUUCAUCACGUGAAUCUAACACCUUGUUCUACAUCGUAAAAAAAUAAAAAACAAUAUAUAUUUGAUCAUUGUUAAUAUCUUCACAUAUUGUCAGGUUUUUGUUAUUAGGGUAUUGUUAGAGAAAAUGGGAAUAAUAUGCAUGUGAAUACACAAUUUCAUACAAAGUUUCAUACCGUGGAACCAAGUAACUUUAGUAAAACUGCUGCUUGGUAUUAAAACGUAUUUAGAAAAUGAUUAAUACACUGCUGUUGUCAUUUAGAACAUUGGUGUCAUUGGUGUCAUUUGGGUCGAGAUAGGGGCGGCAAACUCAGCGAAAGCCCUGGGCGGCAAAAGCUCUAGCUAUGCCACAGAGUGUCCCUCUAACUGAUAUACUAAUUAAUCUUUGAGUGGUACUUACAUCCAAACUUAUAUACUAUGGUUGGUUAUAUCAAAAUAAAAUUAAUCUGUUUACAUUCUUGUUUUAAAAAGUUUUAUGUAAAUACAUUUUUAGGUGACCUACAAAUAUGGCAGAUGUUUGUGCAUUAAUGAUCCUAUGUAACAUGUUUGUGAUAUGUUUUGCAGAUAACCAUGCAGAACCAAUGGAAAUUGAUGGUGAUGUUGAAAUUCCACCUAACAAAGCAACAGUCCUUCGCGGGCAUGAAUCAGAAGUUUUCAUUUGUGCCUGGAAUCCUGUCAGUGAUCUCUUAGCAUCUGGGUAAGCUAGAUGUUGCUAUCUCUGGAUAUCAAAUAUUGUUCUUUUAUUAUUCUUUAUUAUUUUUUUUCAUGGUGGCUGUGUGUCACAGCCAGGGGAGGUGUGGCUAGGUCUGCCUAAACAAAGUGAUUUAACUCCUAAAUGACAGAGAAUAGAGCCGUGACAUGGCAGACGCAUUAUCUAUAAAACUACUUCAUUAAGCUAAACUUGUUUUAGUGUAUAUGGUAUGCUUUUAAGAACUUAUUUUACAAAGGGCUCGAAUCUUAGCUUUGUUUAUGAAGAUAUAAAAAAUGCGUACCAUCCAUGUGUCCCUUUUUAGAAGUUCCUAUUUUGGGCUCAAAUCCAUCUGUUGCCUUUUCUAUCCCAAUGUUUCUCUUUUCUAGAAGCACCAUAUAUUUGGUAGGCAUGUGUAUACCAGAACUCCUCAGCAAUAAUGCUAAAACUACAAUAAAUGUGUUUAGAAAGAAUUCUGUGUAAAUAAGACACUUUGUUGUUUUUCCAAAUUACAUUUUAUUUGCCAAAAUUUUUCGGAACAACCUGCCCCUGGCCACCCCACAAAUCACACCUUUAAAAUUAAUGUGUUCCUUUUGUUCCAUUUGAAAUUUUGGGAUGUUUUUAAAUGUCUUAACAUCAUAUUAUGGUUCAAGAAACGCAUUUUACUUCUCAUUUGUCUUUGGUGUCCGGUAUCAAGCAAUGACUGAUAGGUCAAACGUUCCUCUGCAAACCUCCAAUACAUCAUGUAUUUAUAAUUGAAAAAUAUGUUCUGUUGCUUUUUCUCAUUUGAAGGUCAGGAGACUCUACAGCAAGAAUUUGGAAUCUAAAUGAAAACAACUGUAGUAAUUCUACUCAGCUAGUUCUAAGGCAUUGUAUACGAGAAGGAGGACAAGAUGUACCAAGCAACAAAGAUGUGACUUCUUUGGACUGGAAUGUAAGUUAUUUUAUGUCAAUAAUACAUUAAGAGGUAGCCACUCAUGAUGUUUUAUUUUUGAUGACUCCGUUUCAAAAAAACGAAAUACUGCCCUUUAGUCAACUUUAAAGAUAACUUAAAAGCUAUAAGAAACUCUUCUGUCUCUGUACUGUAUUGAUUGUUUUAUGAAGUAGAUUUACUUUUUAUUCUUUGGAAGUCUAUUAAGAAAGUGAAAGAGACUAAAAAAAAUUUGCAUAGCGUUUUUACAUUGUCAAAUAAACUGUAUAUGAAUAAUGCAUAAAUUACAUGAAUAAUUAACACGUAUGCAAAGUCUACAAUAAAAGGUUUUCCAGAUUGAGGAGUGCACUUUACUAUUAUACGAAGUGUUCUAGUUAAGUAAAAAAAAAAUAACACAACUCUUAUUCUAUUAAAUGGAUUAGGGAUAGACUGGCUUUGUUUUAAUGGCACUACAUAGGUCAGUAGUGGCAAACCUAUAGGACAUAUGCCACAGCUUGUUUGAUUGCCACAUUGCCUCACCUGCAUUCUGCCUACAUAUAACCCCUGAUCCUCCUUGUGGGACAGGUGGCUGCAAUCUGUACAUUUUGCUAUAUUGUAGCCACUGCUCCACCUUCUGAAUUACAUUACAAUAUAACUUUGUCUAUCUUGCGUAUGGAACAUGACUAUCUACAACAGUGGUAGUCAACCUUUUCCUACCUACCGCCCACUAAUGCAUCUUUUUGGUUGAAAAAAUUUCCUUACCGUCCACCAGUUAUUGCGCAAGUGCGGAAUAUUUUUUAGAAAGGAGGGUAUUUAAAAAAAAACAAAAAAUGUACAUACUACUUUAUGCAUGUUUAUAAUGUUUUUAACUUUAUAAAGUUUAAUGAGAAAACAAUAAAGUAAAUUGAAAUUACCUUUACUAGUGAUUAAUGAGAACCUUGAGGUUGAUGCUGCAAGACUAAAUAUUUGAUAUCUGGUUCGAUUUUCGUAAGGAACAAACAAAGGUCUCCUCUUUCGGUGAUAUUCAGACGACUUCUCUGUUUGCGCAUAAUAUGAUUUCUCAUCUGUGCGUCAGCUCCCCUCCUCUCCCUCCUCAAUUCCCCUCCCCACCUUUUUUUUCACUUUUUAAAAAAAAUGUUUUAACCUUCCUUAUAGCAAUGCCCAGUAGGAAGGCUGAGCUAGGUAUCCCACUUACUAUUACUUACUAUAGCCCACUAUAACAGACAGGCACACAUACAUACAUACAGACACACACACAAGACAUAGAUACAGACAGACAGGCACACACAUACAUACAGACACACAUACAGACACACACACACACAAGACACAUACAUACAAACAGACAGGCACACAUACAUACAGACACACACACAGACAUGCAUACAGACACACACACAUAAGACAUACAUACAAACACACAUACACACAUACAGACAGACACAAGACACACAUACAUACAAAGACACAUACACACACAACACAUAUAUACAAAGACAAGACACACAUACAUACACACAUAUAUACAGACAGACACACACACACACGACACAUACAAUGACACACACAUAUAUACAAAGACACAUACAUAAGACACACACACAUACAUACAGACACACACACAAGACAUACAUACAAAGACAUAUACACAAACAAACACACACAAAAUAUUUUAGUCACCCUCCUGCUUCCUACCUUUUAGGUGCAGGAGGGUGACUUUCCCUGGGGUCCAGUGGUGGCUCAGGUGGAUGAGAGUCAGAGUUCCUACUCUGACUCCCUCCUCCUUCCUCCCACGCAGUCUGUGUGUUAGCUGGGAGGAGUGACGUGCAGUCACUUCCUCCCAGCUCUGUGAUGUAAUCACAGGGGGCCCAGUCGCGCUGUUAAAGUGCCCAGCGCUGACCGGGCCCCCUCACAUUCCACAUCCAUCGGGUGGCCCUGACAGCAUGGGCCUCCCGAUGGACCCCUCCAUAUGCGGUCGCGCGGGCCGUGGCCGCGGCCGCAAGGUGUGAUGGCGGUAUCCAGUCGCAGGGGUACCGCCGGCUCGCACCUGCCCGCCCAAUCUCUCAAAAUUAGAAAAUCCCUACCGCCCACCUGGAAUCCUGAAACGCCCACUAGUGGGCGGUAGGGACCAGGUUGACGACCCAUGAUCUACAAGGAUGGUAGUUAAAUAUAAUCAGCACUAGAGGUUUGGAUGGGGGUAGCGGGGAGAUGACAAGGAGAGAAAGCAAGAAAUGGGAUGAUUGAAAUGGGGAGAGGAGGGGAAAUUAAGUAAGUGGCAGUGGGGAGAUGCACGUUAUUAAAAAUGGACAGUGGGUAGAUCAGGGAACAGCAUGGCUUCUGGGUAUCUCAUACGGGCUACAAUAGAGAAAUAUAAAGAUAUCGAGAAAGAAGAGGAUGCAGGGGGGCAUUAGGGAGAUCAAGCAGGUGACAAUGGGGAGACACGGGACAGUCUGGCUCUGAAGAUAAAAAUCAAGGAAAGGGAUGCUAAGAGGCCAAAGAAAGUAUAGAGGGGAGAUGCAAAGAGAUCAUGCAGAGGACUUUGUGUCGGUGGACGCAGGAAAACUGCAAGGGACAGUGUUCUGAUAAGUGUUUAUAAGACCACUUGUGUUGAAAAUGGAGCCACAACCAGAUCAAAAAUAUUUUGAUUUUCCAUGACUCUCAGCACUUCUUAAUUAACUUGCCGUUAGCUGCCGUUUCUCCGAUUUCUCUUUGCAAUCCCAAAAAUGGAAAUCAGCUCUACUCUAACAAAGCACAACCAUACUCUAGACACUUUAUUUAAAUACAUGCUAUGUUGUCAUCUUCUUUUGCUACGAUUCCUUUUCAUGCAUCUUUGUCGAUUCCACUUUCUCAUUGUGAUCAUCGUGCCCCUAUACCACAAUGUAACAACAUAAGACAUCUGUAGUUUAGUUUGUAUCAUUGUACAUACAUGCUUUAUAGGAUUUUGAUGGAUUAAGGAGCUCUAUGGAAGAGAUGGUAGCCUUUGGUGGGUGGUGGCAAGGACACAAGUAUUGGAGAGUGAAUCCUAUGUUUGAAAUUCUGAUAUAUAGUAUUCUAAUUUUGGAUUCAAUGGGUUGAUAACAUCAUAAAGAAAUAUGUGCAGAGCAUUUUUAACUGCACAUCUGUUUUCCCCAAUUAGAACGUAGACCUGUCCACCAUCCAGAGCAAAAUUCUCCAUUAACCAUAAUAAUAGGUCUAUAUUAAGCUACGCUUAUCUAUUAAAGUAAUUUUUCCAUUAUACACAAUGUAAUUUGGUGCCACAGAGUGUAAGGGGUGGUUUGGGUAGCCUUGUUUUAUUAACCCUUAAAGUAGGAUGAUUUUGUUUAAAUUCACUUUAUUGGUAACUGUGAAAAACCUUCCACGCAUCCCUUUGCUGUUGACUCAACUGAGAAAAAAAAAAAUCUGAAAUAUUUUAACAUUCUGCCACAAAAAGAAUAGAACAUUUAAUUGACUUGGAAAUCAAGAAGCUGUUAAUGCCCGUAAUAACUUGUAUGCUCAUAAAGCUGCUGCUUUGCCAAGAAAACAGCUACUUGUUUACUGUAGUUAAAACCAUUGUGGAACUUGAUGAAACAGAUUCUCUAGGCAGAUAUUUCCAUGUACGCAUUGCCUUUAACCUUUAAUUCUCUGCCCAUUGCAGUGGACCAUGGAAAUGAAAGUGUUAAGCGCUGCCUGUUAACAUUAUAUUUUACGAUUCAUUCACCCCUAGUUUUAAAUACAUGUUAAAUUGCACCUACAGCAAUUCAAAACGGUCCUUUCUGGAAUUUCAAAGCACCGUUUGACAUGUGUUGAUAACCUGGCAAAUCACUGAGCUGUUUCAGAAGUAUGUUUUAAGCAAUUUCCAACAUUUUUGCUUUUGUUCGUCUCUACCUUUUGACAGGCUGAUGGCACCCUCUUAGCUACAGGAUCAUAUGAUGGCUUUGCACGGAUUUGGACGCAGGAUGGUAAGUUGGACUUAUGUAAGUGUUUCUUAUAAAGUGAUCAGUUUUUUUAGUGUGUGUUUCAACUAUGCAGUAAACUCUGAAAUAGUUUUAAAUAUUGCAAAUUGUGAUUUUAACUCUUGAAAAUGUGCUAGUAAAUUAAGUACAGCAUCUGCAGGUUCAGAUACUAGAGAUAGGCCUGGAAACUGUUAAAGGACCACUAUAGUGCCAGGAAAACAAGUUUGUUAUAUAGUGUCCUGAGGGUGCCCCCACCCUCAGGGUCCCACACCCGUGGCACUGAAGGGAGAGGAAGGGAUUAAUCCCUUACCUUUUUUCCAGCGCCGGGCUCCCUCUGUGCUGGGACUCUCCUUCCUCUUCUGACAUCACUGGCUGAAUCCGCAUGCGUGGCAAGAGACGCGCGCGCAUUCAGCCAAUCCAUAGGAAAGCAUUGCUUUCCUAUGGACGCUGGCGUCUUCUCACUGUGAAAAUCACAGUGAGAAGCGUGGAAGCGCCUCUAGCGGCUGUCAAUGAGACAGCCACUAGAGGCUGGAUUAACCCAUAGGUAAACAUAGUUUCUCUGAAACUGCUAUGUUUACAGCAAAAAGAGUUAAACCUAGCUGGACCUGGCACCCAGACCACUUCAUUAAGCUGAAGUGGUCUGGGUGCCUAUAGUGGUCCUUUAAGAGCACAGGCCACCAGUCCAUGCAGAAACUUGCACUGUUGGGCUAGCAAAUGCCUUGUGCAAUUCAUGCCUGAUGCCUUACUACUGCAUAAUUGUAAAAAAUAGACAUCCCAGCACAUAUCCCACUGCUUUUAUAUGGCAACAGUACAUAAUGCAUACACACAGCACCACACACAAAUGCACCCACUACACACAAAUUCACACACGCAUACUCCAUAUAAAAACAUGCUUACACUUAACAUACAACACACAUACAAACACUGCUCAGUGUUAAAUACAAGCCUGCAACGAUGGGAAAAUGGUAGAUCCACAACUGGCAAAGCCUUGUGGGAAUUGUACAGCAGACAGGGAUCUACCUUUUUUUCCAUCCUUGCAAUAGUAGGGCCCCAAAAGCAAUUCUUGCACCAGGGCCCUCUCUACUUUAGUUCCGCCACUGGCUGUAGUGGUUCUAGUGACUAUAGUGUUCCUUUAAGUUGUUAUGAGAAAGUGUUCCUUUCAGCCACUUUCUUAACAUUGUUUUCUUUACCAUCAAUUAAUGUGCUGUUCUAUAUUCUUUAUCACAUUAUUUGCCUAGUUGUUUCUCUUUCACAUAGUUACAGUAUUCUCAUAAGAACUUUAUUCUUCCCUGCGGCUGUUUAGUUGAUAUUGCAUAAAUAGAAUAUUUUAAAAUGUGUAGUUCCAUGUCAGGGUCAUUUUUUUCCAUACAACUCGUGUUAUUACAAUUCUAUUGUUCUGGGGGUUUUUUUUGUUUGUUUUUUUGUUUAGUUCUUUUUUUUUUUUUGCUUUUAACAGUUUAAAAAAUCAUAAAAAAAUAAAACUUAUUUUGUAAAUUGCCCAGAUCUUUCUGCCAUAUGCCUUGAUUUGCCAAGUGCUUCACAUUGAUAUUGAAAAGUGAUAAUUUAUUAAAAUCAGAUCGAGGAAAAAUGGUCCUGUACAGCAAACAUCUAUUAAAUGUAACGAUGAGGUAGAAGAAUCACUUUCUGUUAUUCUCCUUUAUGUAUAGGCACACAUACGAAUAUCAACCCUGGUGUAAUGUUUGUCUUAUUCCCCACACACAGGUAACCUUGCAAGCACUCUGGGUCAACAUAAAGGUCCCAUCUUUGCAUUGAAGUGGAACAAAAAAGGGAACUACAUACUGAGCGCUGGUGUUGAUAAGGUACAUGUUUAUAGGAAGAGAAAAGCUAAACAACAUUUCAUUUUAAAUUAGCUCGCUUUCUAUGUUUUGAGGUCAGAAUACAGCAGGGAUUCUGCAAUACAAUGUUCUGUACACUGUAACUUAUGUUCUUAUUUUUAAACGUUACACAGUCAAGUACUGAACAAAACAAAUUGAAAACCAGCCUGAAACUAUAUAUUCAGGGUAAAUUGGAAUUGUUUUAUUUGAUGAAUGUUAUCGUGAUUUUCAUUUAUUUGGUUUUUUAUAGUCCCUGUUGUUAUAGAUGCUAGAAUAAAACCUGUCUCCUAGAAUGCUCAACAUAUUUAAUUGUUAAUAUAGCAGGGUUAUAGUAAGCAGGCGCCUUGGAAAAUAUCUCAAAGAUUGUUCUUACAGCAGAAGCCACGUAUAUUUAUUCAAAACAAAAAACAGAAUGUACACGGGUAUUGAAAAACACAAGGACAGCUGUGUACAAAAAAAUAAUCGUUCAUCCUGUGUGCACUAUUUUUCUGUUUCAUUUGCACCAGCUGUGUCUGGGGUACGUCUGUUAAAAGAUCUUCUCUCUUUACACUAUGAUUGUGACCUACCAGGAAAGAUCUUGGAGGUGGAGUUUUCCUUGUUCGUAAAGGGUAAUAUAAUUUAUAGGCUGUAAGCUCCUGUGCUCUCAUGCUAAUUUUGUCUUGGACCACCUACAUACAGUCCACAUUCUGACAGACCUGUCAAGUCACACUGUGGUGUCAUAUAGAGUAUUUUUUUUCCCAAUUCUCUCAGUCACUUAACUAAUCACCUCUGUUGCCCUGUGUCGGGAGGACCAAUAAAAGCGUGCACUGCAAAUACCUGCUUAUCUGCGCUCACUGCGCACUUGGAGUGAAUAUUUCAUCAUUUCAACAGCACUGGGUAUAUGGCAGCCUCAGGGUCCAACUCCCGUGGCACUAAAGGGGGAGGAAUGGGUUAAUCCCUUACCUUUUUUCCAGCUCCGGGCUCCCUCGGUGCUGGGACUCUCCUCCCUCUUCUGACAUCUCUGGCUGAAUGCACAUGCUCUGGCUGAAUGCACAUGCAUGGCACAAAUAUCUGCCAGGAUGAUAUUGCAUUGUGGGUGGGCAUAUUGUCCAUGAUGCUACACGUUGGCAGGUCUGUUUUUGGCUGUCUUUCUACUUCAAAUGGCUAGGGUUUUUUUGGGUAGGUUAUGUGGACUGGAAACAGAAAAAUAUUUUGAUGCAUUUUGAGAUUUCUGCAAGAGAUUAAAACUGUUUCAGGUCUCGUUGCAUUUGAUUACAGUGUUGAUCUAAACAAAUUGCACAAAAUAUAAAAUGUCUUAAUCUUUUAGUCCUUGGGAAUCAUUUUUUUUUGGGGGGAAGGGGGAAUACUCCGGUUAUUGAGACCACCUCCACCCUUUGCUGAAAAUAAAUUAAGCAAAUAAAGAAUACUCACCUUAUUUCCAGGGCCCAGACUAGUCCGCUUCAGCUCUUCAGCUGCCUGUUUCGCCUCUAAAGACGUCCGUAUGCCAUUGGAAUGGAGAUACGCAUGCACAACCAAAUACCGUAAUCCUCCAAUCAAAUGCUGCUUUGAGUAGCAAGACACAGGACUUAGUUUGACUCAGUCCUGGAGGAGGAAGGAUCAGGAAGAUAGCCACUAGAGGUGCAUUUUACUAUGUAAUGUAAACAUUGCUGUUUUACCUUGCAGAGUUAAAACUACAGGACCACUGCACCCAUACCACUUUAUUGUGAUGAAGUGGUUGGGAUGACUUUACUGAUCUUUUAGCAUACAUUUACAGUAAAUAAUAUUAAAGGAACACUAUAGUCACCUAAAUUACUUUAGCUAAAUAAAGCAGUUUUAGUGUAUAGAUCAUUCCCCUGCAAUUUCACUACUCAAUUCACUGUCAUUUAGAAGUUAAAUCACUUUGUUUCUGUUAAUGCAGCCCUAGCCACACCUCCCCUGGCUAUGAUUGACAGCGCCUGCAUGAAAAAAAAAUUGGUUUCACUUUCAAACAGAUGUAAUUUACCUUAAAUAAUUGUAUCUCAAUCUCUAAAUUGAACUUUUAAUCACAUACAGGAGGCUCUUGCAGGGUCUAGCAAGCUAUUAACAUAGCAGGGGAUAAGAAAAUCUUAAUUAAACAGAACUUGCAAUAAAGAAAGCCUAAAUAGGGCUCUCUUUACAGGAAGUGUUUAUGGAAGGCUGUGCAAGUCACAUGCAGGGAGGUGUGACCAGGGCCGGCCUUAGGCCUUCAGGCGCCCUGUGCGAAAAAUCUUAACAGCGCCCCCCCCCUCCCCCCCCGCGCCAUCCAUGUGUAUAGGGGAUUUAUUAAAUGAAAAUUUAACAAUUAACAAAUAUUUAUCACCUCUUCCCUGUCAUUACCUUGCAUGGAGGGAGGGCAUGCUGAUCUCUGGUGAUCAGAGCUUUCCUGUGGUAAUCCGCGGCAACGUUCUGAUUGGCCGGAACUCGGAAGACAGCUACAUUUAUCAUGUGUGUGUCAGACGUGAUUGUGUGAUGUGUUCUCUGUGUGCCAUAUUUGUAAUGGGUGUAUUGACUGUGUCUGAUAUGAGUGUGUAUUGACCGUGUGUGAUUUUUGUUCACUAUAGCAGUAGAUAGGGGGAGCAGGGGCACUGGGGUAGAUGUGGGAGCAAUGCACUAUAGCAGUAGAUAAGGGGAGCAGUGUCACUAGGGUAGACAGGGAACAAUGGCAAUAUAGGGGGAGCAUGGGCACAAUAGGGAUGGAUAACUAUAGGGGUAGAUGGAGGGAUCAGGUACACUAUAGGGGUAAAUGGGGAAGCACUAUAGGGGUAGAUGGGGAGCAGGGGUGCUAUAGUGGUAGAUCGAGGAGCAGGGGCACUAUAGAGGUAGAUAGGGGGAACUAUAGAGAUAGUACCCAUGUUCCCCAUCUAUAGGAGUAGAGGGGGCACUAUAGGGGUAGAGGGGGGCACUAUAGGGAUAGAUGGGGAACAGGGUUACGAUAGGGGAAGAGGGGGCACUAUAGGGAUAGAUGGGGAACAGGGGUACUAUAGGGGUAGAGGGUGCACUAUAGGGGAAGAGGGGGGCACUAUAGGGAUAGAUGGGGAACAGGGUUACUAUAGGGGAAGAGGGGGGCACUAUAGAGAUAGAUGGGGAACAGGAUUACUAUAGGGGAAGAGGGGGGCACUAUAGGGAUAGAUGGGGAACAGGGUUACGAUAGGGAAGAGGGGGCACUAUAGGGGAAGAGGGGGGCUCUAUAGGGAUAGAUGGGGAACAGGGUUACUAUAGGGGUGGGGGGGGCACUAUAGGGGAAGAGGGGGGCACUAUAGGGAUAGAUGGGGAACAGGGGUACUAUAGGGGAAGAGGGGGGCACUAUAGGGAUAGAUGGGGAACAGGGGAGGGAUAGAUGGGGAACAGGGUUACUAUAGGGGAAGAGGGGGCACUAUAGGGAUAGAUGGGGAACAGGGGUACUAUAGGGGAAGAGGGGGGCACUAUAGGGAUAGAUGGGGAACAGGGGUACUAUAGGGGAAGAGGGGGGCACUAUAGGGAUAGAUGGGGAACAGGGUUACUAUAGGGGUAGAGGGGGGCACUAUAGGGAUAGAUGGGGAACAGGGGUACUAUAGGGGUAGAGGGGCACUAUAGGGGAAGAGGGGGCACUAUAGGGAUAGAUGGGGAACAGGGUUACUAUAGGGGUAGAGGGGGGGCACUAUAGAGAUAGAUGGGGAACAGGGGUACUAUAGGGGGAGCAGGGGCACUAUGGUCUCACUUACCAGGCAGCAGAUUCAGGCCUCGGUUAGCUCCGCCCCCGCCGACCACUUGGCUCCGCCCCCAUCGGCUGCUUGGCUCCGCCUCCUACAGUCUCUUUCGCUGCUAAGCCCUGGUAGAGGGCAGGGGGUGUGCAAGCUGUCAGCCAUAGGGCGCCCCCUGCUGCCAUGGCGCCCUGUGCGGCCGCACAGCUCGCACACCCCUAAGGCCGGCCCUGGGUGUGACUAGGGUUCAUAAACAAAGGGACUGAACUCUUAAAUGGCAGAGGAUUGAGCAGUGAGGCUGCAGGGGCAUGUUCUAUACACCAAAACUGCUUCAUUAAGCUAAAGUUGUUCAGGUGACUAUAGUGUCCCUUUAAGCAGGAUUUAUUACAUUUAUACAUUAGUCAGUUUUUCUACGUCACAAAAUAUAUAUAUAUAUAUAUAUAUAUAUUUUUUUUUUAUCAAUCUUCCUUUUAUUGAGAUGAAAGCAUUAUACAGAAGCGAAAAAACAAUACUGCAGAGCAAGCCAGCUUGGCAACGUCGACAUACAGGAUUAGGUACGCAAUACUCUGAGCAAGAAAGACAUCUCUUUUUUAAAUUGCUGGAUAUUACAAACGAUGUACCAGGCUAAGCAUGUUCGUCUAUGUCAACAAUAUAACGUAGUUUCACCACAGGAGAGGCUAUAUAGACCGAGGUAAAUAAAUGACAUAAGUAAUAGCAGGCACAGUAUACACAUCCUAGAGCAAGCAUGUCAAACUCAAAAGGUAGCACGGGCAAAUAAACAAGGUUUACGUUUUUGUGGGCCGCAAAAAAAACAGACUUAAAUUUUCAUAGAAACGUAGGUUUGUUUUGAAAAGUACAGUAGAAAAAAAAACAGUAUCCCCCUCUACUAAACCCCAGUCGUCGUCCCCUACACUAAAUCCAAGUCACUAAAUCCAGUUUUGUGAUGCCAGGUGCCGGAAUGACGUCAUAUUCCGACACCCUUCAUCACUACAGCCUCAAAUCUGUUAUUGAAAGAGUCCAGCCACUCUUUAUCCCUGUGGCUCAGUUGAGAGUGCAGCGUGUCAUGGCCGGCGUCCAUUUUGAUUUUGCCUUGUGGGCCUCGAGUAUGUGUGCGGUGUGCUGCUCGGGGGUCUGUGAGCCCCAGUGGGGACCAGGAUAACCCCCGCCAGUCCGGGGAGGGGAGAGAUCAGGGUUCGUGGCAGGUCCCACCUGGUGCUGCGCCACAGGGUGCGGGCGAUCGGCAGCCUCACCCAUCUGCCUGCUAUGCUGGGCUGCAGCGGAAUGUCCGCUGAGAAUAGCUUUAGAAGGGUCGCUCUGGUGGUUAGAGCCGCUCUUGGGUAUGCCGUGGGUAAGGUGCAGCUGAGUGCUGAGAUUUUUGAAGACUGGCUACCUAUGAUACAGGCUUAUUUAUGGAGUCUUUGUGGGAGCUUUCACGAUCUGCAGCCAGCCACCAUGAUGCCCAGGCCCCGCCCCCGUUUAAUUUUUUUUGUCCAUAGAUUUAGUUUUGUAUGUUUUUAUAUGGCCACUGAAUGGUAUUCUUUCAAAAUAAAUGGCUUUUUAAAGUCGCUGAGGUUGCAGAGGAUGUAUCGAGUGAACCACCAAACUCUUAUUAGCUUUUCCUCAAGCUACGUAAGGUUCUUGAUAUUAAAUGUCCAUUGUACAAUGUAGGAGAAAUCUUGUGCAUGGCAGUUUUCAUUCUCCUGAGCAAGCCCAACGCUACUCAAAAUAUUCCCUUUGUAGCAAUUGAUCCACCUAUAAAAUAAAAAAGUAUAAUUGUAUAAUGUACAUGUUUACAUUUCGCCACCUUGUACGGUUUAUAAUAAAUCUCUAUAAGCUAUUUGCCAUUUUUUUUGAGGGGUGAAAGUAGAUUUAGUACAUGGCAGAUAACUCCUAUUUUAUCUCUCUUUUUUUCUUUUGUCCCCUUGUCUCUUCUUUAGACGACGAUAAUAUGGGAUGCACACACAGGUGAAGCAAAGCAGCAGUUUCCAUUCCAUUCAGGUAUUUAAAGAAGUGCAUUUCUUCUUUAAUUGUUUGUUAAAUUGUAGCCUUUGUUCUUUGAUGAAAGUACAUUAACAAUUAAUCCAUCAUUUAUACUUUAUAUAUUUAUGUAUAUAUUUCAACAUUUCUAAAUGUGAUUAUUACAAGCCAGAAGUAAGUUAAAGUAUCACUGUCCCUUUAAGCUGUGUCCCCUAAGUACUCAUAUUUGUGGUCCACCCCUGAUUUAUAUGGUUAAAGAAGGCAUUUAUAUAAAACAACGGCACCCUUCAGUUUGCAUAGGAACAAAAUGUAAUUAAAGGAAUAUGAAAAACUCUAAAAGUGCUUUACGAUGCAUGCUUCGUUGUCAAAAUUUAAAAUAGUGCAAAUUUGAAGAGAAAUAUGCACUUUAAUGACUUUAUUAAAAGCAAUUUGGGAGCACACCCAUGGCAGCCAAGCUGACACUCAAUACGCUUUUUGAUUUACCCCACUUCACUAUUAAGCACAUUUGUAGAGAUUCUAUUGGUUUAGCAUUAGUCAAUGCUUAUGUAUGAGAAGUAUUCUAUUGGAUGAUCGCGACAUAAGAUUGGCGCAUUCAUCCCAGUUGUGCAUGCACCAAUACUCUUCAGACACGAAGGGGAGCCCUGAAUCUCUCCCAUGAAGAAGAUGACACACUGUAUUUUAACAAUGAAAAAAAAUGUUUUGUAAUAUAGUGCUUUGAGAUUUUUAUAGCCGGGUACAGUUGAAAAAUAAAAAUGAUGUAGUGACAUUAUAUUUAUCUCAGUGGGUGGCAGCAUUUACUGCAAAAGUGUUCUACCUCGAUCUCAUGUAUAUAUAAAACUUACAAGGAAAGUGAAGUGGAAAUCAACUCAAUCGAUUGAUUAUUCUUUGUGUAUAUGCCCCUGACCAAAUUAAUGAAACAAUGCGUGCACGCUCCCUGAAGUAAUUCACACCAGACGCAAGUUUCAGGUAGUUGAAUAACUUGAGGAAAGUUUAUUCAGAGGGGACGGCAAGUCCCUUUUAAAGCAAAAUUACAUCAUAAGCAUUGUCAGAGAUAACAUGGAAUAAUACGGUAUCAAUUGGUUAGGUGUUAAGUAGUUAUCUUAGUGCUCUGCCUACUAGAGGUGAUGUCACUGAGACCAUGAGGGUCUCCCCCAGAUCUCAGCGCCAUCUUGUUACACGAGGUAGUUAGUCGAGGUUAUAGGGAGGGAGGGGUUAGAAACUUCUAGCAGCCAUUUUGUCUAAACAUGCGUGAAUAGCUUAUCUACUGUUUUCAGUGCAAUGGGUAAAUAGACAUUUUACUAACUACAAGAUUAUAUGUGUAUAUAUAUUCAUAUUUUAAUUCCACAACAGAAAGGUUAAAGGAUCUUAACAUAUAUAGCUUGGAGGAAAGACGAUACAGGCGGGAUAUGAUAGAAACAUUUAAAUACAUAAAUGGAAUCAACAUAGUAAAGGAGGAGAUUAUAUUUAAAAGAAGUAAAACUACCACAACAAGAGGGCAUAGUCUUAAAUUAGAGGGGCAAAGGUUUAAAAAUAAUAUCAGGAAGAAUUACUUUACUGAGAGGGUAGUGGGUGCAUGGAACAGCCUUCCAGCUGAAAUGGUAGAGGUUAACACAGUAAAGGAGUUUAAGCAUGCAUGGGAUAGGCAUAAGGCUAUCCUAACUAUAAGAUAAGGCCAGGGACUAAUGAAAGUAUUUAGCAAAUUGGGCAGACUAUGUUUCUAUGUGAAAGAAAGCCUGCAUUGCUUGAAGAAAACUGUAAUUUUAAUGCUUUAAUUGUUUGCACUGUAUAAAUGAUAAUAAUAUUAAUAAGAACUGUUGGCAUAACUCAUUAGCUAUAGGUAAGGAUUUUUGGAGAUCAGAGGGGAUAUGUGUUUUAUUUUUUUUAUGUUUUAAUUACAUUGUAUGAGAGAUUGCCUUGCCACAGCCAAAACACACAGUGUUAAGGCACAGGCAUAAAAAUCUCUUUAAUAACCGAAAAGGUGCCAAGAGAACUGUUGGAUUAGACUUCUGAAAAAACCCAAAAUUGAUGUCUACUUAUUUGAGUACUUUGCAUAGUAUUUAUUACAUGGUAAUCUGGGUAAAAAGAAAAAGGCUCCAGUCCAUUGAGUUUAACCUUUUAAAACACAUCUGUGUAUGCUGUUGAUCCUAAAAAAGGCAAAAAUCCCAAUUUAAGACAACGGACAAUUAUGCCACAAAAAGGGAAAACAAAGUCGAUCUUGACUCCACAAUGGCAAACAGAUUUGUCCUUUGAAUAACAAACUGUAUACAAACAUAUCAAAUGUAAUAUAGUAAAUGUAUGUCCUCAGGAAACUGUAGAAAUGCAAUAUAUGUACAGGCUAGUGUGGGUUGGGAUUUUCCUAUUGCCUUAUGAUAUAUGUUUCAUGAAUGAGGAUACUGUUUGACACACAUGUUCGUCUUAGCUUUGUCUGUCACUAAAUGUAAGUAAAAAUAGUCACAUACUUUCUGUGUUUGACUAUCUCUUCAGCACCUGCUCUGGAUGUAGAUUGGCAAAACAACACCACAUUUGCCUCGUGUAGUACAGACAUGUGUAUUCAUGUGUGCAGACUUGGCUGUGACCGCCCAGUCAAAACCUUUCAAGGACACACGGUAAGUAUAUUAUGCACAUAUGUGAUAAGAUUUUGUCUUUGUAUUAUUUAUUUCUAGUCAUGCCAGUUAAAUCUUACACAGCACAUAAACACAGCUUAAAAUGUUCUAUAGAUACAUUAAAUGUUAUUUCUGGCAAUUAUGAAACAGUGCUGACAUUUUUUACCAUCCGCUUCAUGUUCUACAUAUACAUUCAAAUACAUUACAGAGCGUAGGAUACACAUUUUCACACACAUAUAUAGCUAGAACGGCUUAACACAUUUUAACACACGUAUGUAGCUAGAAUGGCUUAACACAUUUUAACACACAUAUGUAGCUAGAAUGGCUCAACACAUUUUAACACACAUAUGUAGCUAGAAUGGCUUAACACAUUUUCACACACAUAUAUAGCUAGAAUGGCUUAACACAUUUUCACACACAUAUGUAGCUGUAGGAAAUUAUUGUAGAUAUUCAAUAAUAUCAAAAAUUGAAACUUAAAAUUGAGAUUUAAGUUAAAAUACAUUUUAGCAGCUUUUCUAUAGAACUUUGACUAACCAUAUGGAUUUGUUCAUAAAUGAAAGCCUAAUUAGAAAAUUCAGGCUAAAAUUGCUUAUUUGGAAAAAUCCCUCUAGUUCAUACAAAAAGGUCUGUCUCAUUUUACCUGAAUUUUACAGGUUGUUUUUCAAUUCAUCACGAUUCACUGUUUAAUGAAUAAGCUUCCUGGAAUAAUGCGUUUUAGGUCCUGAGUAUAAGUAUGCUGGGUUCUUUUUUGCCUUUCCUGACAUUUCUCAUUUCAACGGAUUAUAAAUGCCAAGGGCUAUGAUAUAUAUAGUUUUUUUUAUUAUUAUUAUUUUGUAUUCAUGAAUCACGACCAUUCUUUUUAAUAAAGGUCUUCUCUUGAUGGAAUUAUUAAACUGGAAUCUUGCAAACGAUGCUUUCUAAUAAUCAGGACCAAAUGUUUGGAAUUCCUUUUGAUUUAUUUCACUCCACGCUUGACAAAUAUGAUCUUGGCAGAAGAAGAGAACAGAUUUCUGGAAACACCCAUGCAACCGAAUAACAAUUUCAGGAAGAUUGAUUCACUGUUACUUUCAGUUACUUUCUGUUAUUCUUGUCUGCAGAUUGUAACUUUAUACUUUCUCAGACAUAUCCAGUUUUAUUAAUUACAUUUUAAGUAGGGAUAAUUAAUUUCACACCUUCUGAACCUAUAUUUAACUUUUUAAGCAAUUUUGGUGAUUAAGCUACACUCUUCAGUCUUAUUUUUUUAAUGCAAAUAUUCAAUGUCCAUAGUACUCAUCAUAUGCUUGAAAUCAUAUAUUAUAUUUGUUCUGCUACCCAGUUGGGCACACAUGGCUAUAGAUGGCACUUUAGGAGUAUAUAUACAAGAUCCUUGUUUAGGGUAUGAUUUCACAAUUUACUAUUUGAAGUGGACAUGCACGGAUGAAAUUAUCUUUGUAAUAUUUAUAAUCAGUGCUAUUAAACCUCUUGAUAAUUGCAUAGCUCCUACCGUCUGCCAUGAUCCCUAAUUUUUACAUCACAUAGCUGAGAAGAGAUAUGCGUCCAUUAAGUUCAGCCUUUCUCACAUCUGUUUUUGCUGUUGUUCCAAAAGGAGGCCAUAAAAGCCAAGUCUGAAGCACUUCCAAUUUUGCAACAAACUAGGAAAAAAUUCCUUCUUGAUCCUAGAGCUGCAGUUCAAUCUUUGCUUGGAUCAAGAAGCUAUUACCUAACAUUUUAAAUGAUAUUUUUGAUUCCUACCAUGACCUCACCAAUGAGCUUACUGGCCCAGGCCCUCAAACAUUUGUUUUUGCUAUUUCUACAUGAAGUACUGUUUGGCAGCAUGCUCAUCAAAUAACUUAAAGAAACACUACAGUGACAGGAAUACAAAUAUGUAUUGCUGUCAUUAUAAGUGUGAAAGGGAUGUUUGGGUGUCCUGCUCCCCUGACAGCGAAGUGAAGGGUGAGAUUACUAACUUUUAUUUCAACACCGCACAGGUCUGGUACCACUCACAUUCCGCCCCUUUGGCUAUCAUUAUUAAAAUAGAUGAUCUUAGCCAAUCCAAUGCUUACCCAUUAGAUAGCAUUGGGAGGAUAUUGUGCAUGCGUGGCAAAAUAGAACACAUAAAUAAAUAAAUACAUCUGUUAAAUAGAUAUACAGGGAGUGCAGAAUUAUUAGGCAAAUGAGUAUUUUGACCACAUCAUCCUCUUUAUGCAUGUUGUCUUACUCCAAGCUGUAUAGGCUCGAAAGCCUACUACCAAUUAAGCAUAUUAGGUGAUGUGCAUCUCUGUAAUGAGAAGGGGUGUGGUCUAAUGACAUCAACACCCUAUAUCAGGUGUGCAUAAUUAUUAGGCAACUUCCUUUCCUUUGGCAAAAUGGGUCAAAAGAAGGACUUGACAGGCUCAGAAAAGUCAAAAAUAGUGAGAUAUCUUGCAGAGGGAUGCAGCACUCUUAAAAUUGCAAAGCUUCUGAAGCGUGAUCAUCGAACAAUCAAGCGUUUCAUUCAAAAUAGUCAACAGGGUCGCAAGAAGCGUGUGGAAAAACCAAGGCGCAAAAUAACUGCCCAUGAACUGAGAAAAGUCAAGCGUGCAGCUGCCACGAUGCCACUUGCCACCAGUUUGGCCAUAUUUCAGAGCUGCAACAUCACUGGAGUGCCCAAAAGCACAAGGUGUGCAAUACUCAGAGACAUGGCCAAGGUAAGAAAGGCUGAAAGACGACCACCACUGAACAAGACACACAAGCUGAAACGUCAAGACUGGGCCAAGAAAUAUCUCAAGACUGAUUUUUCUAAGGUUUUAUGGACUGAUGAAAUGAGAGUGAGUCUUGAUGGGCCAGAUGGAUGGGCCCGUGGCUGGAUUGGUAAAGGGCAGAGAGCUCCAGUCCGACUCAGACGCCAGCAAGGUGGAGGUGGAGUACUGGUUUGGGCUGGUAUCAUCAAAGAUGAGCUUGUGGGGCCUUUUCGGGUUGAGGAUGGAGUCAAGCUCAACUCCCAGUCCUACUGCCAGUUCCUGGAAGACACCUUCUUCAAGCAGUGGUACAGGAAGAAGUCUGCAUCCUUCAAGAAAAACAUGAUUUUCAUGCAGGACAAUGCUCCAUCACACGCGUCCAAGUACUCCACAGCGUGGCUGGCAAGAAAGGGUAUAAAAGAAGAAAAUCUAAUGACAUGGCCUCCUUGUUCACCUGAUCUGAACCCCAUUGAGAACCUGUGGUCCAUCAUCAAAUGUGAGAUUUACAAGGAGGGAAAACAGUACACCUCUCUGAACAGUGUCUGGGAGGCUGUGGUUGCUGCUGCACGCAAUGUUGAUGGUGAACAGAUCAAAACACUGACAGAAUCCAUGGAUGGCAGGCUUUUGAGUGUCCUUGCAAAGAAAGGUGGCUAUAUUGGUCACUGAUUUGUUUUUGUUUUGUUUUUGAAUGUCAGAAAUGUAUAUUUGUGAAUGUUGAGAUGUUAUAUUGGUUUCACUGGUAAUAAUAAAUAAUUGAAAUGGGUAUAUAUUUGUUUUUGUUAAGUUGCCUAAUAAUUAUGCACAGUAAUAGUCACCUGCACACACAGAUAUCCCCCUAACAUAGCUAUAACUAAAAACAAACUAAAAACUACUUCCAAAAAUAUUCAGCUUUGAUAUUAAUGAGUUUUUUGGGUUCAUUGAGAACAUGGUUGUUGUUCAAUAAUAAAAUUAAUCCUCAAAAAUACAACUUGCCUAAUAAUUCUGCACUCCCUGUACUCCAAAUGAAAACAUACAUGCGUUUAAUAAUGAAUUUAUUUUCAUUGAGGUAUAUCUAAAAACAGCUUGCAAAGUAUGCACUCCCCUUCUUCCCCAAGACUUGAUGUGGCUGUCCAAUCACAGACUUCCCAAAACAGCUCAAUGAGAAGUCUUUGUAAGGCAGGUGCUGUGGGCAAUUGCUGCCUCAUGAGUUUAGCUACACUGAGCUAAACAAUCAGGAGGAAAUAUGACCAGUUGUCUGACUGACAUCCAGGGGUGUGUAACCAGGUUAAUUUAUAAAUGUACCAAUUUUGUAUUGAAAUCUGCGCUUUUUGUAAAUUUAAAAGAGGACGCUCUUAACACGUAAAGCACUUCAGUGUGCCUCAAAGGUUAGAAUAUCUCUUCAAAGUCUCUGUUGUGACAUGCAUCCAUUCUUACUACCAAUUUAAAAAGCAAGGCACUUCAGGGUGCCUCAAAGGUUAGAAUAUCUCUUCAUCGUCUCUGUUGUGACAUGCAUUCAUUCCUACUACCAAUUUAAAAAGGAAGGCUGGUUAAGUAUUAUUUAGAAAUUAAUUUGGGUUGUUGUGGCCAGAUCAAUUUCCAUGGUCUUCAUAUACUCAAUAAUGCACACUGUUAGUGUUUGAAAAGCUGCAUUUAGGCAGGUUUUGUUUUGUAGAGAUAUGUGCAGAUGCUCUGCCUCAAGGUAAAAUGACGAAUAAUUCUUUAAUGUACAUGAGGAUCAUUGGCUAGAUUACCUGCAUGUUUUACUGUGUAUUUAAAUGUUGUGUUGAAAAGCAAAUACCAACUUGGUUCCACUGUAAAUAUGACCAAGGACACAAUAUUAACUUGGCAAAUGAUACAAUAUGAAUGCUUUAUGGAAUAAAAAUUGUAGAUAAUUUAACAUGUACACUGAAAUUAAACAUGUGAUCACUGUACAAAUUGGAAAAAUGCACUUUAAACUAAAAUUAUAUUUUAAUCGAUGGCACAUGACUGCCCUCUUAUGGUUUCCUGGCACUCUUGUAAAUGCUUAAAAAUAAAUCAAGUUUCAUUUAAUUAAUCAGAAUCCCAUGUCUUCUUUUUUCUUUUUAGAAUGAAGUAAAUGCAAUUAAAUGGGACCCGUCAGGAAUGCUCUUAGCCUCAUGUUCCGAUGACAUGACUCUGAAGGCAAGUAACUCGACUUAAAAAGAUAUGUGCAGGCUUGUCCAAGGUUUUAUAAUUAUGUUUUCUCAUUGGAUUAUUGGGGGAGGGGUGUCUCCCUCCUCUGGAUUAAAAAAAAAAAAAAAAAAAGUAUUACUUUAAUUAUUAUAAUUAUUUUUAUUUUUUUCAUUACUUUCUUGUCCUUAAUUUGAGAUUGGAUAUGGUGGUUAGUUGGAGUAUUUGGUGUUAUGACUACGCUUAAAAUAAUAUCAUGGAAUGUUCAGGGGUUAAAUUCGCCCCAGAAAAGGGGAGCUGUUUAUAAAUUUCUGAAUGAAAAUUCAAUAGAUGUUGCAUUUUAUUCAAGAGACACACUGGAUUGAGUCCCCAGACAGACUCUGGAAAUUAAAAAAAAAUCCCUUUAGUUUUUGCUUCAAAUCUAGAGGGUAGAAAGAAAAAAAGAGGCACUGCCAUUAUAAUUUCCAGUAGACAUGUAGUUGAAAUCAUACAUCUAUCGACUGAUACCAUGGGUAGAUACUUAAUGCUAAUUGCAACAUCGAUGGCAUUAAGAAUACUUUUGUCAACAUCUAUGCGCCAAAUCGUAAUCUGAUUGGGCUACUUGAUCGAAUUAUGGAAUUAUUAGAUGAGUAUGCAUGUGGGAAUAUUAUUAUAGGAGGUGAUUUCAACUAUGUUAUAGACCCAAAAAUAGAUAAAAAUCACAAACAUAAAAUUGGUGUUAAAUUAUCAAAUUCUCACUUAUCUGAUUUAGCGGAUUUUUUAGUCAAGAACUCCCUAUUUGAUUGCUGGAGGAUCCUGAAUCCUAGCGAGAAAGAUUAUACAUUCUUCUCUCAUGUACACCAAUCAUACUCUCGUAUCGAUGUGUUUUUUGUUAAGGCUGGUUUUCUAGAGUCAAUUAUUAAAUCUACUAUUGGAUCUAUAGUAAUAUCAGAUCACGCACCAUUAUUUUUGAAUAUUAGUCUUAAAAAGGGCUGUAGAUCUAGGACAAGGUGGAGGCUAAAUGAAAGCCUACUGAAAUUAGAUCAUAUUCGUUGAAACUCGUUGAAAUUGAGAAUUUUUUGAAUACUAACAAUAAUUGAGAAGUUUCAUCAGCUAUGGUUUGGUGCACUCUUAAAAGUUAUACAAGUGGCCUAUUAAUUAAAUAUGAAUCAGAACUCAAACGUAAGAAGGGAGAGUCUUUACAAGAACUGAUGAUAAAUUUGGCAAAAAAAGAGCGCCUCAAUAAAGUUGAGACAAGCAAGGAACUAAUUGAGGAAAUAACCAAAAUAAGGUCAUCUAUUAAGGAUAAAACAUAUGAGAUGGUUAAUAAAAAUCUUGUUUUUCUUAAACAAAGAUGGUACCAUAACAACAACAAAAUUAGUAGAGAUCUUUCAAACAAACUUAAGAAUUAUACUAAAGAUAAAUCUAUAAAAAAAAUAGUGUUGGGGGAUGUUCAUCUUUGCUCGUCCAAUGAUAUUGCCAAGGCAUUCGUAGAUUUUUACAGUUCAUUGUAUAAUUUAGAGGAAGUAGGGGCUGAUAAGAAUUAGAUCGAUAACUUUUUAAUUAAACUUAAACUCCCUAAAAUCAAGCAGGAGAAACUAGAAAGAUUAAAUGCUCCAUUCCUACUAUCAGAAAUAGUAGAAGUGAUAGAUAAUUUAAAAUCUUUGAAAAGUAAGGCGCCGGGCCCAGAUGGCUAUUCGGCGAUAUUUUAUAAAACAUUCUCUAAAACUAUCUCCCCUAUUCUUCUAGAGAUGUUCACAAGUGUGUUUACAGACUCUCCAUUUCUGAAGGAGAUGAUGUUGACCUCGAUUAUACCUAUACCAAAGGCGGGUAAAGAUCCAACAUUAAUUACCAACUAUAGACCAAUAUAACUAAUUAAUGUAGAUAUUAAAAUAUUCUCCAGUAUCUUGUCUAAUCGACUUAAAGAGGUUAUAGGAGAUUUGAUCAUGGGGGACCAAUCAGGGUUUGUGAAGGGAAGAAGCACUUCUGAUAACACGCGUAGGAUAUUUAAUUUAAUACAUAGAAUGAAUGAAAAUAAAUUGGGCUCGGUUAUUAUGGCCCUCGACGCCAAGAAGGCCUUUGAUAGCGUCAAUUGGAAAUUUCUUGACUCUGUCAUGGGCCGAUUUGGUCUCAAGGGACAAUUUAGGAUUAAAACUAUGUCGUUAUAUAAGAAUUCCUCAGCUAAAAUUAGUAAUCCUUUCUUUGAGUAAGAUCCAUUUGAAAUUAAAAAUGGAACUAGGCAGGGCUGCCCCUUGGCCCCCAUCCUCUAUUUUCUUACAAUUGAACCCUUAGCUAUAAUGAUUAGACAAGAUACUAAUAUAAAGGGUGGAAUCAAAGAGUGGAGAUGUUAAGAUAUCUCUUUUCGCCGACGACGUACUUCUUACUUUGGUCGACCCUCUGGUUUCUAUUGCAUCCUUGUUGGAAGAUAUUUCUACAUUUAGUAGCUUUUCUAAUUAUAAGAUUAAUAUGAAAAAGUCUCAAAUUUUAUCCUCCUUUUUAACUAAAACUCAGAGAGAUCUUUUGUCUUCACGUUUCCACUUGGCUUGGGCAAAAGAUAAAAUUGACUAUUUAGGGAUUAAAAUAUCAUUUGAUAUCGCUUGUGCGAUACAAAUGAAUUAUGAUAAUCUAUUUACGGAACUGCAAUAUCAGGUUACAAAAUGGAAGAGGAUAGAGUCAUCUUGGAUAGGUAGAUUAAAUAUGAUUAAAGCCUUUUUGAUGCCAAAACUUCUUUAUCUAUUUAGGGCUAUUCCAUAUAGAAUUGAGAUAGGGACGCUUAAUCGCUUUCAAAAUAUGUUCUCCAACUAUAUUUGGCUAGAUAGACUACCCAGGAUAGCGUUUGAAACAUUGCGAAAGAGUUAUUCGAAGGGAGGCAUAGCAUUUCCGGACGUGGUGAAGAUUCAUGAAGCAUGUAAGGCAACUUAGCUUUUGCUCUGGUUAGAUUCGGAUCAAAAUAUGCAUUCGUGGCUCAAGCUAGAACAGGAAUAUAGCCCCACUUAUAAAUUGUCCACUCUGGUGUAGCUGGGUCUUAUGGAUCUGUGUGCAUUGGACAAGGAUCAGUAUUCUAAUAAAAUCCUAAAUGAUAUGGUAGCUACCUCGAAAAUUCUAAAUAAAAAGUUAAAUCUGGUAGGUAAACUGCUCAAUGAUGCCCCUGUUGAGGUGUUAUAUCAUGCUAUGGUGGAUUUAAAUGUUAAAUCUUGGAAACAAUUAGGAAUACGGAAAAUUGCUGAUCUAUGUGAGGGUUAUAAACCGGUUAUAUUUGCUCAAUUACAAUUUAAAUAUAAUCUUCCUUCUAAAGAACUAUUCCAAUACCUAAGAAUUAAGAACUUUUUAUUAGCGAAAGUUAUACUUAAAGAUCAAGAUAUUGUUUCCCAAAUAGUACUGAACCAAAAGAGAGGAGGAAUUUCUAGAUUUAAUAAAUUAUUUGAUUCAUUGGAUCAAGAUUCUCAUGUCCCCUCGUUCAUCAAAUGGGAGUUGGAUAUUGGGAGGUCCUUUACCUUUGCAGACUGGAUUAAAGCCACUCGAUUAGUAAAGCUGUAUAUUCACAACGUAUCUUUGAUUGAAAUUCAUCUUAAGUUGAUAUACAGAUGGUAUCUGGUUCCAGUCAGACUUCAUAAAGUAUCUCCUUCCCAUUCGAGGGUAUGUUGGAGAUGUGGGAAAGAGGAAGGUACAAUUUACCAUAUCUGGUGGGAAUGCCCGGUUCUCGAUAAUUUCAAAUUUCAAAUGCUAGACUUAAUACAAUCGAUUUUUGAGGACGUUAAAGAAAUGAGUCCACAAUUAUUUUUGUUUUAUAUCGACAUUCCCAUACAGGGCAGGAAUCAAAGGUAUCUUCUGACCCAUAUAUUUUUUGCAAUAAAAAUCUGUGUUGCUAGGACAUGGAAAUCUCCCUCCCCCCGGCAUGGCAGAAUAUAAUGGAACAAAUAUGGUUUCAAUAUAAGAUGGAAUCGGGUUUUAACCUCAAUUCUGGUAUUAAGAAUUUGACCAAAUUGUGGCUACAAUGGACUAGAUUUCAAAAAUCACAAUAAUUAGGUAGAUCUUGGAUUGCACCUUGUCGAAUCUCAGGAUAGGAAGUUGGUACAGUAGUUCCUUUUUUUUGAGGGGAGGAGGGGUUAUUUAUUAUGGUGAAUUGUGUAUUGUGUAUUAUGACUGUCCACAUACUGUUUCAAGAUGUAGACCUUUAUGUAUAAAUGUUGUCUUAAAAGGUUGUGAUGUAAUUUCAUAUGUUCAAUUUGGACACAUUUACAUUAUCUGUGAGAAACUGUUUUUUAAUAUGGAAAAUUUUGUAUGAAUAAAGAUUAUAAAUAUAUAUAUAAAAAAAAAGAUAUGUGCAGCAGCAGAACAUAAUCUACAACAUCAUUAAAAAACAAAUCUUUCUAUUAAUAUUGAUAGAUUCCUGUUUAUAUCUAACAAACAUUUCAUUGUUCCAAGGUGUGAAAUGUGUGGUUUGCAGGAGCAUUUAAUGUGACUAUCAUGCUCAUUCUUACUAGAGAUUUUGCUCCUGUUUUAUUAAAGGAACACUAUAGUCACCAGAACAACAACAGCUUAAUGUAGUUGUUCUGGUGAGUAUAAUCAUUUGCCUUCAGGCAUUUUUAUGCAAACACUGCCUUUUUAGAGAAAAGACAGUGUUUACAUUGUCCUUAGAAAAACCUCCAAGUGGUCACUCCUCAUAUGGCCACUGGAGGUGCUUCCUGGCUCAGGGCUGCACAGUAGGCAGCACUGCUGUUCAGCGUCUCUAUGCUCUGCAUGGGGAAGCUAAAUUUGAGUUUUAUUAAGUUUUAAGGGGGCUAAGGGGUAGCAAACCACCUAAAUGGUGGGUUUAGCACUAUAGGGUCAGGAAUACAUGUUUGUGUUCCUGACCCUAUAGUGUUCCUUUAAGUUUGCCUCCCCACUCUUCAAAUAAAUCCUGCCCACCCAUUCUAGGACCCUUACUCAUAGCUGAGUUUAUCAAUAUGGGGAAGAAAAAGGACAGACUUUAAACUGUGAAUACAAUUGUGUUUUGCGCACAGUGUUGUGGUUAUGGUGCUUUGAAUGUUUAUUUAACAAUAUUGUUAGAUAUAAUUGUGCCAACUCAAAUAACAUGUGAAUUGUAAGAUCAGAUGGCAAUUGCCUGGUAUAAAUGGGGAAGGUAUUCUACCCAAAGUAAGUAGUUGGCACUUUUGCCAUCUAUAGUGUACUGAUAGGUAGUAAAUCUAUUACAGCUAUUGUUGGUAGUAUGGGAUUCUGAAAAAAACAUUUCAAUGACAAGAGAGUCGACAUAUAUGUCUGAAGCAGAUGUAUUUAUGAAUAGAUAUUUUUCAUGCCUAUACAAAGCCAUGAUUUUCAUUUUCUGAAAUAUGACCUCAAGAGUUGCUUGUUUCUGUAUGUUAAGCCUUGUAAUUUGGAUAAACUCAUCUGGCUUCAGUAACAAUGUAUCUUUUUGCCUUGCACCAUUCAAGAUUUUGAUAGGUUUUUUUUUUUUUCUCUUGUGGAUGAGCUUGCCAAACAUUCUUUGUGUUAGAAUAAAUCCUAAAAUGACAAAUGGCAGAUCAUUCCAUUUGCUCUGCGUAUGCAAAAUAUAAAAACUGUGCACUUGGGAAAAAAACAAACAUGUUACUUUGUAAAAUGGUUAUUUCCCCCCCCCCCCCACACAAUCUUUUAAUUGCCGUUGGGUAGGGAGGACGCUAAAUCUAAAUAAAGACUAGAAGAUUAUAGUGUUAGGAAUAUAUGUUUGUUUGGGCUCUUUGUCACGCUUGACAAAGGGCCUGAGGUAGAAAUAUACUCAUAUUAAGAUGCAUUAAAGUGUUAUAGUUUUAGUACAUUUACAAUUUACUAAAAUGCAAAAGUACAUGGGCAAAAUUGUUAUUAUUAUUUUUAUUUUUGCAUGUCCAUAAUUACAAUUAGCAGGUCUAGUGUAAAAACUAUUCAAUGAUAUAUUGUUUUUAUUUCAGAUGAUCUCAUGAAUUGUAAUAUUUUUUUGUGUGUGAAACACAUAUAUCAUCUGAUAAAAAUUAUGGUGUAAACCAAAUUAAUAAUAAUAUUCAAUACUGUAGUUAGAAUUCUAAGUAGUAUAAUCCUUGUUUGUAUUUAUUUUUGAUAGAUAUGGAGUAUGAAACAAGACAUCUGUGUACAUGACCUGCAGGCCCACAAUAAAGAAAUCUACACCAUCAAAUGGAGUCCAACAGGUCCAAGCACCAGCAAUCCAAACUCAAAUAUCAUGUUAGCCAGGUGAGCAAAAUUAAUAUCCUUAACCCCUUAAGGACCGGACUGUUUUUGCGAUGUUGUACAUUUGCGACCAGGCAUAUUUUUACACUUUUGUGGUGUUUGUGUUUAGCUGUAAUUUUCCGUUCUCUCAUUUACUGUUCCCAUACAAAUUAUAUAUUGGUUUUUUUAGGACAAAAGGGGCUUUCUUUACAUACCAUUAUUUAUAUAAUCUCAUGUAAUUUAAUUUAAAAAAAAUAAAAAAAUAUGGUGAAAAAUUGAAAAAAAUACAUAGAUUCAAAAUUUUGUCCUGAGUUUAAAAAUACCCAGUGUUUACGUGCUUUUUUUGCAAUUAUAGGGCUAUAGGUACAAGUAGGAUAUUGCGGUUUCAAAACAUACAUUUUUAAAAUUUAUCAAUAGUGACAUUGUAACACUAUUAUCUGUCAUUAAUCUCUGAAUAACACCCCACAUGUACAUAUUUUGUUUAAAGUAGACAACCCAGGGUAUUCAAUAUGGGGUAUGUCCAGUCUUUUUUAGUAGCCACUUAGUCGAAAACACUGGCCAAUAAAUAUUACAUAUAUACGCACGUAGAAUUUAAAUAUAUAAAUGCAUAUUUAUAUAUUUGAAGUCUACGUGUAUGUUUAUAUAAUUAUUUAUGUAAUUAUGUAUAUGGACAUAUGUAUAUUUCGUAUUAUAUCUAUUUAUUUAUAUGUACAUAGAUAUAUAUGCAAAUUCAUUCUAACUGUCUUUUGAUAUAAAUACAUAUAUAUUAAUAUCAAAAUACAGUUAGAAUAAAAUUUUAUAUAGAUAUAUAAUUUUUUUUAAAAUUUUUAUUAUUUUAAAAUUUUUCAAUUUAAUUUAAAUUACUUAUUAUUUAUAUUUUAUAAUAAUAUAUAUAUACAAUAUAUAUAGUUAUUAUAUAUAUAUAUUAUAUAUAUACGUGUGUAAUUUAAUUAUAAGUGUAUUUUUAUAUUAAUAUAUGUGCAUAUUAAUAUAAAAAUACACUUAGUAUGACAUAAUAUAUAUGAUAUAUAGAUAUAUAUUAUAUAAAUAUAAUAUAUAUAAUUAUUAUUUUUUUAAUUAACACUAACUUUAUUUUUUUUAAUGAUUUUACAGUUACAGGAAGACUGUCUGUCAGCACAGGCAGUCCCCCUGCAGGCAGACACAUGGACACCUAUUGUGACCAUUGAUCGCUCUGUUGAGCGAUCACAUGGCCACAGGGGUCCUAAUCCAGUGUGGGGAGACUGUCUGGGCUGCAGGCAGUCUCCCCACAAUGGGAGAAACACCGAUCGCCGCCGGGGGAACGACGGCGACCAGGUAAGUAACUAAGACCGUUAGGACGGUUCAGGACCGUCAGCGGUCAGCAAUGGGAAAGUGCCAAUGACGGUCCUGAACCGUCUGCGGUCCUUAAGGUCUAAGGGGAUCUGUCUGUUUUGGUGGCCUUUGUACCUCUGAUAUUGACAUUAUCCCACUGGCAACAGACCUUAAGUGGAGAUGUCAAAGGUAGGAGAUGUCAAUGGUACAUUUGGCUGUUGCUGUUUUUUUUCUUAUGUCCUGUGUCUUACAUUAAGUCAGUGGUACUAGACAAAUGCACCAGUAAAAUUUUCGUUUCGUACAAAUGAAUUCGUACUAAAUAAAAUUUCAUUCGUACAUCCUGAAUUUCGGCCAUAAAACAUUCGUUAUUAAUAUAAGGGAAUUUCAAUCCUCCCGCAAUGGAAGGUAAUCUCAUUUCAGGAUACGCAUGUUCCCCCUGUUUGUUAGUUCAUAUUUCCUGAACGUCGUUUGUAUAGGUGGUCAGGAAAUAGAAUGGUCAGCGGUCUAAGUUUUACUGGCAUUUGUGCGAGUGCCUAGCCGAAAAGAGUUCCAGGAACUCGAUGACCAAGUACCGCUGCCCACGUUCGAGAGACAAGAUGGCCGCCAUUCUUUUGUCUGCCACGUGUUUGGUUAUACGAAAUGGCGACAACCCAGGGGAAGCAUUCAUUAACUACUUCCGUUAUGGUUUCGCACUUAUGUUGAUGGUGUAAACGAUCUAAUGGGGUACAGGAGUAAUCAUCGUUCAUUAGAUGAAUGGAUUAUGUUAGUAUGAAGUACUCCCAAAUGGAAAAAGGAUAAAACAUACAAAAUAAAGGGGAAAACUUAUGAAUAGGUGGUAAGUUCCCCCACAAUACUCUUACUCAUGGGUUAAGUCUUCUGCUGCAGGGAGAUCCAGUUUUUUUUUGUUUCUCCUCUCUGUUUUGGGGGUUAAUUCUUCUGCAGCACGGAGUCUAUUAAACGAAAGAACUGAAACGAAAAGGUAAUGCAUUCGUCAUUUGCCCUUUUGUUUCGUAUAUAAUUCGUAUGUAGGACUUUUGUUUAUGUUAUAGUAAAUGACUACGAAAAAGUCUGAUAAUUCAGACGAAAUCAUAUCCGUCCGAUAACAAAUGCACAUGUCUAAGUGGUACUCAUUUGACCUUGGAUGGCUGAAAGGCCGAGUUGACUUUUCUGGGAAUUGAAUCUCUGACUCUCUGGACUAAAGAUUUUACAAAGAGCCAUCACAUAAGCCUAUAAAUAAUUUAUACUGUAUGCUAUUAUUUCCCUUUUCUGUUUUCUCUCCACUCUCUUGAUGAGUAAUGUCAGUAGUUUCAAGGACUCUACACUUAUUGCCUAAUACACUGUUUGUUCUGUACACAUUACUUGCCUGCUUUUAGUCUGGGCUAUGCUUCAGAUUAGAGUUAAUUAUUAGGCACUGGAUACCUCCCUUAAGUGUCAUAUUUUACCACUGUCAACCUAAAUUCUCUAGUAUCACAAAAUAGGUACUUUUUUUUUACCCUACCCAAGCCAUAAAAAAUAUCUUGAGUACUUUAAAAAUGAUAUAACCAAACUAUAAAUCACAAUUUGGCUUAAAGGAACACUAUUAAUCAAGCAGUUUUAGCGUAUAGAUCAUGCUUCUCAGGUUUCACUGCUCAAUUAAUUGCCAUUUAGGAGUUAAGUCACUUUGUUUCUGUUCAUGCAGCCCUUGCCACACCUCCCCUGACUCUGAUUGACACAGCCUGCAUGAAAAAAAACCUGGUUUCACUUUUAAUGAGAUGUAAUUUACCUUAAACAAUUGUAUCUCUUUCUCUGUAAAUUGAACAUUAAUCACACACAGGAGGCUCUUGCAGGGUCUAGCAAGCUAUUAACAUAGCAGGGGAUAAGACAAUCUAAAUUAAACAGAACUUUCAAUAAAGGAAGGAUAGACUUUAGUUGACUCUUUACAGGAAGUGUUUAGGAAGGCUGUGCAAGUCACAUGCAGGGAGGUGUGACUAGGGUUCAUAAACAAAGUGAUUUAUCUCCUAAAUGGCAGAGAAUUGAGCAGUGAGACUGUAGGGACGUGAUCUAUACACUAAAACUGCUUCAUUAAGCUAAAGUCGUCUUGGUGACUAUAGUGUCCCUUUAAAGCAAUACUCUAGGCAACUUUACAAAUUUAACUUUAAUAAAGCAGCUUGGUUGUAUAGGUCAUGCCAUUGCAGACUAUCUGCUCAAUUCUCUGUCAUUUAGGAGUUAAAUCACCUUUGUUUCUUUUUAUGCCUGUAAAUCUCUAGCCACACCUCCCCUAAUCGUGACUCACAGCCAACAUUAAAAAUGGUUUAAUUUUGAAUGAGUAGAGUGUGUUUACUUUACUAAAAAAUUUUUUCUUUAACCCCUUCAGGACCGGCCUGUUUUGGCAUGUUGUACGUUAAGGACCAGGGCUGUUUUAACCCUUUUGUGGUGUUUGUGUUUAGCUGUAAUUUUCCUCUUUCUCAUUUACUGUUCCCAUACAUGUUAUAUAUUGUUUUUUUCAGGACAAAAAGGGCUUUCUUUACAUACCAUUAUUUGUAUCAUGUCAUAUAAAAAUAUGGUGAAAAAUUGAAAAAAAACAUGUUUUUUUACUUUUGCUUGAAAAAUCUUUACCGUUCCCCCGGCGGCGAUCGGCGUUGCCCCGCGGCAGAUUAGGACCCCGCGGUCACGUGAUCACUCAACAGAGCGGUCACAAUAGGUGUCUAAGUGUCUGCCUGCAGGGGGACUGUCUGUGCUGACAGGCAGUCUCCCUGCAUGUGUAAAAUAAAAAAAUAAAUAAAUGUUAAUGUUAAUAAAAAAUAUAAUUAUAUAAUACCAUUAUGACGUUUCAGGACCAUCACCGGUCCUCAAGGGGAUUUUUCUGAUAACUCUUCUGAACCGUCAUCGGUCGUGAAUGGGUUAAUCUCCUGCUCUGUUAAUUGAACUUUACUCAUUCACAUGAAAUUUCUGCGUGCUCUAGCUGGCUUCUAACAGAACAGGAGAUAAUAAAUCCAAAAUUAAACAGAAUGUGUAAUAAAGGAAGUUCAAACAUGACCUCUCUCUUUACAGGAAAUGUGUAGUCAGACUUUGAGUUGGGAGGUGUGACUAGGGCUUCAUAAACAAAGUGAUUUAAAUAAUAAGUGGCAGAGAAUUGAUCAGUUAGACUACAAGAGCAUGAGCUAUACAUUAAAGGACCACUAUAGGCACCCAGACCACUUCAGCUUAAUGAAGUGGUCUGGGUGCCAGGUCCAGCUAGGUUUAACCCUUUUUGCAGUAAACAUAGCAGUUUCAGAGAAACUGCUAUGUUUACCUGUGGGUUAAUCCAGCCUCUAGUGGCUGUCUCAUUGACAGCUGCUAGAGGCGCUUCCGCGUUUCUCACUGUGAUUUUCACAGUGAGAAGACGCCAGCGUCCAUAGCAAAACAUUGAGGAUGCCGCGCAUGCGCAUUCAGCCGAUGAUGGAAGAAGAGGGAGGAGAGUCCCGGAAAAAAGGUAAGGGAUUAACCCCUUCCUCUCCAUCCAGCCAGGCAGGUGUGGGACCCUGAGGGUGGGGGCACCCUCAGGGCACUAUAGUGCCAGGAAGACGAGUAUGUUUUCCUGGCUCUAUAGUGGUCCUUUAACACUAGUCUUUUAAGCUAAAGUUGUUUUGGUGCGUAUAGUGUCCCUUUAAGACAUCUAAAAUCAUGUGUUUUUGUUAACUGAUAUCGCUUGACAAGUGGAUGUUCUGUAGAAUAAGCCAAAAUGCAGAAACCAAUUUUAAAGCAUGUGUCAUUUUAAAGCAACACCGCCUUUGUUUUUGGUUUUGUGUCUGCUCAAAACUAUAACACAUCAUACCCAAGCUCUCAAUGCUAAUGUUUGUGCUUUAUAAAUAAUAAAAGUAAUGUAAUACUCCAUUGCACUAACCGCUGCUAGCUUAUGAAUCUUUAACUUUUUUGGUAAUGAAAAAUAUUCUGUGAUUUUAUCUUUUUUAACCAAGACUUCUUUCUCCCCAACAUUUUUUCCUUGUGAUAGAACAAAAACAAGCUGUUCAUAUGACUAAAUCCAUUAAAACUUUACAGUGCUUAUAUAAAGUAUAUUAUUCCACCCAUUGUACUGUGCUACGGAAUCUGAUGGCGCUAUAUAAAUAAUAAAAUAAUAAUAAUAAAAUAAUAAUAAUAUUGCCCACCGUCUGUCAUGAAUUUACAUUACCUAGACUGACAGUGAUUCAAAGUGAGUCAAAGUAAAUUCUCAUUUAAAUGAUUGACCUAGAGUUACAUUGUGGCAAUCCCUGCCUUCUGUCUUCAUCCUAGUGUGAUUUGUGAACUCUCAUAAGAAGGCUAUCAUGCUUCUGAUCAUAUAAAUAAAUAAUAAUAAUGAUUUGCUAUGUUAUGUAAUAUAUUGUAUGCAAUGCCAAUUUGCUUUAUCUCUGUUAUAUAGAGCCAUGGAAUUUGCUGGCACUUUAUAAAACAAAUAUUAAUAAUAUUAUAACCAUAUAACACUCAAAGUCAUGGCCAUGUGUUCUUAUUGAAGGGCCUAGCAUUGUAAAUGUUUGCAGUUUAACCAUUGUGUCUGUAGAACAUGUUAUACCAUACUGUAUGUUUUACUGUUUAAAGGAUUAGUUUACUAAAUUUGACCCUAUAUUCUUUUCUAUUAUAUUGUGUACAUAAUGCAUUUAAAAUGGCAAUAAACAUUAACAGACCUGCACUAUAUAAUAACUUAUCCUAUUAAGUGUUAAUCUAAAAUUGCAUUGUUUGUUAUUGUUGACUAAAACUUUCUUUGUUGUCUUCUCCAAAGCGCUUCAUUUGAUUCAACGGUCCGACUGUGGGAUGUCGAGAGAGGUGUUUGCAUUCACACGUUAACCAAACACCAAGAACCUGUCUAUAGUGUAGCUUUUAGUCCUGAUGGCAAAUAUUUGGCUAGUGGUUCAUUUGACAAAUGUGUGCAUAUAUGGAACACUCAGGUAAGUAAAUGUUUUGGUUGGUUUUUAGAUUAAUAUUAUAAUUAUUCCUGGAAAAGUAUAAAUAUGACCCAUGAGAUGUAUAUAAAAAAUGAGUGCAAUGCCUUGAAAUCCUAUUUUCAUUAUUAAAUGGUUUUAUUUCUAGGUCCAUAGGGUAACCUUGUUGCCGCUAGCCGCUAAGUCAGGCAAUGUAAGGAACAUAUUGUAAAGCAUUAAGGAGCAUCAUUGUUUUCUGAACACAUACAUACUAAUUAACCCUUAAUAGGGCACACAUGAGGUGGACGGCAGCACUGUAACGUGGCUGUGUAAUGCAAAAGCCAACAUUUUUUUGUCUUCUGCUUGGGUUGACCCUAGAAUACCGUGGCUCCAUAAGAAAUGCAGGAUACAGUAUAAAUGUAUAAUGCCAUCUAGUGGUUAAAGUGAAAAUCACACCUGUCCAAAAGCCAAGUGUAUUGCUGAAAGGAAAAAACAGGUCACACCCUGUAUCCGUGGGGACAGGUUCCAAGUCCCCAGCGGAUAGUAGUGAACACUAUGUAAAUAGGCACAACAGGACAUUAACAUUAAUGACUCAUAAUAAAAUAGAACAGUUAUAUCAAACAAUAUGUGAAUGGGGUCUCUCUCUCUCUCUCUCUCUCUAAAAUACUUUUUGUACUGUAUUGACCCUUUUCUUGUCCUUCUUCUUGUGAUGAUGACACAUUGCCUACAUGAUAAGAAAUCAGGUGAAUAACGUAGGUGUUGUGAGUAGUGUUAAGCGACUGUCGACCUUCUGACGAUACGGCUACUAAGAGACUAAUGACUGGGUGCGUAUACAUCGUGGAUACGCAUUACAAAGGGAUGAUUAACGUCCCAUGCAGGACCAUACUGUUACUCAGAACAGCGCACAAGAUAAAUUAUAAAUGUUAAUGUGUUUCAGAAAUUUUACAUUUCAUUAUUUUUUUAUUUUUUUUUGAGCGGUCAGUUGUAGUUAAGGGAAAGUGUGACAACAGAAACUACAGAUACUGAGGCUUUACUGUGUUAUUUAUGAAUGGUUUACUGUGGAUAUUACUGAACUUGCUCAUAAUGCUUUCUUAUUUCUGCAGAUACAAUGUUUUUGUAGUAAAGUAACAUACCGUAGUUACUUGAAAUUUGUAUAAAUGAAAUGAAGCUAUAUGUAGGAUUGUGUACAGUAAUAAAUGUUUGGUUUAUAAAACAACAUAUUCAAAUAAUGUAUGAAUGUUUUGUACUUUUAGAUUAUAAGCUUGCUGGGCAGUGCCCACUUCAACUACUGUUCUAGUAGGUCAAUCAUGUUUUGUGAAACUUAAAGCACUGCUGAAGUGCUUUAUGGGUGAGGAAUAUCCUAGUUUAAUCCCGGUUUAUAAAAGUAGUGAUUUCUAGUGAAUCAGCACUUUUAUAAAUUAACUACUGAACACCCCUUGGCUGCCAAUCAAAUAGCCAGAGAGGUUUACAGCCUUCUUCUGCUAGCUCCCCUGAGCUAUUGGAAAUGUGCCUGCCUCCUCCUCCCACACAGACCUCAAGCCAGAUGUGUGCGCAUGCACAAGCUGGCGCACUCUGGAUGUGGGCACCAAUUACCAGAUUUUACUAAUUACAUGACGUAAAGUCAUGAUUUUAUAAAGGACACGGAGGCGAGUAUUAGGCUUUAUCUCUUUCUUUAUUCCUCAGCAGCAAAGAAAGGAUAUUGAUAUUUUUAAUAUAGCAAUAACAAAAAGAUAAAACAAAUACCCUUAAGGGUUAACCAUAUAACAUUCCAUAUCCAUUAACCAAUAGGAUCAGUCCUUGUACUAUAUCCCUUCAUGUGAGGUAAACUACUUCCUCUUUCUGGCUGAUGCCGAAGCUGAACACAUCAACAAGGGAAAAAAUUUUCUCAAACUUGGGUAAUCUUUCGUAGGGGUUCCGGCGAAUGUUCCAAAGAAUGUCGAGAUAGUGGACGAUCCCGGUUAUGUCAUCACAGGGUUAAGCUGUAGGAGACAGAGAGAUAUAUGGUAAAAUAUAUUCGAAUAUCGUUGUCAUGCAUAUAUGUUGUACCGGUCCUUAGACAAACGUUUAUAUCUGAAAAACAUUGCUUGCGACAUUCUAGCAUAAAUCAGUCUAAAUUGCAGUUACUACCUUAUAACUUAGAUUCUAAACAUCCAAAAUGCCAUAACUUGUUUAUGAGCGAGUGGGUGGGAAAAAAAUGCAUGUACGGCUUACCUUUCAGUGGGCGGGCUAAUACUCGCCUCCGUGUCCUUUAUAAAAUCAUGACUUUACGUCAUGUAAUUAGUAAAAUCUGGUAAUUUUAUUAAAGGACACGGAGGCUCUUAUUAGGCUAGUUUAAAGCUGUGAUAUGACCCUAGAUGAGAUAUGUUCUGUUGGUCUAAAGUAGUAUUCCUUGAACGUCGAUUCUCGGGACCAGUCAGCUGUGCGGAGGAGGUCUUCCAGUUUACAUCCAAUGGAGAAUGCUUUAGAGGCCAUAGCGCCUCUGGUAGAGUGUGCUCCGUAAGCGGCUGUGUCGAUGUUAGCAUUUGACAUUAUCCAUUUCACCCAACGUGUCAGAGUUCCCGUGGAUACUGGUUGAUGAGGUUUCCUCACUGCCAAGAAUAAAUUAUGUGUGUUUGGGUUCCGGAAUGGCUGGGUCCGUAAUUCAUAUUCCUGCAGGCAUGCUACCGGGCAGAGGUUAGCGUUGUGAGGAAAGGAGGGAUAGAAGACUGAAGUGGUGUUCGACUUUGUACGUCUGGUGAUAUUAAACAGGACACCAUCCGGUGUGAAUGAUCGUGCAUCGAUAUCCAAGGCCCUCACGUCUGAUACCCGUUUGCAGGAAAUUAAGCAUAGAAGCAUCGCCAAUUUUGCAGACACUUGUUUGAGUGUUAGGUUCGAGUUUGGGGGCCAAUCUUGCAACAAACGAAGGACCAUAUUCACAUCCCAUAGGGCCGUGUAACGAGGUUGUGGCGGACGUGCAAAUUUUAUGCCCCGUAGGAGACGACAGAUCCAUAAGUGCUUCCCAGCCGGGAAACCUUCCCAACCAGUGUGCCCAGCUGAAAUCGCUGACCUGUAGACAUUUAUGGUGCGAUAAGCCAAGCCUUGAUCAUAAAGGGUAGUAAGGAAACCCAAAACCUGGUUUAUAGGAGCACGUAUGGGAUCCACGUGCCGUUCCACGCACCAACUACACCAUGUGUUCCAGGCAUGGGCAUAGGAACGUCUUGUCCCUGGGGCCCAAGCUCCUGCCAAUAAGUCCAAAGUUGCUUGUGAAACAUUCGGCAUGGUCCAGGGUCCCCGGAGAGGAGCCAUGUGAGGAGUCUGAGAUGACCUUGCACCAGAAGUGGAUGAGAGUUCCCAUCGGGGUCUGAUAAUAAUUCCGUGCUCCCUGGAAUCAAUCUGGGGAGGUCGAUUGACAUUUCCAUGAGCGAAGGGAACCAUGGCUGUGCUGUCCAGAACGGUGUUAUCAAAACCAACGAAGCUCGGGAGCGCUGUAAGUGUAGGAGAGUUCGCGCUAUGAGUGAGAAAGGGGGGAAGGCGUAUAGCCUGGUGUUCGGCCAAUUUUGUAGGAAGGCAUCCACUGCCGUGGCGUCUGGGUCCGGUCUCCAGCUGAAGAAUGAGGGGAGUUGAGCAUUCAGUCGGGAGGCAAAAAGGUCGAUGUGCAUCGGUCCCCAGAGUUGGUGGAGCUUCUGGAAUACUGUGCGAUUCAAUCGCCAUGCACUGUUGUCUCGUAAAUGCCUGGAGUGCCAAUCCGCUACGGUGUUGGAGAGGCCUGGGAGGUAUUCCGCCUGUACGGAUAUGUUGCGACUCAGGCAGAAAUGCCAGAAUUCUUUCGCCAAGUUCGUGAGGGUUGAGGACCUUGUGCCACCCAAGUGGUUGAUGUAGCGGACGGCUGAGACAUUGUCCAUGCGCAGGAGUAUGGAACAAUUGGUCGUGUGUCCGAGGAGGCUCCGUAGGGCGAAUGACCCAGCCAGGAGUUCCAAACCAUUGAUGUGGAGUUCUUUUUCUUCGGAAGACCAUUUUCCACCUGUAGAGGUAGGACCACAGCGGGCCCCCCAUCCCAGUCUGCUCGCGUCGGAUUCUAUGACUAGAUCCGGAGUGGCGCCGAAGAUUGCCUUGCCGUUCCAUGCUUCCAUGUGUUGAAGCCACCAUGCCAGUUCCUCUUUUGCCGCGCAGUCUAGAGGUACAGAAUCUGAAUAGGAGUGACCCAAGCGUAGGUGAGUUGCCUUGAGUUGUUGUAGGGAUCUGUAGUGGAGAGGGCCUGGGAAGAUCGCUUGUAUAGAGGCCGAGAGCAGGCCAAUUAUCCUGGCUAGCUGUCGGAGGGUUAAGACUGGUCGAGUCAACGUCCUCCGGAUUUCCUUCUUGAUAAGUUUUACUUUCGCGGUAGGAAGACUGAGCGUUCCGUGUACUGCGUCUAUAUCGAAGCCCAAAAACUCUAUCGAGUGUGAAGGUUGUAGGAUCGAUUUGUCCCAAUUGAUUAGGAAACCUAGGUUUUGCAAAAGGGUCACUGUCCAGAAUAGGUGUUGAUUCAGUAGCUGUGUGUCUUGAGCCAUGAUCAGCAUGUCGUCGAGGUAUAUGAUCAGACGUACACCUCUGCUGCGAAGGAGGGCAACUACCGGUUUCAGCAGCUUGGUGAAGCACCACGGGGCUGAAGACAGGCCGAAAGGGAGGCAGCGGAAGCGCCACAUCGUCUGUUCCCAUUGGAAUUGCAGUAAUUGCUGACAGUCCUCGGCAAUCGGUAUUGUGAGGUAUGCAUCCUGGAGGUCCAACUUUACCAUCCAGUCUCCCAGUCUUAGUAGGUCUCGGAGGCAGUGUAUUCCUUCCAUCUUGAAGUGAUGGUAUGUGACAAAGGCGUUGAGAGGCCGCAAGUUUAUUACUGGCCUCGUGCCUCCACCUUUCUUGGGUACUAGGAAGAUGUUGCUUAGGAACCCGGGGGCGGUAAUGGGAACCCUGUAUAUCGCACAUUUUUCCUCCAGUGUGCGAAUCUCUUUUAACACUAGUUGUUUGUCUAGUGGGGAAAAAAACAAUCCGAUGUGGCAAUGAGAGUUGAAUCGGCUGUUGUGUAAAUUCGAUGUGAUAGCCGAGGAUGGUCUCUAGGACCCAUGUAUCUGAGGUUAGGUUGUGCCACGCAUCCUGGAAAUGAAACAAUCUGCCCCCCACAGGUACAAAGGGAAAGGUGCGUAAUGUGGAGUGACUCACCAUAAGGCCGACGGCCAUAGGAGGAUCCCCUGGUUCCGCGUGGAUGCCAUGAUCUGCCCCUGGUCGGGAAGAAUGGUGAUUGUGCCCUCGGUUCGGGUGGGUGGAACCGUGGUGUGGCGGAGCCUCGAUAGCCCCGGAACUGAGUCCGGGAGGGGCGGCCGGACAGACGGCCCCGCUGUCUGCCGGCCCCCCCGAAAACCUUUUGCGAGAACACUCGCUUCAUAUUAUGUUGUGCCUUAUCUAGUGCCGUAAAUGUGUUUACGUAAUUACCCAGGGUCUUAACAAAAUUGUCUCCGAAUAAGAGACCUUUUGCCUGUGUUCCAGGCUCAGAGAUUGCCAAAUGCACUAGUUUUGGCUCGAUUUUCAUCAAUAUGGCUUUACGCCUUUCUGUGGCCAAAGCGGUGUUGGCAUUUCCUAUUAGGCAUAUGCCCCUCUGAAUCCAGCCUCUGAUGGCCAUCAAGUCAAUUGGGGUCCCCCCAGUAAGGGCCGCUUCGACCAUAUCGAAGAUUUUAGCUAUAGGCCUGAGUAUGUCCAGGAUCUUGUCCUGGCAGUGUUUUAAGGAGUAGUCCAAACCCUUCUUGGCCCUCCAACCUGACUUACCCAGGAAUUGGGCGACCUUGGGAUCCACUUCAGGGGUCACGCAAGCCAUGUCUGGGACAGUGGGCCUUGGGCAUUCCGCCCUCAGUUUGCUUCUUGUGGCCUUGUCGAGGGGUUUUCUGACCCUAGUCGCAAUAUAAACGGCCACAUGAGUUGUGGGGUACCACUCCGCUGAACGCGGAUUAUGCAAGGUGUCGGGAUCAAAAAGGGGUUCCCCUUGGGGGUCUAAUACAGCGGACUCAUCCGUCUCGCGCUCCGCGUCUAAAGCUGGAGGCGCGGUGUCGCUGCGUUCGGGGGACGAAUUGUCUGAAUUAAUUGGGUCGAUGUCAUCGGACCCAUCUGAUACCUCCUCUGAGUCCGAGUCGGAGUCGGACGGAUCAGAUAGGGCUUUUGCCCUCUUCCAAGUCCGCACCGUUUUUGCCCGGCGGGGGGCUCUUUUACGUGGGAGCACCACGUCAUCAAUUUCAACAGGGCGCAACCUGUCCGUCUUACUGGUUCUGGAGGUAGCACCUGACAGAUGGUGCGAUUUGCACGUAGCCUUGCGGCCACUAGGGACCAUAGGCUUGCUAUCAGUGGAUAUAGGGGGUGCCGAGCCCGGGUUGUGACCGGAUGCCCUAAUAGCAGAGGAAAUAGAGUGGGACAGGGUGUCCGACAUCGCCCCCAUGGCGGUAAAAAUGGCCUGUGUAACAGACCUACUCAUCGUGGCAUCCAGGAGCGCCUGGAACUCCUCUGAGUUCACGUGCUCCUGGGAUGCGUCCCCAACUCCCCCAAUGACAGCAGCGUCUGUAGACAUGGCUGUCUUAUCACGCUUGCUGGGUUUAGUAGAGGUGGGAGGGGGGGUAACUGUCUUUUUAUCAGCAGGGGACUGCAUAGUGAUCAGGAAUGUGCACAGUAACAGUAGAGGGAGGCACUGAAAUAAACCGUCACUAUUGGACAAAAUGCACACUUUCAACACUGCAGAGGUUAAUAAAACCAGCAGUAUAGGGCAAGUGGCUGAGCACUUGAGUUAAAUUUAAGGCAGGCACAGUUAUAAAGAGGCACAAAGUAUUUUUGGCACAUAUAAUAUGGCAGCUUACCGAGUGUUCCCUCAGGAAUGACUCCUGGGGGACACUGGUAAGCUGCCCAACACUUCCCUCACCCAAUCAGCUCGCGCCCCUCCCUGUCAGAGUGGCGCGGACCGCGGGCGAAAAGAGCGGCAAAAUUGCCCUCAGUUAAGAUGGCCGCCGCGAUGCGCGAGUGCGGACCGCGCAUGCGCGAGCGGCAGAAACGGCCGCCAAAGAAACAGCCGCCCGCCCGGCGGCGAAACUGCUCGUUCCGGGCCGGGGGGGGGUGAGGGGGGGUGGGGAGAGGAUGCCUGAGUGACCCCCACCCGGGGAAGUGGAAUGAGGGACGGGUUAUAAACAACCCGAAAACGGCAGUGCAGGAUGGGGCUUGCCUCAGGGAGGAGGCAAGCACCCUGCACUGGGAAACAGAGUAAAACAAACAGUAGUCAAAUACACAUACAAAUUGAAUAUUAGACAAAGAAAAACUGAUAUUUAAAAUGAACAGUAGAAAACAAUAAUAAUAUGAAUCAGGAGAAAACUGAACAACACAAUAUUUGAGGAGCUGAAAAAUAUGUGGUACUUAGCUGAGGCAGCAGCAAAGAAAGAGGAAGUAGUUUACCUCACAUGAAGGGAUAUAGUACAAGGACUGAUCCUAUUGGUUAAUGGAUAUGGAAUGUUAUAUGGUUAACCCUUAAGGGUAUUUGUUUUAUCUUUUUGUUAUUGCUAUAUUAAAAAUAUCAAUAUCCUUUCUUUGCUGCUGAGGAAUAAAGAAAGAGAUAAAGCCUAAUAAGAGCCUCCGUGUCCUUUAAUAAAAUUCAGAGGCUUCUCUAUAAGAAUUCUCUGAUUAGUUAUUUCCCUGUGAAGACAUUUAAUGUCUGUCCUGUGAAAAAAAGGGAGGGUUAGCUAAGGCUGCAGGUCAUAAGAUCUGCAGCCUUUGCUAGCUAUUUUAAGAUAUACCUCAAUGAAUGCAUGCAUGAGAAAUUAAUGCAUGUAUUUAUUGGGGUACAUCUACUAAACAGUGAUUUUUUUAUUCUUUUUUUUUUUUGCCCAUUUGGGCAGUGGAUUGUUACUUUAAGUGUUUGUCUUGUUUACCUAUUGUACAGUGCUACAGAAUAUGAUGGCACCAUAUGAUUAAAAGUAAUUGUAGUGGAUUUCAGAGUAACAGUAACCUUUAAUGUAAAUCCAAUUCUUGCCUCUGAAAUAACACAAACAAGUUUAAAUACUAUGCACCAGUAGGACAGGCCAGCGUGUUCCAUUGGUGACUUCUCCCCUUUUACGUUUUGCACCACAUUUUAGAGCAGAACACAGAUAAAUAUAUCCCCAAUGCAGUUAAAAGCAGGUAAUUUGCAGCACAUCAUUUGGAACAUAUUUUAUUAGCAGGCAAUGUUGUCUGUUUAGGCAUAAAAUAAAGGGAAUGAUACUAGAUAUAUUAAUUCAUUUUCCAUUUAGUGGAUUUUACAUGUUUUAUGCCAACCCUCUUCAUAGUAGGAACUCUAUUAAAAUCCUUCUAUUAUUUGUUCUUUUUUUAAAAGUGAACUGUACAUUAAUGUUUUUUAUAUAUAUAUAUAUAUAUUUAUUUUUGCCAGAAUGGAUCACUAGUACACAGCUACAGAGGAACAGGAGGGAUAUUUGAAGUUUGCUGGAAUGCCAGAGGUGACAAAGUGGGAGCAAGUGCAUCUGAUGGAUCAGUGAGUAUAGCUUAGCAUGCGAUUCAUACUACAUGGCAAUAUAAAUAUAUUACAUGCUUGUAAUCUGUGUGAAUUGGUACAUUGUUAGCACUAUAAACACAACUGACAGAGUAAAGAUGCUACUUUUUGUCUCAUUAUAUUGGUUUAGAGUGCAAGCUUUCAUCACAACUUAGGUUUAUUUUGAGGGUUAAUAUGCUUGCAUUAGAGAUGAAUACAAAGAUCUAUGUGUUCUAUAGCGGACAGUACAUACACAUACAAAGAUCUAUGUGGUCUAUAACUGACAGUACGUACACAUACAAAGAUCUAUGUGUUCUAUAACUGACAGUACGUACACAUACAAAGAUCUAUGUGGUCCAUAACGGACAGUACAUACACAUACAAAGAUCUGUGUGUUCUAUAACGAACAGUACAUACACACACAAAGAUCUAUGUGUUCUAUAAAUGACAGUACAUACACAUACAAAGAUCUAUGUUUUCUAUAACGGACAGUACGUACACAUACAAAGACCUAUGUGUUCUAUAACUGACAGUACAUACACAUACAAAGACCUAUGUGUUCUAUAACUGACAGUACAUAAACAUACAAAGCUCCAUGUGUUCUAUAACGGACAGUACAUACACAUACAAAGCUCCAUGUGUUCUAUAACUAACAGUACAUACACAUACAAAGAUCUAUGUGUUCUAUAACUGACAGUACAUAUACAUACAAAGAUCUAUGCUACGUGUUCUAUAACGGACAGUACAUACACAUACAAAGAUUUAUGCUAUGUGUUCUAUUGCGACAGUACACACACAUACAAUUCUCUAUGUGUUCUAUAACUGUCAGUACAUACACAUCUCUAUUUUAACAUGGCUCAUACAAACAUUAAGGGAAAAUAGAAUAAGAAUUCACUGUGAAAAUAACAGGUGUUGAAGUUCCAUCCAGAUAAAGUAGCAUUGAAGCUGUGUGGAUGGGCAAAAGUUGCUUCAUAAAAGCAAAAUGUGUGAAAAAUGGCACCUUUGCGACUCACAGUAAAAUUGACAAUGUAAGCAUCAAAUAUCAAAAUUAGGCACUAUUAUCAACAUAUACUGCAAAUCAAGGGAAAAGUAACUUUUUACAAACUAAGAGCUUGUUUGUCAAAAAUACGUAACAAGUUUAUUUGUCCCUCUAAAAUAAUUUUUUCGUUAACUUCACUCCAUACCAUCUUAAAAUAGUGGGCUUUAACAUUGAGGAACGUCCUGUAGUUAUAUACAAUAUACAAUACAAAGGUGGACACACACAGGUGAGUAUCUAGGUAAAAAGCCCACUCCCAAAGAGACCUUGAUACCUGGGGUUUUACUCUGUCAGCCGAGGCGAUAUUCAGUUGCCCAGACUGACAGAUGAGCUGUAUGCAGUGCUCAAAGUGGGCUCUAAACAUAGCCUUUUAAAUUAAUUUAAAUAACUUCAUACAGAGGGAGACUUUGCGGCCAUGCUGCUAUCACAAGUACUGUGAAAUAUGGGAAAUUCCUCCUCUGACAACACCUGAAUCCCUUUGAGUAGGGUUAUGGUAAGCUUUGGGGUUAGUGUAAGGUAAGGUUAAUGCUGGGUUAGGGUUAGGGGUAAUUUAGGCUUUCGGUAGGUGUACAGGAAGCAUUAUUGUCAUCAUAGGGUUACGGUUAGGGUUGAUGUAUGGUUUGCGUUAAAUACCAAAAAUGUAUGUGCAUCGUAGGCAUGUGAUGCUUAUAACAAGCAGGACUGAUACACCCAAUAAAACUCAAAAUAGAUUCAUGUAUGGGUGCACUUAAAGAGAAACCCUUAAAUUACACAACAAACAUAUAGCACACAUUGUAGGAUUUGUUUUGGUUUAAAAAAUGGACAGUUGUCUCUGCUCAUAAGGGGUUACUAUGAAGUAAGUAAGGGAGAUAGAUUUUUAUAUAUGUUUGUGUAUUUUGAGAUUAACGCACCUUUUCAGUAUUCCCCGUGGACUCACCAGGCUAUGAAAUGAACAUUCGCUCACUAACAUUUUGGCAGGAUUCUUGGCGUAUGUGAAAACAGACACAAAUUUUAAACAAAUUCAUUAAUAAAAAAAUUAUUUUAAAAAAAUUACCAUGUGCCUGUGUCCAUCACUAUUCUGCUUACAAUGAUUUUUAAUUUUUUUGAAUCAUGUUUAUUUAACCUGAUGUGACUCUGGAGGGUUACAUAAGCUCACUGUGCUUGAGUAACUGGAUACAUUUCGGAAGUCAAGGGGUAACAAAUUGAUUCUUUUUUAUUAAUUCUUUUAUGAAAAAUAGAAAAGAUUAAAACAUAUUAUAGCAAUGUCUCAUCUUAUUACAUAUUCCUUAAUUGCAAUUGUUUUGAUUUUUUUUUUCCUUUUGCUAGGUUUGUGUCCUGGACCUGCGAAAAUAA